CCCGUCUGUUGGCUCUGAGCAGAGUCAGCGUUCCCGGCCUGGACGCCUCGGCUGGAGAGAGCGCUGUCAGGAGGAAGGAACAGAACUACGGCACUGCCUGUAGUUUUGUUGAGUUAGUGGGGGGGUGAAGACGUUUCUCCUGCUGGACUUAGAGAGGACAUUCUGUUGGAUAAAGACACUUCUGAAGACAGCCCUCCUCCGGGCAGCCCGGGCAUCCUUGCUCACACAAGGUGCCGACCAUCAACAUGUCAACACAGGCGCCGACGUUCACGCAGCCGCUGCAGAGCGUCGUGGCACUAGAGGGUAGUGCCGCGACGUUCGAGGCUCAAGUUAGUGGUUCUCCAGUUCCUGAGGUGAGCUGGUUCCGUGAUGGCCAGGUUCUUUCCGCUGCCGCUUUACCCGGCAUUCAGAUCUCGUUCAGCGACGGCCGCGCUGUUCUGAAGAUCCCCGCCGUGACCGCCGCACACAGUGGAAGAUUUUCUGUCAGAGCAACCAACGGUGCUGGACAAGCCACGAGUACCGCCGAACUCCUCGUUACAGCCGAGACGGCGCCUCCGAACUUCCUUCAGAGACUGCAGAGCUCCUCGGUGAGACAGGGCAGCCAGGUGAGGCUGGACGUCCGAGUCUCCGGCAUCCCGACGCCCGUGGUGAAGUUCUACCGAGAGGGAGCCGAGAUCCAGAGCUCUGCCGACUUCAGGAUCCUCCAGGAGGGAGACCUGUACGGCCUGCUGAUCGCCGAGGCCUUCCCAGAGGAUUCUGGGACAUAUUCUGUGACCGCCACCAACAGCAGUGGACGCGCCACCUCCACCUCUGAGCUGCUGGUUCAGGGUGAGGAGGCCGUACCAACGAAGAAGACAAAGACUAUUGUGUCCACAUCCCAGAUGGGCGCGUCCCAGAUGGGCGUUUCCCGGAUGGGCAUGUCCCAGAGGGGCGUGUCCCAGAUGACCACAUCCCAGAUGACCGCAACCCAGAUGGGCACGUCUCUGAUGGGCGCGUCCCUGAUGUCCGCGUCCCAGAUGGGCGUGUCCCAGAUGGGCGUGUCCCAGAUGUCCGCGUCCCAGAUGGGCGCGUCCCAGAUGUCCGCGUCCCAGAUGGGCGCGUCCCAGAUGUCCGCGUCCCAGAUGGGCGCGUCCCAGAUGGGCGCGUCCCAGAUGUCUGCGUCUCAGAUGUCCACGUCCCAGACCAGAGUACAGAAGAAGACGGAGGCCAGCUUCCAGGCCAGCACCAUGGAGAUGCACGUAGAAGGAGGAAUGAUGACUCAGCACAUAGCUCACAAAACCCCCCCGAGGGUUCCCCCGAAGCCCACCUCCAGGUCCCCGCCGUCCUUCGUCUCCAAAGUGGCGGGAGGACGGCAUCAGUCCCCGUCACCCGUCAGACACGUGAAGGGGCCGACGCCGGCGCCAGUCAGACCCGUCUCCCCCUCCAGACUGUCAGAGAGACUGUCCGUGUCCCCCAUCAGACCCGUCAAGUCUCCCAUCAUGACCAGGAAACAGCUCUCAGCCUCAGCCGAGGUCCUGCCCCCCUGGAAGCAGGGAGACUACGCGGCUGAAGCCAGCUACACCAGCGUGAGCAGCGUGAGCAGCGCCACCCAGCUUCAUAUGGAGAAGAGCUGGGAGCAGCAGGUCAGCACCACCAGAGAGGAUGAGCAUGUCUCCCAGGACCAUAGGAGCGUGGCGGUGGCCACCUUGAUGGCGGCCGUGGAUCAGGCUCGUGGCCGGGGGCUGUCUGAGGCGGCGGCGUCCGGAGAGCAGGUAGACCGCCACUGUCUGCUCCAUCACCUCCACCUCCACCUCCACCCCUCUCUUCUUCUUCUUCACUCUCUGGUUACUCCACUCUAUCUGUCCCAGAGGAUGGACCUCUCCGCGGAGGGCGGGGUGAAAGCCGAGGCGGUGGCCACGGUGGUGGCCGCUGUCGACCUGGCUCGCGUCCGCCAGCCCGUGCACGGGGAGGGCAGCGGCGCCGAAGAGGAGGAAGCCGUAGAGAUGGAGAUACGGCAGCAGGCGGCAGCAACGGAAGAGAAACGCGUCGUUGUAACCAAAACACUUCCUGUUGAGCCGCCGGCUGCUGCCGCAGCUGCUGCAGCCGCCACAGCCGCUGCCAAAGCCGCAGCCGCUGCCGAAGCCACAGCCGCUGCCGAAGCCGCAGCCGCUGCCGCUGCCGAAGCCGCAGCCGCCGCCGUGACCUCAGAGCAGCUCCGAGUGACCUCAGAGCAGCUCCGAGUCUCCUCACAGAUUCAGACAACAACAGAACCCUCCGGCGCCGGCCCAUCUCCGUCUCCAGUCCCACAUUUCACCGUCUCUAAAGUGUCCGUCCCUAAACAUGAACCGGGUUACGAGGUGUCCAUCGCCGGCUCUGCCAUCGCCACUCUGCACAAAGAGUUGUCCUCCUCCUCCGCCGCCGCCAGAAAGAUCAUCAAGCCCGUCAAGUCUCCCAGCCCGUCUCGCCGAGCGGUGGCGGUGGAGCGGCGGAGCGUGACGCCGGAGCCCCUCCCCCCGCCGUUCAGAGACGUCAGAUACAGAGCUCACGCUGUGAGCGAGGAAGAGUUUGAGGAGUGGGAGCCUCAGGCGGCUGCUGUUCCCUCCAGAGCUCAGGAGCCGGUUGUUCCUCCGACUCUCAUAGCCGGCCUGAUGAACGUGACAGUGACGGAGGGCGAGUCGGUGACCUUGCAGUGUCAGAUCAGUGGUCACCCCUCCCCCGCCGUCCUGUGGUUCAGAGAGGACUACAAGAUCGAGAGCUCCAUCGACUUCCAGAUCAGCUACACGAGCAGCUUCGCCCGCCUGGUGAUCCGCGAGGCCUUCGCCGAAGACAGCGGGCGCUUCACCUGCACCGCCACCAGCGAGGCGGGAACCGUCAGCACCUCCUGCUACCUGCUGGUCAAAGUGUCGGAGGAGGUGGAGACCAGAGAGGAAACGACCACCGUCACCGAGGUCGGAGUCUCUCAACAGAGAACCGUUGCCAUGGAGACGAGGGAACAGGUGACGGAGGUGGCGGAGGUGGUAACCGGCGAGGCCGCCGCUCCGUUCUUCAUCCAUAAGCCGACGGUCCAGAAGCUGGUGGAGGGAGGAGGAGUCGUCUUCCAGUGUCAGGUCGGAGGAAACCCCAAACCUCACAUCAUCUGGAAGAAGAGCGGCGUCCCACUCACCACCGGAUACAGAUAUAAAGUAACCUACAAGAAGGAGACGGGAGAAGUCCGUCUGGAGAUUUCCAUGACGUUCGCCGAUGAUGCCGGAGAAUACUCCGUCUACGCCAAGAACUCCCACGGAGAAGCCUCGGCCUCUGCCGGCCUGCUGGAGGAAGAGGAAUAUGAAGCCUACAUGAAGCAACAUGACGUGACGUAUAAAACCGAAGUGACGACGAUGACGGUGGUUCAGGAGCCGUCUGUGGUCGUGAGUCAGUACGAGCUGGACCAGAGGAGGGUGACCUCCACCGCCACCCCCAUGAGCUUUGUCUCAGAAACGGAGUUUCUGAUUUCCUCCUUUGAGGAGCGGAUCAUCCAGGAGAUCGAGCUGCGUAUCAUGAGGAUCACCUACAGAGAGCUGGUGACGGAGGACGGAGAGAUGAUGGUCACCGUCGCCGAGGAGGAGGCGGUGCAGCCGGCCUUCGACACGCCCGUCAAAAACUACCGGAUCAUGGACGGGAUGGGCGUCACGUUCCACUGCAAGAUGGCCGGAAACCCGCUGCCAAAGAUUGUUUGGUACAAAGACGGCCAGCGUAUCAGGGCCGGUGGCCGCUUCCAGAUGGAGGUUCUUCAGGAUGGACGAGCCAGCCUUCGUGUGCCCGUGGUUCUGCCAGAAGACGAGGGCGUGUACACCGCCUUCACCGCCAACAUGAAGGGAAACGCCGUCAGCUCUGGGAAGCUCUACGUUGAGCCGUCCGGAGCUGUGACGCCUCAGAGAUACACCCCACAGCCGGCGAUGCAGAGGAUCAGGUCCACAUCUCCGCGUUCUCUGAGCCGCUCUCCUGGACGUUCUUCCAGCCGUUCUCCCGGACGUUCUCCGGCCCGCCGGCUGGACGAGACCGACGAGGCCCAGCUGGAAAGACUCUACAAGCCCGUGUUUGUCAUGAAACCUUCAUCCAUAAAAUGCUCCGAGGGGCAAACCGCCAGGUUCGACCUGAAGGUCGUCGGCAGGCCGAUGCCCGACACGUACUGGUUCCACAACGGACAACAAGUGGUUAACGACUACACCCACAAGAUCGUGGUUAAAGAGGACGGUACCCAGUCCCUGAUCAUCGUCCCAGCCAUGCCUCACGACUCUGGAGAGUGGACCGUCGUCGCUCAGAACCGAGCUGGACGGACUUCUGUCUCUGUAACUCUGACUGUUGACGCUCGAGAAAGCCUGGCUCGCCCUCAGUUUAUUGAGAAGCUGAGGAACAUCAGUGUGAAGCAGGGCACUCUGGUUGAACUGGCUGUCAAAGCCAUCGGAAACCCGCUGCCUGACAUCGUCUGGCUGAAAAACAGCGACAUCAUCACCCCACACAAGCACCCACAGAUCAAGAUUGAAGGAACUAAAGGAGAAGCCAAAUUCCAUAUCCCAUCGUCUGCGGGCUCAGACAGCGCCUGGUACACCGCUACAGCCAUCAACAAGGCUGGCAGAGACACCACUCGCUGCAGAGUCAAUGUGGAGGUGGACUUCACCGCUCCUCACACCGAGAGGAAGCUCAUCAUCACCAAAGGAACCUACAAAGCCAAAGAGAUCGCCGCUCCCGAGCUGGAGCCCCUCCACCUGCGAUACGGUCAGGAGCAGUGGGAGGAGGGCGACCUCUAUGACAAAGAGAAGCAGCAGAAACCGCUGUUCAAGAAGAAGCUGACCUCUGUCCGAAUGAAGCGCUUCGGUCCAGCUCAUUUCGAGUGCAGACUGACCCCUAUCGGUGACCCCAACAUGCAGGUGGAGUGGCUGCACGACGGGAAACCCCUGGAAGCUGCUAACAGGCUGCGCAUGGUCAACGAGUUUGGCUACUGCAGUCUUGACUAUGAAGUUGCGUACGCUAGAGACAGCGGCGUCAUCACCUGCAGAGCUACCAACAAGUUCGGCGUCGACCAGACCUCGGCCACCCUCAUCGUCAAGGACGAGAAGGGUCUCGUUGAGGAAUCGCAGCUUCCUGAAGGCAGGAAGGGCGUGCACCGGAUGGACGAGAUGGAGCGCAUGGCUCACGAGGGAGGACCUGCAGGAGUCAGCGCUGACGACGAAUAUGAGAAGACCAAACCCGACAUCGUCCUUCUUCCUGAACCAGCCAGAGUGCUGGAAGGCGACAUUGCACGAUUCCGCUGCAGAGUCACUGGUUAUCCACUACCCAAGGUCAACUGGUACCUCAACGGACAACUCAUCCGCAAAAGCAAGAGAUACAGACUUCGGUAUGACGGCAUUUACUACCUGGAGAUUGUGGACAUCAAGUCCUACGAUUCAGGAGAAGUCAGGGUGGUCGCAGACAAUCCUCUCGGCACGACCGAGCACACUGUGAAGCUCGAGAUCCAACAGAAAGAGGACUUUAGGACCGUGCUGCGUCGCGCUCCAGAACAGAAGGCUGCAGAGGCACACGACGCCGGCAGAAUCGGAUUCGACGUGGUGAAGGUGGACCGACCUGGCGAGACCUCGCAGGACAGGGAGGUUGUUAGGCUGCGUAAGACGCAAAGAAACAUUCACGAGAAGACCUCAGAGGAGUCGGACGAACUGAAGGGCAAGUUCAAACGUAGGACGGAGGAAGGUUUCUACGAGUCCAUCUCUGCCGUGGAGCUCAAGUCUCGCAGGAGGGACGACUCCUACGAGGAUCUACUGAAGAAGACGAAGGAGGAACUGCUUCAUCACUUGAAAGAGAAAGAAGAAGCUGAGAGGAGGAGGUUGGAGGAACAGGGCCAGAUCACCAUCCCCACAAUCAAACCAGACAGGAUCCAGCUCUCCCCCAGCAUGGAAGCACCCAAGAUCCUGGAACGCAUCACGAGCAAGACCGUCGCACCGCUGGAUGAGGUCCGCUUCCGAGUCAGAGUCGUCGGCAGACCAGAACCCGAGUGCCAGUGGUUCAAGAACGGCAUUCUGGUGGAAAAGUCGGACCGCGUCUACUGGUACUGGCCUGAGGAUCACGUGUGUGAACUGGUGAUCAGAGACGUCACAGCAGAGGACUCCGCUAGCAUCAUGGUGAAAGCCAUGAACGUCGCAGGGGAGGCCUCAAGCCAUGCCUUCCUGCUGGUGCAAGCCAAGACAGCAAUCAACUUCAGCCAACCCCUGGAGGACGUCAGCGCCAACGAGAAGGACACCAUAAUGACGUUUGAGUGUGAAACCAACGAACCCUUCAUCAAAGUCAAAUGGCUGAAGAACAACAUGGAGAUCUUCUCCGGAGACAAAUACAGGAUGCACUCAGACAGAAAGGUCCACUUCCUGUCUGUGCUGGUGAUCGGAAUGAGGGAUGACGCCGAAUACUCCUGUGUGGUUGUAGACGAUGAGAACGUCAGGACGAGUGCCAGGCUCCACGUAGAAGGUGCUGCCCUGGAGCUCAUUAAACCCAUGGAGAACAUCGAGGUGCCGGAGACCUACUCCGGAGAGUUUGAGGUCGAACUGUCCCGUGAGGACGCCGAGGGCAGCUGGUUCUUUGGAGACAAGGAGCUCUCUCCCAGCAGUAAAUACACCAUGUCGUCCCGCCGAGGAAGACAAACCCUGUCCGUCAAAGAUGUCAGGAAAGGAGACCAGGGCAAAUACACCUUCGUAUGUGGAGAUCUGAGGACCAGCGCCUCGCUGAAGAUGAAACUGCGCCCGGUGACCCUGAUGCAGCCGCUGACCGACCUGACAGUGUGCGAGGGCGACAUCGCUCAGCUGGAGGUCAGGUUCUCCCAGGAGAACGUCGAGGGAACCUGGAUGAAGAGCGGCCAGGCCAUCUCCGCCUCGGACCGCGUCCACAUCGUGAUUGACAAGCAGGUUCACAAGCUGCUGGUGGAGAACGUCAGCAGAGAGGACGCCGCUUCCUACUCCUUCGUGGUUCCCGCCCAAGACAUCUCCACCUCGGGCAAACUCAGCGUUCAGACUAUUGACAUUGUGGUGCCGCUGAAGGACGUGUCCUCCAUUGAGGGCACCAAGGCCGUUCUAGAGGCCAAGAUCUCCGCUCAGGACGUCAUCUCCGUCAAAUGGUACCACAACGACAAACUGCUGAUGCCCAGCGACCGAAUACAGAUGGUUGCGAAGGGCGCCAAGCAGCGCCUGGUGUUCACCCGGACCUACGCUUCUGAUGAAGGACGCUACAAACUGGUGGUCGGCAAGGUCGACACCAGCUGCAGCCUGACUGUCGAACAGGUCCACAUCGUGAAGCACAUGGAGGACAAAGUGUGCUCAGAGUCCCAGAACGUCACCUUUAACGUCGAAGUUUCUCACCCCGGCAUCGCCCCGGUCUGGACGUUCAGGAACCAGCAGCUCAAACCUGGACCCAAAUACAAGCUGGAGUCCAAAGGCACGGCUCACUCUCUGACGGUCAUCGACGCCAUGAAGGACGAGGAGGGCCAGUACACGUUCCACGCCGGCGAAAAGACAUCCAGUGCCAAGCUCACCGUCUCUGGUGGCGCCAUCACAAGGCCCCUGCAGGAUGUGACGGUGGCGGAGUCUCAGACCGCCCUGUUGGAGUGCAAAGUCGCCAACGCUAACGCCGAGGGCAGGUGGCUGAAGGAGGGUCAGUACGUGAACUUCAGUGAGAACGUGGUGAGCGAGGUGGACGGCGCCGUCAGACGCCUCGUCAUCGUCAUCACCAGACCGCAGGACGUCGGAGAGUACACCUACCAGGUGGCCAACUCCAAGACCACUGCCAACCUCCGGGUGGAGGCGGUGAAGAUCAAGAAGACUCUGAGGAACCAGACGGUGACGGAGACCCAGGAGGCGGUGUUCACGCUGGAGCUCACCCACCUGGACGUGAAGGGAUCCCAGUGGAUCAAGAACGGCGUGGAGCUGCAGAACAGCGACAAGUACGAGAUCACGUCCGACGGCACGGUGCACAUGCUGAAGGUGAAGAACUGCAACACGCAAGACGAGUCCGUCUAUUCCUUCAAAUUGGGCAAACUGUCGGCCAACGCCAGGCUCACCGUGGAGACGAUCAAAAUCGUGAAGAAGAUCAAGGACGUGACGUCGCUGUUGGACGGAACCGCCUCCUUCGAGAUGAGCCUGUCACAUGACGACAUCCCCGUCAGGUGGAUGUUUAAAGGCUCAGAGCUCAAGUCCAGCGACAAGUGUAAGAUCCUGUCAGAGCGCAAAGCUCACAAGCUGGUGCUGCAGAACGUAGACAGCAACAACGCCGGGGAGUACAGCGCCGUGGUCGGACACCUGCAGUGCAGCGCCGUGCUCACCGUGGAGGCCCUGCGAGUCACCAAACCCCUGAAGAGCGUCCAGCUCCCGGAGACCCAGGUGGCCACGUUCGAGUGUGAGGUUUCUCACUUCAACGUGCCGUCCACCUGGCUGAAGAACGGCGUGGAGAUCGAGAUGAGCGAGAAGUUCAGGAUCGUGGUUCAGGGGAAACUCCACCAGCUGAAGAUCAUGAACACCAGCAGGGACGACUCUGCAGAGUACACCUUCGUCUGCGGCAACGACCGCGUGUCCGCCACGCUCACCGUUAAUCCUGUCCUCAUCACGUCCAUGCUGAAGGACCUGAACGCUCAGGAGAGAGACACCAUCACCUUCGAGGUCACCGUCAACUACGAGGGCGUCACCUACAAGUGGCUGAAGAACGGCGUGGAGGUGAAGUCAUCGGACCGCUGCCAGGUCCGCAGCCGGCAGCUCACGCACUCGCUCACCAUCCGCAACGUCCACUUCGGGGACGGGGGAGAGUACCAGUUCGUGUCCGGUUCCGCCGCCAGCGCCGCCAACCUGUUCGUGGAAGCUCGUCUGAUCGAGUUCACCAAGAAGAUUAAAGACAUCAAGAUCACAGAGAAGAAGAAGGCCAUCUUUGAGUGUGAGAUCUCUGAGCCCAACGUCCAGGUGAUGUGGAUGAAGGACGGCCAGGAGCUGGACAUGACCGAGGAUCGGUUCGUCGUGACAGCAGAGAAGUACGUCCACCGUCUGAUGAUCCAGACGGUUCGUAUGUCCGAUGCCGGAGAGUAUUCGGUGGUGGCCGGAUCCAGCGUCUCCAAGGCCCAGCUGACCGUGGAGGGCCGCGACAUCCGGAUCUCUGAACCUGCCGAUCGUGAAAUCACGGUUCUGGAGAAACACAGGGCGACCUUCGAGUUCGAGGUGAACGAGGACGACGUGGAGGGCCGCUGGCUGAGGAACGGCGUGGAGAUCCAGUUCUCGGUGGAGGAGCGGUUCAACUACGUCACCAUCAGGAAGCUGCACCGCCUCACCAUCUCCGAGACGUACCGGAGCGACGCCGGCGAGUACACCUUCAUCGCCGGCAAGAACAGGAGCACCAUGACGCUCCGUGUCAACAUCCCGGAGCCUCCUCAGAUCCUCCGCCACAUGGAGCAGUCGGUGGAGGCCGGUAAACCCGCUCGCUUCUCUGUGCAGGUGAGCGGCGUUCCUCAGCCUCAGGUGUUCUGGUACAAAAACUCCCAGGCGCUGUCGCCGGGCUUCAAGUGCAAGUUCCUCCACGACGGCAACGAGCACUCGCUGCUGCUGAUCGAGGUGUUCCCCGAGGACGCCGCCGUCUACCACUGCGAGGCCAAGAACGACUACGGCACCGCCACGAGCACCGCGUCGCUCAAUGUGGAAGUGUCGGAGGUGGUGUCUCCAGACUCGGCUGCUACCGUCGCUCCUCCUGUCGUCAUCUCGCCCAUCGCCAGCACCUCCACCCGCGAGGGAGAACCGGCUCGCUUCCAGUGCAGAGUCCGCGGAGACGAUGUGAAGAUUAGCUGGUUCCACAUCGAGAAGGAGAUCAAGCAGUCCGACUUCUUCAGGAUGUCUCAGUUUGACGACAGCUGUCAGCUGGAGAUCUCCAGGGUUUACCCUGAGGACGAGGGCGAGUACACCUGCGUGGCCACCAACAACGCCGGCAGAGUCUCCUGCUCCGCUACUCUCACCCUGGACGGUAAGUUCAUCACCAACAAACCGACUAGCGCCGAGCGGCCCGCUGAGUCUCAGCAGCCCAUCUCCACCAGCCUCACCAGCAUCAAGAAACCUUCCAUCGGCCAAAAGCCCGUUUUCAUCCAGCCCAUCGAGAGCUGCACGGUGCCACACGGGGAGGUGGCGCGCUUUCACGCGUGCGUGUCCGGCACGCCGAAGCCUGAUAUCAGCUGGUUCCACAACCGCCAGCCGGUCCGGCCCACCAAGAACGUGGUGUUCCACUACGACGAGGUGUCCAGCACCGCCAUGCUCAUCAUAGUCGAUGCUUUCUCCGAGCAUGCGGGGCAGUACACCUGCAGGGCCGCCAAUACCGCCGGAGAGGCCGCGUGCUCGGCCACCCUCGCCGUAACCAAAGAAGAAGAAGAAGUGACUCACGUCAGAGAGCAGAUCGAAGCCAGGAUCGAGCAGGAAGUCAAAGAGAGUUCUAGCACCAGCGUCACCACCGUGGAGGAACAGGGGAGACCUACUUCACUGGUGUCCCAGUUACCUCAGAAAACCAGAAACACUGAACUCAAGCCAGAGUCCAAACGUUACUCUUCUUCUUUAGAGAAGAAAAAAGAAAAGCCAGUUUUCCUGAGCCAGCUCGCUCCGGUGGCCAUAACCGCCGAAACCGCCCGGCUCACCGUCAGAGUGUCCGGCCUCCCGAAGCCGACCGUUCAGUGGUCUCACAACGGGAAGGUGAUUAAGAGCUCCUUAAUAUACAAGCUGAUAGAGGAGAAGGAGGAGUACACGCUGGUAAUCACCCGGGUCACGUCGGCGUACGAGGGCGAGUACUCGUGCACCGCCACCAACAGAUUCGGCCAGACGACGUGCACCACGUACCUCGAGGUGAAAAAGCCCGACGUUAGCCAGGCGGAGAAAUGGGUGGAGAAGAUGUUCAAGGUCACGGGUCAACCGCCGACGUUCACGGUUCAGAUCCAACCGGUUAGGUGCUCGGAGGGAGGAGAGGUUUCCUUUAAUUACAAAGCCGCUGGUGAGGCCUCCCCCGAUGUAAAGUGGUUCAAGGGGGCGCUCCAGAUCCAGCCCAGUAGAAACUGUAUCGUCAUAUCCAACCGAGACGGAUCUGGCCUCGUAAAUAUUAAGAGCGUCAAACAGGAAGACGGCGGCGUGUAUACGUGUAAGGCCUCCAACCAGUUCGGGGAGGCGUCCUGUAGCACCGAGCUGGUUGUGUUCAGAGAAUCAGUUUCUGUUUCUCACAAACAGGAGCAGCUGACCAAGAAGAGCUAUAAGGUUUUAGUUACAGAACAAGCAACUGAGUCUCGCUUGUACCAGGUCAGCCUCCCGGGCCAAGACAGAGCGAUCGAUCAGAUGGUGUACACCAUCGGUACUGAAGACCGUCAGAUCAUUCCCAGCGAGCAAGUGGGCUCUCUUAGAGAACUCGAUAUCUCUGCCGCCACUAUUCACCGCGAGCAGCACCACCAGGCGGCGGUGCUUCAGUCACACGAGAUAGAGGAGAGGGUGUCGGUGGUUCCGACCCACCCGCCUCAGGUCUCCGCCGUUCCCGUGAAACAGCUUCACACGGGCGUUACGUCGUCCGUUGAAGAGAGUCAUGAUUCCACAGAGCAGCACUGCGAUCGCAUCCUAAGCCCCGAGGUCGUCGAGCUUCAGGCAGCUCGAGAAAAGAGGUCAGUGGUGAUGUCGGCGGUUGCUGAGGAGCUCACCCCGCUAGCUACCGUUAGCACAGAGCAUCUAGCCGACAGGAAGUCUGCCGCCGUCAGGCCCACGUCUGAACCUAAACAUCUAGUCAGUGGGCAUCAAGUCGAGUCCCAGCUGCCCAUCCUGAAAGAGCAGUCUCAGGAUAUCCCCAAACCGCAGCAGGAGAAGAGUUAUAAGGUUAAAGAAGGUGUUAAGAUCUUAUACUCAGCUCAGUCUUCAGAGGAACGGGUGCUCGCAGAAGACCACACAAGUAAACUAGCAACAGCAGAUUCUGCUGUGAAGUCUUCUGCUGGGAAAGAGCAGCACCGGCCCAUCUUGGCCUCAGUCAGCGAGUCCAAACAGACUCUUUCCAAGGAAACUAAGUUCUCCAUGCAGAGGCCCGCUGAGGAGACGGCCCAUCUCUGUAAGGACAGAGUGAUGAAGGCGGCUCUAGCUGCUGAAGAGAAGCAAACGCUGCAGGCUGAACCCACUAGCAGCUGCCCAAGUCUGGACAGCGCCAUGUCCAUCCAGUCACAGGUAGAAGGAGAGCAGCUGUUGCACCUGCAGGUUAUCACAGAUCAGGACCUCCUCCCGUCCGAGAGGAGCUUCACCUGCGAGAAACCGGCACCGGAGCAGGCCGGAGCCAGGAAGAGUCCUACUCUGCUUCACACCGUAGAGGAUGAGCAGAGGACGGUAGUUUGCGAGGACACGUCAGAGUUUGAGGCCAAGGCUAGAACCGAGACCAUCCAGCCCCAGAAAGAGGCUCCUACUCUGCUGCACCUCCAGUCAACCCAACCGGUGGAGGCGCUGCCCAAAGAGGGUAUCCUCGUUAUUGAGAAGCCUGAGCAGCAGGUGGCGGCGCAGAAACAGGAAAAGACGAGGAGUCACGCAGCCACCUCGGAGGAGAGGAGGGAGCUCACGGCAGAUUAUCACACCGAGCUGGAUCUGUCCGUGACCGGCAUUCAGUCUCAGCUCCGGACUGAGCCCCGACCUCAGAACAUCCUCCAGCUCUCCUUCCAGCCCAUGCAGCUGCCAAAGGAGACGCCGGUCAGCAGCGACGUCAAGCAGCAGCGAGCUUUGGUGCAGAAGGAGGAUCGCUUGAAUGUGAUGCACGUCACCAGUGUGAUAGACAGUCAGGCCUUAGAGGAGGGUCACAGAGAGUCCUUACGGCGGUGGAUAAAUUCACCUGCCAGACGGCUGUAGAUGCCGAAACUUCCCACCGAGCCAGUCCAGGUUGAGGAGAAGGAGAUCUCCACGGAGAGUAGCGUCCUCCUAGAGGCAGCAGAACAGGACUUUGCUGUUCAGAUCCAGGAGGGCCAGUCGGUCAGGCAGUCGAUAGUGAUGGACGAGAAGCGAGUGCUGACGGGUGAGCUCUCUCAGGAGAUCACCAAGUCGGAGUCCGCUAAAGUCGCCGUCACCACGCAGCCCAAACUGUCCCUGAUGGCGUCAGAAUCGAAAGACAGCACGGCUCUCCCCAAAGAGAUGACGUUUGUGAUUCAGAUCCCGAAACCGUUCAGUCUGAAUAUACGGCGUCAGCUCAGAGACGCUCUCCAGUCUGCCGUGGCCAGCGACCAGCCGGUGUUACUGGCUGACGUCAUUGGAAGGUUACAGGCUGUAGAAGUACAGGAAGUCAAGGUUCAGAGAGAGCCCAAGCGGGCCAUGUUUACAUACCUGAUCACAACAACGGGUGCCCCCAUGGAGAUCACUCUGGCUUUUGAGGGCAAGUACCCUCAGACCGCCGACCUCAGGACUGAACUCCAGGCAGCUUUCCACUCCAUAGUGUACCAGGAAGCUCACGUUCUUACCUCAGAACAGACGGGCACUAUGCAGCUAGACAAACCUCAAAGGGCGCAGGUCACUUCGGCAGACUCUAAGCAAGUGCUGUCGUCCAUGUAGAGACCCGUGAGCGUGGCGGAGAGCGCCGUGGAUUUCACCGCCGUUAAAUCUCAGGCUGCUGCACUCAAGACACAGACUAGGAUGUCGGUUGAAUGUGCUUCAGCUGAGCAGCAGGUCGUGGUGCAGGAGUCCAAGGCAGCGAAGAUGGAACAGUACAUGUCAUCCCAGAUUAAAGUCUCCACAGAGUCUCACAUGUCUUUUGAGCAGUCGGUGCAGGUGUCCAGGCAGGAAGUGAGGUCAGUGGCGGUGAAAAGCAGAGAAAGAUGUAGGAGCGCGAUCGUUACCACGACACUGCCUCCCACCGCCGUCCCCACCGAACAGGUGGUGGACGUCAGCUUCCAGAAGGAGCUCAGGGAGGAGAUCUUUAAAGAGGAGAUCACCGUAUCCAGGCAGGAACAGAGAGAAUACCCCGAAAUAGUCACCUCCCUUGAAGACGUGUCCAUCGACGAAGACAGCAAAAUAACUUGUAGCACCACCAUUAAGUACGUCACACAGGCAAACUGGUUUUUCAACGGACAAUUGGUGAAAUCUGGCAAAGAGUUCAAGUGUUCCAAAGACCACGACACAUACACAUUGGUUAUCUACAAAGUUGUGAAGGAGAGGCAUCAAGGAGAAUAUGUUUGUGAGGCUGAGAAUGAAGCCGGCAGGACGACAACGUCUUCAAGACUCACUGUAGUCUCAAGAGUGCCACCCGUCUUUAGGCAGAGAAUCACAUCUCUGGAGAUAAACAUCGGCGGCCAGGCCAAGUUCGAAUGUGAGAUCGAGGACGCUCCGAGCGUCACCUUCAAAUGGUACAAGUCCAGCGUUGAGAUCAAACAGAGCGAGAAGUUCAGGAUCAUCAGCCGCCACAGCGGUUCCUCCCUGGAACUGCUGAACCCGAUCAAAGCCGACAGCAGCGAGUUCACCUGCAAGGCUUCGAACCAGCACGGCACCGACAGCUGCACCGCCUCGCUCAUCGUCACCGAAAUGUACCCGCCGGUAAUUUGUUUCAAAACCAGACCAAUGACUUUAUAUGUGGGCAAAACAAGCCUGUUCCAGUGCUCACUCACUGGAUCCUCACCCAUGGAAGUUGUCUGGCACAAGGACAACAUAGCCGUCUCCUCCGAAGGGAACUAUGUCAUGAAAUGUGAAAAGAACAAGUAUUCCCUUCACAUUAAGAGCCUUGAGCUGACUGACCAGGUGUACCUGUGCAAGGCCUCCAACAGCGUUGGCACUGCCACCUUUACCACAGAACUCAAGGUUAUUCCGCAAGCCUAGCUUGUUAAGACUGUUGAGCUGGCGUCGGUCGCCGUCAAUGACCCGCUGAGGCUGGAGUGCCAGGUGGACGAGGACACUGGUGUGACCGUCACCUGGACCAGGGAUGGCAAAAAAGGUCCACCAGAGAUGGAGUGUAAAGUGUCUUUUGAGGACAAAGUGACUGUUGUUGACAUACCCAAGUCCAAACUGAAGGACUCUGGGACGUAUGUGUGCACGGCUACAAAUGAGGCCGGGAGCUCAACCUGUGAGGCUGUGGUAACAGUUCAAGAGCCUCCUACCUUUGUUAAGAAAAUGGAACCUAAGAUUACGUGGAAACAAGGUAUAGCUGCCCGCUUGCAGUGCAGCGUUAAAGGAUCGCCCGAACUUCACAUCCACUGGUUCUGGAAUGAGAGAGAGCUUCCUGAUGGAGAAAAGUAUAAAAUCUCUUUCAAGAGUGGAGUAGCCUCUCUGGAGAUAAUGAACCUGGUGGUCACAGACAGCGGCAGUUACACCUGUGAGGUGUCAAAUAAUGCUGGCAGCGAGAGCUGCAACACCCUUAUAGCUGUUAAAGAGCCACCGUCUAUUAGAAAAGAGCUGCAGACAGUCGAGGCGGUGAAGGGAGCAGCUACUCAGCUGGAGUGCGAGGUCACGGGAACCGCUCCGUUUGAAAUCAGCUGGUUAAAAAAUAAGAAAAACAUCUCUGGUGAUCAGAAAUAUAAAAUAAUCGUACAAGAUACCUUGUCAAGGCUGGAGAUCCAGACCUUUGAAAGUGCAGAUGUUGGAGAUUAUCAGUGUGUCAUAUCCAACGAUGUGGGGAAAGUCACCACUAAGGCCGUAGCUAAACUUAAAGAGCCACCAACUUUCUCAAAGAGGGUUGACAGUGCUACAGCAGUUUUGGGAAACCCAGUAAAACUCCAGGGGACCGUUAAGGGCUCGGCUCCCAUCUCUGUGAAAUGGAUGAAAGACUCUGAAAUACUGAGAGAUGACGAUCCAAACAUCAAGAUGGUGUAUGAGAACGGUGUUGCUAGCUUGUCGAUAACGACAGUGGCCAUCAGCCACGGCGGCAAGUAUUCGUGCCAAGCCGAGAACGAGGCUGGCCAACAGAAAUGCGAAGCUACCUUGACUGUGCAAGAACCGGCCAGAAUCGUAGAACCGGCAGAGUCCAUUAGUGUGACUGCAGGAGAUUCAGCCACGUUGGAGUGCACAAUCUCCGGAAGCCCAGACCUCAAGGUGAAGUGGUUUAAAGACGGGAAGGAAAUGAUCAGUGGGCGUAAAUAUAAGAUGACUCUGAAAGACAAUGUCGCCACGAUGAAGAUUCUUACGGCAGAAAGAGGAGACACCUCAGAGUACAAGAUGGAGGUGUCGAAUAAAGUCGGAAAAGACCAGUGCACAUGCUCGGUCUCGAUCUUAGAUCGGAUAAUGCCUCCAACUUUCACCAAGUCUCUGAAAAGAGUUGACGGUAACAUUGGUAAUGACGUCAGCAUGGACUGUAAAGUGUCUGGGUCCCAACCCAUGACCAUAUCUUGGUUCAAAGACGACCAGGAGGUCACACCUGGAUCCAAAUUCCAGCCUGAAUUCAAAGACAGCUCGGCUACGCUGAGAGUUAUCCGGCUGGAGAAGGCCGACUCUGGAGUUUACAAAUGCAGAGCCACCAAUUCAGCCGGCUUUAAGGAAACCAGCGGCACGCUCUAUGUCAAAGAGCCCCCAGUGUUCACACUGAAACCAGACAACCAGGAUGUCAAACCAGGAACCACGGUUUCUAUCAGAACCGCCUUCACUGGAACAGCUCCUUUAGCUGUAAAGUGGUUCAGAGAGGAAAAAGAGAUUAUAACUGGAGGCUCAUAUUUCAUAAAGAAAGAUGCCUCUUCAAGCUCUUUGGAGCUUCAAUCUGUGAAACCCAGUGACUCCGCCAAGUACACAUGCCAAGUAUCCAACGAUGCUGGGAAGGUGGACUGCACCACAGUCCUCUUUGUGAAAGAACCUCCCGUGUUUGUGAGGAAGCUUGAGGCGACCAAGCUCGUCACCAGCAGCGACUCCGCCAAGCUGGAAUGCAAAGUGACGGGCAGCCCCGUCAUCAGUUUCAAAUGGUUCAAGGAUGAGAUGGAGAUCAGCUCCGGUCCUAAAUACACAAUGCCCUUGAUUGACUUAGUGGCAUCUCUGGAAAUAGUCAACUGUGCAGUGGAGGAUAGUGGAGAUUAUGUUUGUGUGGCAUCCAGCGAGGCUGGUAGCGACCGCUGCAGCAGCACGGUUACUGUCAAAGAGCCGCCGUUGUUUGUGCGUAGCUUGGAGCCCAAAGAUGUGGUGAAAGGUUCUGAGAUGAUGCUGGAGGGCCAGGUCUCUGGUUCCACCCCGUUCACCGUGUCAUUUUAUAAAAACACGAAGCUGAUUAGGAAUGACAAGAGACACAGGAUCACCGUGAAGGACGACCUGAUAGCCUUGCAGGUGGCGGCGGUAGAGGCAGGAGACGUCGGUGUGUACCAGUGUACCGUUGAGAAUGAAGUCGGGAGGGCCUCCUGUGAUUGUCAAGUAACACUCAAAGAACCACCAUCGUUUGUGAGAAAGCUGGAGAACCUCAGCUCCCUGGUUGGCAGCGAGGUUUCUCUGCAGUGCACUCUGAAGGGCUCCGAGCCCAUGACCGUGUCCUGGACCAAAGACAACCACGAGCUGAAAGAGGCUGAAAACAUUCAGAUUACGUACGAGAACAACGCCGCUCUGCUGCGCUUCACCAAUUUACAGAGCAAACAUGGCGGCAAAUACUCCUUCCAGGCGCAGAAUCAGGCCGGCAGCCAGACAUGCUCCGCCGUGUUGACAGUUAAAGAGCCAGCUAAGGUCACAGAGGAGGCCAAGUCUAUCAGUGUGACUCAGGGGGAUCCGGCCAUGCUGGAGGCCAGGUUCUCAGGCACUAAACCCCUGAAAGCCAGAUGGCUAGAGGCCGGCAAGGAGCUGACCUCAGGCCAGAGGUAUAAAGUGCAAAGCACAGACACCAGCUCUGUGCUCAAGAUUAUUAAAACCGAGAAGGGCGACAGCGGUGACUACACCUUUGAGGUUUCAAAUGAUGUCGGCCAGAGUUCUUGCGAGGCCACGCUCACCGUUCUCGAUCAAAUAAUUCCACCGUCUUUUACGAGAAAGCUGAAGCAGACAGAAGGUAUCAAAGGGUCGUUUGCUCAUCUGGAGUGUCUCGUAUCCGGCUCCCUGCCGAUCACCAUUCAGUGGUUCAAAGAUGAGAAAGAGAUCCAGACUGACGACAAACACAAAUGCACGUUCUUUGAGAGCGUCGCUUUUCUGGAAAUCUCUAAUCUCGACAGUAAAGACGGUGGCAGCUACACCUGCAUCGCUAAAAACAAAGCGGGAACUGUCCAAUGCUCUGGGACCUUGUUUGUCAAAGAACCGCCGUGUAUUCUUGAAAAGCCUGAUUCCAUGAAUGUUCUGCCCGGCUCCAAAGUCCAGUUUAACGUACUGGUCUCUGGCACGCCGCCGCUGACCACCAAAUGGUUUAAAAACAAGAAGGAGAUUUUAUCCAGCGCCGACUGCACUGUGGUCAAAGACAACACCUCGAGCUCACUGGAGCUCUUCUUUGCCAAAACCUCCGAUUCUGGAGACUAUGUCUGUGAAAUACACAACGAUGUGGGCUCCACUUCCUGUCAGGCAACGCUCUUUGUUAAAGAGCCGCCUAAGUUCACGCGGACCCCGGCUCGUGUGUCCGUGGUCCGUCCGGGUCAGAGUAAAGUGUUUGAGUGCCAGGUGACCGGAACACCUGAGAUUGACAUCUACUGGUUCAGGGAAGGCUCUGAGAUCAGCCCCAGCGACCGGUACAAGAUGGUCUUCGUUAACUCUGUGGCCACUCUGGAAGUCUGUGGGGCUGAUACCAAAGACUCGGGGCUUUACUACUGCGAGGCUCGCAAUGAGGCCGGCAGUGAGAGCUGCAGCAUGGAGCUCAAGGUCAAAGAACCGCCAUCAUUUAUUAAAGAGCUGGCUCCAGCUGAUGCUGUGAAGGGUUCUAGUGCCGGUUUUGAGUGUCAGGUUGCUGGGACCGGUCCGUUUGAGAUAACAUGGCACAAAGAUGCAAGGAGAUCAAACCCAGCGCUACAUGGCUUCUCCCAGAUGAAUGACACUACCGGUCUGGAGGUGCACAGAUGUGACACCGUAGAUGUGGGUGAAUUACAGUGUACUGUUGCUAACGAGGUGGGAAGCUGUACUUGUAAGACUACGCUACACCUCAAAGAACCACCAACAUUUACCAAGAGGAUUGAGAACGCUGCCACUGUUCUGGGUAAAAUGGCAGAGUUUCAGUGUGUUGUGGUGGGUUCUCCCACGCUCUCUGUACAAUGGCAAAAAGAUGAGAACUGGAUUUUGGAGGAUACAAAGAUUGAGAGAACAUUUGAGAACAAUGUGGCCACUCUCAGGAUUCCUGCCUGCGAGGUGACGCACAGCGGGAAAUACACCUGCCAGGUGGUAAAUGAUGCCGAGGACAAGUGCUUUGCCAGCCUGACGGUGCAAGAGCCUCCUCAGAUCACAGAGAAACCUGAAGUGAUAAAGGUUUCAGUGGGAGAUCCAGUCAGUCUGGACUGUAAGGUGACGGGCUCCCCUGAGCUCAAAGUGAAAUGGAUGAAAGAUGGCAAGGAGCUUCAGUCCAUCAGGCAACACAAGCUGGUCUUUGAGAACAACAUCAGCAGCCUAAAGGUUCAGUCCGCUCAGAUAGAGGACGCAGGAGAUUAUGUCUUCGAGGUGGCAAACCACAUCAGCAGCUGCACCUGCAAAGUCAAAGUGAUCGUACUAGAACAAGUAAUUCCCCCAAGCUUCAUCAAACCGCUGGUAGACAUGCAAGAGAUUUUGGGCUCCUUUGUUCAGAUAUGUUGCAAAAUAUCUGGUUCCCUGCCGAUCUCUGUAGAGUGGCAGAAAGACGGGAACAAAAUCUCGAGUGGUGUAAAACACAAACUCAUUCAGCAGGACAAUUCUGUGUCCAUCGAGAUCGAGCAGCUAGAGAGAUCUGACGCAGGAUCCUACUCUUGCAAACUGACCAACGCAGCGGGAAGUUGUCAAUGCAGCGGAUCCCUCAUGGUUAAAGAACCUCCCAGCUUUGUGACGCCGCUUGAGUCCCAGGCGGCUCUACCCAGAGGCACUGUACGCUUCAAGGGCACAUUUAAGGGAACGCCCCCUUUCACGGUCAAAUGGUUCAAGGACGACACGGAGCUCAUGACUGGGCCCACUUGUUUCACGGGGCUGGAGGGGCUCUCUUGCUUCUUGGAGCUCUACUCAGUGGGUGUCGCCCAGAGUGGAGUUUACUCUUGCCAAGUCAGCAACGACGCUGGCUCUGUACGCUGUAGUGCAGACCUGACAGUCAAAGAACCACCGGAGUUUGUGCUGAAACUCCCUGCCGUUAAGUUUGUGAAGCAGAGAGAGUCACUCCGCCUGGAGUGCAAAGUCAGUGGCACAGCCCCUCUGAAAGUGACCUGGUACAAACAGGACACCAAGGUCACGGACGGGGGCAACUACCGGACCUCAUUUGUGGACUCGGUAGCAGUCCUGGAACUGGUCUCCACCAGCUUUGAUGAUGAGGGGGUUUACACCUGUGAAGCUCAGAAUGAUGCUGGCAGUGUCAGCUGCAGCACCACACUUACCGUUAAAGACCCCCCAUCUUUUGUCAAAGUCCCUCAGCCGGUUGAAGGGCUGAAGGGUAAGGACGUGAGUCUGUACUGCGAGAUGAGCGGUACAGCUCCGUUCCAGAUCACCUGGUUCAAAGACAGGAAACCUUUGAUGGAGAGCAGGAAGUAUAAGAUGGUGAGCGAGGGCAGCUCGGCGACGCUGCAUGUCAUUGGGAUAGAGCCCUCGGACGCCGGCGAAUACGAGUGCAAAGUGUCAAACAAUGUAGGAAGUGACACCUGCCAGACGUCAGUUAAACUCAGAGAGCCGCCGUCGUUUGUGAAGAAACUGUCAAACACGACGGUGAUACUGGGAGAGGAGGUGACCCUAGUGGCCACUGUUAAAGGCUCUGAACCCAUUACUGUGUCCUGGGUUCAAGACAAGGAUCACAUUCUCAGGGACGGUGACAACAGGAAAAUCACCUUUGAGAACAACAAGGUGGCUCUUACAGUCUUUAAGGCCGAUGCAACCACGGCAGGCAAAUACACCUGCCAACUCAGAAACGAUGCUGGGAGUGUGGAGUGUUUCGCUAACUUGACUGUUCUAGAACCCGCUAAGAUAGUGGACAAGCCCGACGCUCUGAGCGUGAUGGCGGGCGACAUUGCCGCCCUAGAGGUCAAAGUGUGCGGAACCCCGGAGCUGACGCCCAAGUGGUUCAAGGACGGAGUCGAGCUGGCCUCCGGGAGGAAGUACAAAAUCUCGUUCUCUCAGAUGAUCUCCAGCCUGAACGUUCUCUCUGCUGAGAAGGUGGACUCUGGAGAGUACACGUUUGAGGUCAUGAACGAGGUCGGGAAGGACCUGAGUAAAAUCAAUCUCACUGUUUUAGAUAAGAUCGUCCCGCCGUCGUUCUCCAGGAAGCUGAAGGACUGUAACACCGUGGUCGGAGCGGCGGGAGAGAUGGAGUGUAAAGUGUCGGGCUCCCCCCCGUUCACCAUCUCGUGGUACCACGACGGCGAGGAGAUCCAGAGCGGACCCAACUACGAGAUCUCCUUCAGCAACAACAGCUGCUCCUGCAGAGUGUCCACGCUGAAGCUCUCCGACUCCGGAGCCUACAAGUGUAGAGCUGUGAACAAGGCCGGGUCCAGUGAGACCACCGCCGCCCUGGAGGUCAAAGAGCCUCCAUCCUUCGUGGUGCCCCCCCAGCCGGUGGAAGCCAUGCCCGGCUCUGACGUGACCUUCUCGGCGAUAGUGAAGGGCAGCGCCCCGCUCAGACUGAAGUGGUUCAGAGGAGCCAAGGAGAUCGUGUCUGGACGGAGCUGCAGCUUCUCUCUGAAGGACAACCAGGUGAUCCUGGAGCUCUUCAAGGUCGACGCCUCGCAGGCCGGAGAGUACACCUGUCAGGUGAUCAACGACGCCGGCAAGGAGAGCUGCCCCGUCAACCUCACCGUCAAAGAGCCGGCGGCGUUCUCUAAGAAGCUGAAGGACGUGUCGGUGGAGAAGGGUAAAGCGUUAACGUUGGAGUGCACGUACACGGGCACGCCUAAGAUCACGGUGACGUGGUUGAAAGACGGCCAGCAGAUCUUCGCCUCCUACAGAUACAACGUGACGACGACGGAGAGCUCCUGCAUCCUGGAGUGUCUCAGCACCGACGACAAGGACGCCGCCGGGACCUACUCCUGCCAGGUGUCCAACGACGCCGGCAAGGACACGUGUGACGCCGUCAUCUCCAUCCUCGAGCCUCCGUACUUCGUGGAGUCUCUGGAGCCGAUGGAGGUGACCUCGGGAGACGCCGUCUGUCUCAAGUGUCAGGUGGCGGGAACUCCUGAGAUCAAGGUGUCCUGGUUCAAGGCCGACGGCAAAGUCCGGUCCAGCCCGACCUGUAGACUGGAGUACAGUAAGGGGGUCGCCUGCCUGAAGCUCAGCAAGACCUCCAAGGCCGACGUGGGAGAGUACACCUGCAAGGCCGAGAACCAGAUCGGAUCCGCCGCAUCCACCUGCAGGAUCAACGUGCUCGAGGCCAAGACGCCGCCGUCCUUCCCGAAGAAGAUCACCAGCCUGCAGCAGACGGAGGGUCAGGCGGUGCGGUUCGAAUGCCGUGUCGCCGGCUCGUCCCCCGUCGACGUGUCGUGGCUGAAGGACGGCGAGCCUCUGAAGCCGGGCGCAGACUUCUCCAUGCUCUAUGAUGACAACACGGCCGUGCUGGAGAUCAGCCGCGGCGAGAUGAAGCAUUCUGGGGAAUACACCUGCGUGGCCACCAACAGCGUCGGCUCCGCUUCCUGCAGAGCCAAGCUCACGCUGCAAGAGCCCAGAUACCCGCCGCUCUUUGACAGGAAGUUGUCACCGCAGGAGGUGACGGUGGGCGACAGCAUCGAGCUGGAGUGUCACAUGACCGGCUCCGCCCCCAUCAAGGUCACAUGGUCCAAAGACCAAGACAUCCGGUCGGGGGGGAACUACAAGAUGAGCUGUGUGGAGGACACCCCCCACCUGACCAUCGUGAAGGCCGAUAAAGGCGACACGGGACGCUACUUCUGCCACGCCGCCAACGACGUGGAGGACUCUUGUUCCUCUGACAUCACGGUCAAAGACCCUCCGGUGUUCACCAAGAAGCCGUCGGAGAACAUGGAGGACACGGAGGGACGCCUGGUGAAGAUAGAGGGACGCGUCUCCGGCUCGCAGCCCAUCGCCGUCAGCUGGUUCAAAGACGACGACGAGAUCCACGGCUCCGACAAAUACGACAUCAGCUUCAAGAGCAACGUGGCCGUGCUGUGCAUCAAGAGCAGCCGGCUGACGGACAGCGGGCGCUACUCCUGUCGCGCCGCCAACGAAGCCGGAAAGAUCUCCUGCGACGUCACCGUGGGGAUCUCAGAGUCUAAGAAGCCUCCGGUGUUCGAAGUCCCUCUGAAACCGGUGACGGUGGACGAGGGCGACCGUCUGAGUCUCCGGUGUCACGUCUGCGGCUCGCCGCCGCUGAAGAUCCAGUGGAUGAAGGACCGGAAGGACCUGACGUCUGCCGGCAACAAGAUCAGCUUCUCCGACGGGACAGCGUGUCUGGAGAUCGGCGCCGCGUCCCGACACGACGCCGGCGAUUACCUCUGCAAGGCCACCAACGAUGCCGGCAGCGAGUUCUGUAAAGCCAAGGUCACCGUCAAAGAGAAACCCGGAGCAGCUCCGUCUCCAGCUGAAGCUCCAGCUGCUCCCACCAAGAAACUGGAAAAUCUGUUCUUCAUCGAGGAGCCCAGAACGACCCACGCCACCGAGAAGGGCACCGCCACCUUCAUCGCCAAAGUUGGCGGCGACCCGAUCCCCAGCGUGAAGUGGAUGAAGGGGAAGUGGAGGCAGAUCACGCACGGCGGACGCAUCUCCAUCGAGCAGAAGGGCCAGGAGUCCAAGCUGGAGAUCAAAGAGGUCACCAAGUCGGACUCGGGUCAGUACCGCUGCGUCGCCGCCAACAAGCACGGAGAGAUCGAGUGCAGCGCCGACAUGCACGUGGACGAGAAGAAAGACUUUAAACUCGUCUUCGUCUUCGUUCUCAGGACGCCGUCGAAGCAGAAGAGUCCUCAGGAGGAGAAGGACAUCGACAUCGUGGAGCUGCUGAGGAACGUCGACCCAAAAGAGUACGAGAAGUACGCCCGUAUGUACGGCAUCACGGACUACCGCGGCCUGCUGCAGGCCAUCGAGCAGCUGAAGAAGGAGAAGGCUGAAGAAAGUGGACGACCGGAAGUGGAACGUGGAGACAGAGAGUCUGAUGAGGACAUGGCCCGACUGGUGGCCGACCUGCAGAAGAGGAUGGAGAGGACCGAGCCCGUCACCGUGGUGAAGGACAUCUCCGAUCAGUCCGUCUUCACCAACAAGGAGGCGGUGUUUGAGUGCGAGGUGAAGAUUAACUACCCAGAGAUCACUCUGUCCUGGUACAAGGGAACCCAGAAACUGGACACCAGCGACAAGUACGACAUCAGCAUCAGCGGCGACCGCCACCUGCUCAAGAUCAAGAGGUGCCAGGCGUCCGACCAGGGCAACUACCGGGUGGUCUGUGGGCCGCACAUCUCCAGCGCCAAGCUCGCCGUCACGGAGGCGGAGGUUGAGAAGCACCUGCAGGACACUUCGGGUAAGGAAGGCCAGCCGUGCACUCUGUCUUGUCAGUUGUCCAUCCCUAACGUAGAGGCUCAGUGGUUUAGAAACGGCCAGCGGUUAGAGAUGAAGGGCCGGUACACCGUCCGAGGUGAAACACAAAGGUCCGAAGCUUCUGAUCCGAGACCUGAAGACCGAAGACCAGGCCGGUACAGCUGCAGGUACCAACACCUGGAGUCCUCGGCCGACCUCUGGGUGGAAGCUGAACAAAUUCAUUUCACCAAACGCAUCCACAACAUCGAAGACGAGCGCCAGGCGGCCACCUUCGAGUGCGAGGUGUCCUUCGACAACGCUAUCGUGUCGUGGUACAAAGACACCUGGGAGCUGAGAGAGAGCCCCAAGUACAACUUCACGAGCGAGGGCCGAAGACAUUUCAUGGUCAUCCGAAACGUGACCGUCGAAGACGAAGGCGUGUACUCGGUCAUUGUGCGGUUGGAGCCCAGAGGAGAGGCUAAGAGCACAGCUGAGCUUUAUUUAUCUGGCAAAGAGAUUGAGUUAGCGAUGGUUCCCUUCGAUGUCCCAGACUCCUCAGUUCAGAGGCCUGAGGUGCCUUCAUCAGUGUUUCUGUUUUGUGAAGAAUCAGCUGAAUACUCGUAUCAGUAUGAAGAGGAGGUGGAGCAGAGAGUGGAGUUUGAGAGCUGGACAGAAGAGACCGUAACUCAGCAGGUGUCCUCAGCUAAAGCUGCCAGAUUUGCCAUCGAGGAGCAAGUGGAGACCAAGAAAGUUGAGAUGAGAGAGGAAAUGCCAAUAAAAGUUCCCAAAGCUGAGAAGAAGCCUGAAGAGAAGCCGACGCCAGCUGUGAAGGAGCCGUCGCCUCCGAAAGUAUCGGAGGCCAGAAAGCCGGUGGAGGAAAAGGUUGCUGUGGUUUCAGUCCCAGAGAAGAAGAAAGUUCCUGCUCUAAAAGAACCGGAGGAGGUUAAGAAGCCCGCCGCCAUUCCCACGCCACCCGCCGAGAAGCCCGGCGUGCCAAAGAAAGAUGAGCCCAAGCCUCAGGUACCGGCUGAGCCCAAAAAAGUGGCGCCUGCAGCUAAGCCUGAGCCCGAACCCAAACGGAAAGCAGAACCAGAACCAAAGCCUAAGGCCGCACCGGCUCCCAAAGCAGAACCAGAACCGAAGCCUAAGCCCGCACCGGCUCCCAAAGCAGAACCCGAAGCCAAACCUGCGGCGAAGCUGGAGCCUGAGGCUAAGCCGGUGCCGGUAAAGAAGCCGGUAUCGCCGCCAUCCAAAGUCCCCGAAGAGGCUGCGAAACCAGAGCCGGCAAAGAUCAAGCCAGAACCGGCCGUAAAAAAGCCAGAACCAGAGGCUCGGAAAGCGAAACCAGAACCAGAAAAACCUAAACCAGAAGUCCGUAAACCUGAGGCUCUCGUAACCAAGCCAGGACCUUCAAUUCCAAAACCUGAACCUGCUGUGGUCCCCAAACCCAAACCUGAACCAGAAGUGGUCCCCAAACCCAAACCUGAACCUGCAGUGGUCCCUAAACCUAAACCACAACCAGAAGUGGUCUCCAAACCCAAACCUGAACCUGCGGUGGUCCCUAAACCUAAACCUGAACCAGAAGUGGUCUCCAAACCCAAACCUGAACCAGCAGUGGUCGCCAAACCCAAACCAGAACCGGCCGUGAUCCCCAAACCUGAACCGGCAGUGAAAAAAGCAGAACCUGAAGUUAGAGUGCCAAAGCCGGAACCUCCAAAGACCAAACCAGAACCGACGCCGGCACCAAAGGAACCUCCAAAGAAAGUUCCCGUGGAGGAAAAAAUACCCGAGCCUCCGAAAGCUGCCAAGAAACCAGAAGUUGUUCCUCCCAAAGAAGAGCCGACAAAGAAAGAGAAAGCUUUGAAGCCCAAACCUAAACCGGUACCUGAAGAGGUGCCUGAACAAGUACCUCAGAAGGUGUUUGACCAGGUAGUGGUGACUGGACCUGAACCUGAGAAGAAAGUACUUGAAGCAGUGCCGGAGAGACGGCCUCCAGGGAAACCCGAGGUGAAGGAAAAGACCCCUGAGAGGGUCCCGGAGAAGGUUCUGAUCCCUGAAAGGGUCCCAGAGAAGACCCCUGAGAGGGUCCUGGAGAAGGUUCUGAUCCCUGAAAGGGUCCCAGAGAAGACCCCUGAGAGGGUCCCGGAGAAGGUUCUGAUCCCUGAAAGGGUCCCGGAGAAGGUUCCGACCCCUGAGAGGGUCCCGGAGAAGGUCGUGAUCCCUGAGAGGAAAGUGGAGGAAAUACCAAAGAGGGUUCCAGAAAAAGUACCAGAGGAAAAGGUUCCUCCUGAGAGGAAGCCUGUAAAGGUUCCUCAGAAGGUGGCUGAAGACCAGAGGACUCCUGAGAAGGAAGUAAAACCUGAACUGGCGCCUAAGAAACCAGCAGAGAGGAUCUCUGUAGAUAAACCAGCUGAGAAGGUGCCUGAAGCUAAACCUAAACGAGAGGUAGAAGAAACUCUUCCUAAAGAAAUAGAAACUAAGAAGAUCGAGAAGAUUCAUCCGUCGGAGGUUGAACAUGAGAUAAAAGUCUCUCCUCCAGAAAAAGGAACGACGACGAGUCUCGUUAAGAUUGAGCGAAGGAAAGGAGCUCAGAAGAUACAGGAAGUCUAUUACGUGACGGAGAAAGUGUCGCCCACGGAGGAGGUGUGGGAACACGAAGAGGUGGUGGAAGAACAAGCCGAAGCGUUGUACGAGGACGACGUGGCUCGCAUGGCCGAGACCAUCGUGUCGUUGUCAGAAGUAGACGUCUUCGGUACAACGGAAAAGGCGAGAGAUAAAAAGUCUGAGCUGAGAGGCGAGAUAUCUGUUACUGACUCUUCAAAGAGGAAAGAAACCAGGUUGACUAAACACAGAGUCCCCAAAACACAAGAAACCAUAGUUGUAGUCCAGGAAUCUGGAUCUGACGCAGAUAGGGAGGUCACACCGCUGCAGGAGAAACCUACCAGAGAAGAAGAUUCUUUCAUCCGGACGAUCGAGUCGCCAACGGAGGAAAUUACAGAUGAGAGGAAAGACAGCGUUUCAGUCAGGAAGGUUGUUUCUAAACAAAGAAGUGGCAUUACCAUUAAAACAGAGAGCAAAGAGAGACAACAGGAAGUCAGGGAAACUAGUCUAGUCAAAGAGAUCGAGUCAGUAAAACAGAAGAUCCCAUCAGUGACCGAUAAAACAAAACCAGUUAUUAUCAGCACAGAAGCUAGAAAGGUAGAAACUGAAGUCACCUACGAGGAAUCGAUCGACCACGACGUCGAGAUUAUAUCAGAUAUUCCAGAAGAAAAAUACAGUCGAGCUGAAAAGAUUACAGAAAUCACAAUCCAGCAGAGAGAAGUCAGAGUUAAAGACAAACCAGAGAAAACCAGUAGGACGGACGAGACUGGAAUUAAACCAGACUCUGAAACUAGUGCACCAGGAAAGGUGUCGGUAAAGAAACAAGAGAAGAAGAUAGUUGAUACAAAACAGGAGAGAGUUGCUGAAAAACCAAAACCUAAAGAAGAGGUAAAACCAGAACCUAGAGAUGAGGUAAAACCUAAAGCUAAAGAAGAAGUAAAACCUAAAGCUAAAGAAGAAGUAAAACCAGAACCUAAAGAUGAGGUAAAACCUAAAGAGAAAGUAGAAGUAAAACCAAAACCUAAAGAAGAGGUAAAACCAGAACCUCGAGAUGAGGUAAAACCUAAAGCUAAAGAAGAAGUAAAACCUAAAGCUAAAGAUGAGGCAAAACCAGAACCGAAAGAUGAGGCAAAACCAGAACCUAAAGAUGAGGUAAAACCAGAACCUAAAGAAGAAAUAAAACCAAAACCUAAAGAAGUAAAACCAGAACCUAAAGAAGAGGUAAAACCAAAACCUAAAGAAGAGGUAAAACCAAAACCUAAAGAAGAGGUAAAACCAGAAGAGUCAGUAACAGAUGUCGAACUUCAGAAGCCAAAAGUGACCGAAUACAAGAAAAAAGAGGAACCCAAAGACCUCCGUCCUCAGAGAUUCGAUACUGAAAAGACAAAAGAAGAAACACGUAUUUUAGUCGAGGACGCGGUUCAGACGAAACCUUCAGUACCAGAGAAGAAAAGGAUUUCCCCACAAACAGCUUCCAGAGGUACAAACAGAAACUCUAACAUCUCUGCCGAAGAACAAACCAAGAAGGUUGUGGAAGAAGAAAAAAAUAUCGUGGUAGAAAAGAUAACUCCUGAAACAGAUGAAACCAAGGGACCCGUCCACAAGGCACCGGGAGGAGUCAGAAAAGAGGGACAACCGGCAGAGGAAGCAGCAAGAGGUCGAGGUAGAGGACUGAAACCCAAGCAGACGCCGUCCCCUGGAGAAGGCCGGGGUCGCGGCCUGAAGCCCGGUGGAAAGGGCCCAUCGCCACCAGAGGAUCCCUUCGAGGGUUCAAGCCUCAAAGCCGUCCCCCUGAAGUUCAUCAAGAAGAUCCAGAACAUCGUGCUGAAGGAAGCCGAGUCCAUCGGCUCGUCGGCGGUGUUUGAGUGCGAGGUGUCGCCUUCCACCGCCAUCACCACGUGGAUGAAAGAAGACAGUAACCUGCGCGAGGACCCCAAACACAAGUUCACGUCUGACGGCAAAGAUCGCAAGUACAUUAUCGACGUCCAGCUGGCGGACACCGGAGAAUACACCUGUAUCGCCAAGAACGCCGGCAAGGAGAUAUCCUGUAAAGCCAAGCUCAUCGUUGAAGAGCUGCCGGUGAAGUGGAUCAAAGAGCUGGACGAGGACACGUCGCCUUUGAAGGGUCAGCCUCUGUAUAUGACCUGUGAGCUGAACAAAGAGAGAGACGUGAUCUGGAAGAGGAACGGCGAGCUCCUGAAGAAGAAGGCGGGUAAGAUCCAGAUCAAUAUCAUCGGUUUGCAGCACGCCUUGUGACCAUCCAGAACACCACGGGAUGAGGAUACCGGCCUCUACACGUGUGAGGUGGCCAACCAGGAGGACGUCAAGACGACAACCAAUGUCAAAAAUCAGAAAUCAUCCAAAGAUUGGAUUGUGAAACCGCUGAGAGACCAGCACGUGAAACCGAGGCUGCCGCUAACGUUUAAAUGCGAGCUCUUCAAGGACACUCACUGGAAGUGGCUGAAAGGAGAGGAAGAGGUUACUCCUUCUGACAAGGUCGAGAUGAUGCAGGACGGAAAUCAGCUGACGCUCAUCAUCAAGACAUGUCAGCCCGAGGAUGUAGCAGAAUACGCCAUGGAGGUGGAAGGACGCGUCUACACCGCCAAGCUAACGCUAGGAGAGCGGGAGGCUGAGAUCCUGAAGCCCCUGGCCAGCGUUGAGGUCAUUGAGAAGGAAGACGCCAUGUUUGAGACGGAGAUCUCUGAGGAGGACGUUCCUGGAGAAUGGAAGCUGAAAGGAGAGGUUUUGACCAGAUCCCCGGUUUGCGACAUCCAAAUGGAGGGUGGCCUGCGUAGACUCACUCUGAAAAACUGCCAGUUGGAUCAGGCCGGAGAAGUGUCCUACCAGGCUCUUAACGCCAUAAACCAGCGACAUGCUCAACGUCAAGAAAUCGAGAUGGACUUUGUUGUCCCGCUGAAGGACGUUUCCGUGCCUGAAAAGAAACAGGCUAAGUUUGAAUGCACCAUCACGAAGGAUGUCUCUAAGGUCAUGUGGUAUAGAGAUGCUGAUGUCAUCACCCCCAGACCAAAGUAUGACAUCAUCGAUGAUGGAAAGAAGCAUAUGCUGAUCAUAAAACUGCUGUGAGUUUGAUGACGAGGACCGAAAUAUACAAUUGCGGUUUUGGGCAAAACUUCCCAGCGAGACCUCACGGUGGAGGGCUCAAACUUAAUCUCGCCGAUAAAGGACCAAACUGUGAAGGAAGGCAAUUAACGGCUCUUUUCGAGACUGGAGCUCUCUCACGAGAAAACAAUCCCCGUUAUGUACAAGAUGACCGUUAAGAUCCACCGCAGCAGAACGGUGGUCACGUCGCCGUGCGACGGAAAGAAACACGUGCUCGAGACUGGAAGGAAGUGAACUCUGGAUGAUACUUGGCCAAAUUAAGGCCUGAGGCCAAAGGAAUUCCUAUCCAUGGCCAACCUGACGGUCAUAGGCGAUGCGUACUUCACAGUUAAGCUGCAGGACUAUACCGCGGUGGAGAAAGACCAGGUGGUUCUAGAUUGCGAGCUCAGCAAAGACGUGGAUGUCAUGUGGUACCACCACGAGGCUGAGAUCAAGCCCUCUAAGGUGGUGGCCAUUAAGGCCGAGGGCAAACGCAGAGCCCUUGUAUUCAAGCCAGCUGUGGACAAAGACAAAGGACAGUACGUAUGUGACUGCGGGACAGACAAGACGAUGGCAACGCUUCACAUUGAAGCUCGCCAAAUCAAAGUGGUAUCGGCCGGUGUUACGGCAUUGAGGUGUUUGAGGAGAGAGACCGCUCGAUUUGAGGUCGAGCUCAGCGAGGACGACGUCCACGGCCAAUGGAAACGAACGGAGAAGUCCCUCAGUCCGUCCGCCGACGUGGAGAUCGUGGAGGACGGCGCCAAACACACUCUGGUCUUGUAUAACUGCAAAGUGCCUCAAACCGGGCGAGUUGGUUUUACCGCAGCCAACGCCAAGUGUUCCGCUAACCUGAAAGUGAAGGGUGACUCCCCAGUCUCGUUCAUUACGCCUCUGGCCGACGUACACGUGUACGAAAAGGACGAGGCCAAGUUUGAGCUGGAAAUUUCUAGAGAGCCCAAAAGCUUCCGUUGGCUGAAGGGAUCUCAGGAGCUGUCGAACGACGACAAGUUUGAGCUCCUGGUGGAGGGAAAGAGACACACUCUUAUUGUGAAAUCUGCCAGAUACGAAGAUGAAGCCAAGUACAUGUUUGAAGCUGAAGAUAAAAGGACGUCUGGGAAGUUGAUUAUUAAAGGUAUUCGUCUUGAGUUUAUCAGGCCCAUUAAAGACGUGACCGUGAAGGAGCGUGAAACCGCCGAGUUCAGCGUGGAACUCUCUCACGAUAAGAUCCCGGUGGUCUGGUACAAGAACGACGUCCGUCUGCACCCCAGCAAGGUGGUGCACAUGACGGAGGACGGGAAGGUGCACACGCUGGCCUUCAAGGAGGUCACCAUCGACGACACCUCCAUGAUCAAAGUGGAGGCCAUGAGCAAGACCUGCGAGGCCAUGCUCACCGUGCUCGAGGGCGACCUGUACUUCACUGCCAGGCUGCAGAACUACACCGCCGUCGAGAAAGACGAGGUGGUUCUGUCCUGCGAGCUGAGCAAGGCCGCCGGCGAGGUGAAGUGGUUCAAAGACGGUAACGAAAUUUUCCCAUCCAAGAACAUUCUCGUCCAAUCGGAUGGCAGGAGGCGCACGCUGGUGAUCAGGAAGACGGCAAAGAGCAGCAUGGGAGCGUACACCUGCGACUGCUGGCACCGACAAACCACGGCCGACCUGAACAUCGAAGAGCGCGACAUCAAGGUGGUCCGCCCGCUGUACAGCGUGGAGAUCACCGAGACGGAGACGGCCAAGUUUGAGACGGAGAUCUCGGAGGAGGACCUCCACGCCACCUGGAAGCUGAAGGGAGAGAUGCUCCACCCGUCUCCGGACGUGGAGAUAAAGGAGGAAGGAGCCCGACACAUGUUGAUCCUCCUGAACUGCAGGAAGGACAUGGCCGGAGCCGUCGACUUCUCUGCAGCGAACGCCAAAUCCUCGGCUCAGCUCAGGGUCAAAGCCCGAGUGAUCGGCCUGGCGAAGCCCCUCAACGACGUCACCGUGACCGCUGGGGAGACCGCCACCUUCGAUUGCGAGCUGUCCUACGAAGACAUCGCCGUCGAGUGGUUCCUGGGAGGGACCAAGCUGGAGCCCAGCGACCGGGUGGUGCUGAAGGCGGAGGUUAAGGUCCACAGUCUGACUCUGAGAGACGUUCGGCUGAAUGAAGCCGGAACCGUUAAACUCUCGGCCAAAGACUUCCAGGCCGAGGCCAGCCUCAUCGUCAGAGAGCCGGCGGUGGAGUUCACGAAGCCGCUGGAGGACCAGACGGUGGAGGAGGAGGCGACCGCCACGCUGGACUGCGAGCUCUCCAGAGACGCCGAGGUCCGCUGGUUCAGGGACGGCCAGGAGAUCAGGAAGACCAAGAAGUACGAGAUGAUCAUCGACGGACUCAAGAGAGCGCUGAUCGUCCACGACUGCACGCUGGACGACUCCAAGACCUACGCCUGCGACGCCAAGGACUUCAAGACCUCCUGCUUCCUCAACGUGGAGCCUCAACACAUCGAGUUCUCUAAGCCGCUCCACGACGUGGAGGUCAAAGAGAAAGAGGCCGCCAGGUUUGAGUGUGAAGUCUCCAGAGAGGACGUCAAGGUCCGCUGGUUUAAAGAUGGAAGUGAAAUCAGAAAAGGGAAGAAGUACGAGAUGAUUGAUCAAGGUCGUCAACACGUCCUCAUCGUCCACAAGUCGGUGUUCGACGACGAGGCCGAGUACGAGUGUGACGCCAAAACCUCCAAAUCCUCCGGCAUGCUCACCGUCAUCGAGGAGGAGGCCCGGUUCAGUAAGAACCUGUCCAACGUGGAGGGGACGGAGACGGACAGCGUGAAGCUGAUCUGCGAGGUGUCCAAACCCGGCGCCGACGUCACCUGGUACCGAGGAGACGAGGAGCUGCCGGAGGGCGGCCGCUACGAGCACAUCGUGGACGGGAAGAGGAGGAUCCUCCUGAUCCAGGACCUGAAGAUGGCCGACGCCGGAGAGUACCACUGCAGACUGAGUCCCGAAAUCAAAACCUCCGGGAACCUGAAGAUCAGCGAGCUGGCGGCGGAGUUCAUCUCCAGGCCUCAGAGCCAGGAGGUGGUGGAGGGCGAGAAGGCGGAGUUCACCUGCUCCGUCUCCAAGGAGACCUACGAGGUGAAAUGGUUGAAAGACGACAAGGAGCUGGAGGCGGGAGACAAGUACCAGACGGUCAGCGACGGCAAGAGACGCACGCUGGUCAUCAAGAACUGCGAGCCCAAAGACGAGGGCGGAUACGUGGUGAUGAUCGGACCGACCAGAGCCGGCGCCGACCUCACCGUGCUCGAGCGACUGAAGAUCAUCACGCCGCUGAAGGACACGGAGGCCAAAGAAGGACAGGAAGUGGUCCUGAACUGCGAGGUGAACACGGAGGGAGCGAAGGCUAAGUGGCUGAAGAAGGAGGAGACGAUAUUCGAGAGCAGCAAGUACGUGAUGGUCCAGAGAGACAACGUCUUCUCUCUGAGGAUCAAAGACGCCCAGAAGGGAGACGAGUCCGACUACAGCAUCAACCUGACCAACCAGAGAGGAGAGCACGCCAAGAGCUCCUGCAACCUCACCGUCAAAGAGGAGAGUCUGAGGAUCGUGGUUCCUCUGGAGGACAUUGACACUCAGGAGAAGAAGACCAUCAGCUUCUCCUGUAAGGUCAACCGGCCCAACGCCACGCUGAAGUGGAUGAAGGCCGGCGAGGAGAUCGUCUUCAACAAGCGCGUCGUCUACAGAGUGGACAAAGACAAGCACACGCUGACCAUCAAGGACUGCACGCUGGCGGACGAGGGCGAGUACACCGCCGUGGCCGGCGACAACAAGUCCACUGCGGAGCUGAUCAUCAGCGAGGCGCCGACGGACUUCAGCAUGCACCUGAAGGACCAGACCAUCACCGAGUUUGACGACGCGGAGUUCACGUGCAAGCUCACCAAAGAGAAAGCUGACGCCAAGUGGUACAGAAACGGACGCGAGAUCAGAGAAGGACCGAGAUACAAGUUUGAAAAAGAUGGAAAGAUUUGCACGUUGCGUAUUAAGGAGUGCAGACCCGAUGACGAGUGCGAGUACGCCUGUGGCGUGGACGAGAAGAGGUCCAGAGCCCGGCUCUUCGUUGAAGAGACGCCGGUGGAGAUCAUCAGACCGCCGCAGGACGUUUUCGAACCUCCGGGCUCGGACGUGGUGUUCGAGGUGGAGCUCAACAAGGACCGCGUGGAGGCCAAGUGGUUGAGGAACAACAUGACGGUCGUCCAGGGAGACAAGUACCAGAUGAUGUGCGAGGGUAAAAUCCACCGACUGCAGGUCUGCGAGAUCCGACCUCGAGACCAGGGCGAGUACAGAGUCAUCGUCAAGGACAAAGACGCCAAGGCCAAGCUGGAGCUGGCGGCUGUGCCUCGGAUAAAGACCACCGACCAGACCUAUGUCACCGACGCCAGGAAGCCCAUCGUCAUGGCCGUCCCGUACAGCGCCUACCCGAAGGCCGACGCCGACUGGCUGUACAACAACCUGAGUCUGCCCAAAGACAACAUCUACACGUCCGCUGACCGCACCGAGAUGCGGCUGAAGGACCCCAUGAAGUCCGACGAGGGCCGCUACAAGAUCAUCAUCAAGAACAAACACGGUCAGGGAGAGGCCUUCAUCACCCUGGAGGUCAUCGACGUCCCUGGACCCGUGAAGAACCUGCAGGUGGUCGACACAGCCGAUGGCGAGGUCAGCCUUGCGUGGGAGGAGCCCGAAAGCGACGGUGGCAGCAAGGUCAUUGCCUACGUAGUGGAGAGACGAGACGUGAAGCGUAAGACCUGGACGCUGGCCACGGACCACGCCGAGAGUCCCGAGUACACGGUGACCGGCCUCCAGAAGGACUCCAUGUACCUGUUCAGAGUCUGCGCCCGAAACCGGGUCGGCAGCGGACCCAACGUAGAGACCGACAAACCCGUAUAUGCCAGGAACAAGUUUGACGUUCCCGACGCUCCGCUGAACGUGAUCGUGGGAAACGUCUCCAAGUUCGGGUGCACCGUCUCCUGGGAGCCGCCCGAGUCCGACGGAGGCUCUCCCAUCACCUCUUACAUCAUCGAGCUGCGCGACAGGACGGCGGUGAAGUGGUCGCCCGUCCAGGUGACCAAAGCCGACGAGCUCAGCGCCGUUGUCAACGACGUCAUCGAGAACAAGGAGUACAUCUUCAGAGUCAAAGCUCAGAACAAAGCCGGCGAGGGAAAGCCCAGCGCCGCCUCGCGGCCCGUCAAGAUCAUGGAUCCCAUCGAGCGUCCCAGUCCCCCUCAGAACCUGGUCUGGCAGGACCAGAACAAGAACUCGGUGCAGCUCAGCUGGGAGACUCCUCUGAGGAACGGAGGCAGCAUGAUCACCGGUUACAUCAUUGAACGCUGCGAGGAAGGAACCGACAAGUGGCUCCGCUGCAACGCUCGCCUCUGCCCCGACCUCUUCUACAAGGUGUCCGGUCUGAAGUACGGAACCAAGUACAACUACAAAGUGUUUGCUGAAAACGCCGCCGGAGUCUCUGACCCGUCAAACACCGUCGGACCUCUGCUGGCCGACGACACACACGUCGGUCCGUCCUUCGACCUGAGCGCUUUCAAAGACGGCCUGGAGGUGAUCGUCCCUCAUCCCCUCAUCAUCAGAGUCCCUAUCACCGGAUACCCGAUCCCCAAAGCCAAGUGGACCUUCGGAGAGAAGGAGCUGACCACCGCCGACGAACGCGUCUCCAUGACGACCAAGUCCUCGUUCACAGAACUGAUCAUCACGCCGAGCGUCCGCCCGGACAAAGGCACCUACACCCUGCAGCUGGAGAACGACGUCACGUCUAUCUCCGGCGACAUCCAAGUCAACGUCAUCGCGGCGCCCAGCGCUCCAAAGGACUUCAAGGUCCUGGAGGUGACCCGGCAGCACGUCCACCUGAGCUGGGAGCCUCCGGAGCACGACGGAGGAAGUCCUCUGACCGGCUACCAGGUGGAGAAACGGGACGUGUCCCGCAAGACCUGGGUCAAGGUGACCGCCGGUAUCCAGGAUACGGAGUUCACCGUCACCGACGUGGUUGAAGGAAAGGAGUAUCUGUUCAGAGUCACCGCCUGCAACAAGUGUGGACCAGGAGAGCCGGCGUACAUUGACGAGCCCGUCAACGUCUCCUCUCCCGCCACCAUCCCCGACCCUCCAGAGAAUCUGAGGUGGAGAGACAAGUCGGCCAGCGGCAUCUUCCUGACCUGGGAGCCGCCCAAGUACGACGGCGGAAGCGGCAUCCGAGGCUACAACGUGGAGCGCUGCCAGAGAGGAACCGAUAAGUGGGAGCCCUGCGGGGACACGAUACCCGAGCUGAAGUGCGAGGUGACGGGUCUGAUCGAGGGCCAGUGGUACGCCUACAGAGUCCGGGCCCUGAACCGACUCGGAGCCAGUCGGCCCUGCAAGGCCACCGAUGAGAUCCAGGCUGUCGAUCCAAAAGAGCCUCCAGAGAUCCAGCUGGAUGCCAAGCUGCUGGCAGGUCUGACCGCCAAGGCCGGCAGCAAGAUCGAACUCCCAGCCGAGGUGACGGGUAAGCCUGAGCCCAGGGUGAAAUGGACCAAGGCCGACCUGGUCCUCAAACCAGACGACAGGGUGUCCAUCGACACCAAGCCAGGACACUCCUCCGUCACCAUCGCCAAGACCAAGAGAGACGACAGCUCCACCUACAUCAUAGAGGCCACCAACAGCAGCGGCCGCGCCACCGCCACCGUCGAUGUCAACAUCCUCGAUAAGCCCGGUCCUCCGGCUGCCUUCGACAUCUCUGAGAUCACCAACGAUUCCUGCUUCCUGGCCUGGAACCCUCCGCGUGACGACGGUGGCUCCAAGGUCACCAACUACAUCGUCGAGCGCCGAGCCGCCGACAGCGAGAUCUGGCACCGGCUGUCCUCUACCGUUAAAUUGACCACCUACAAAGCGGUGGGCCUGGUCAAGUUCAAGGAUUACAUCUUCAGAGUCUUCGCUGAGAACCAGUUUGGCGUCGGCCCACCGGCUGAGCACCUGCCCAUCAUCGCCAAAUACCCCUUCGACACUCCUGGAGCUCCUUACAAGCUGGAGGCUUCGGACAUCGCCAAGGACUCUGUGAGCCUGGCCUGGUACGAGCCCGAUGAGGAUGGAGGAAGCCCCAUCACCGGGUACUGGGUGGAGCGACACGAACCGGAACACGACAAGUGGAUCAGAUGCAACAAGCUGCCCAUCACAGACACCAACUACAGGGUCAAAGGUCUUCCCACCAGGAAGAAGUACAAGUUCAGAGUCCUGGCUGAGAAUCUGGCAGGAACUGGAAAACCCAGCAAGGAGACAGACCAGAUCCUCGUCAAAGAUCCUAUGGAUCCUCCAUGGCCUCCCGGUAAGCCCACGGUGAAGGAUGUGGCGAAGACCUCCUGCUUCCUGAUGUGGACCAAACCGGAGCACGACGGCGGAGCAAAGAUCGACGGCUACAUCAUUGAGAUGCUGAAGAGCGGCACCACGGACUGGAUCCGCGUGGCGGAGAACAUCAACAUCCUGGAGCACUUCCUGAAGGGCCUGAUGGAGAAGCAGGAGUACUCGUUCAGGGUGCGUGCCGUUAACGUGGCGGGCGAGAGCGAACCCAGCGAGCCCAGCGACCCCGUGCUCUGCAAAGAGAGACUCAAUCCUCCUACGGCUCCUCGCUGGCUGGACGUCGCCAACAUCUGCAGGAACAGCGCCGACCUGAAGUGGACGGCACCCGAGCGCGACGGAGGCUCGCGCAUCACCAACUACGUGGUGGAGAAGCGCGACGCCAAGCGUAAAGGCUGGCAGACCGUCGACACCACAGUCAAGGAGCUGAAGUACACUGUGACGCCGCUCAACGAAGGAUCGCUCUACGUGUUCCGCGUCGCGGCCGAGAACGCCGUUGGCCUCGGACCGUUCUGCGAGCUGGAGGACUCUGUGCUCGCCAAAGACACUUUCACUACUCCCGGGCCACCGUACGCCCUCACCGUCAUUGCUUUGACCAAGAGAUACGUGGACCUGCAGUGGGAGGCGCCUAAAAACGACGGUGGCAGACCAAUCCUCAAGUAUUCCAUUGAGAAGAAGGAGAAGCUUGGAACUCGCUGGGUGAAAUGCGGUAAGACUUCGGGUCCAGACUGUAAGUACAGAGUGACCGACGUCAUCGAGGGAACCGAGGUCCAGUUCCAGGUCUGCGCCGAGAACGAGGCCGGCAUCGGCCAUCCGAGUGAACCCACCGAGAUCCUCACCAUCGAGGACCCGACAGGCGUCCCAUCGCCGCCCGUUGAGCUGCACGUGACCGGAGCCAGCCGCGACUUCCUUUCCAUCGCCUGGAAGCCGCCCCAGAGGGAUGGCGGCUGCCAAAUCUCGGGCUACCAUAUCGAGAUGUGUGCGGCCGGGACGGAGAAGUGGAUGAGGGUCAACUCCCGCCCGGUGAAGGAGCUGAAGUACCGCGUGGAGGAGGGCGUGGUCCCCGAGAAGGAGUACAUCCUGAGAGUGAGGGCCAUCAACUCCAUCGGAGUCAGCGAGCCCUCCGACAUCUCCGAGAACGUCUUCGCCAAAGAGUCCGACUGUAACCCGACGCUGGACUUCCAGACUCUGGACCUGGUUGUCGUGGAAACAGAGAAGCUGCACAUCCCGGUUCCCUUCAGAGCCGUCCCGUCGCCCAGAAUCACCUGGCACAAAGACGGCAAGGAGAUAAAGGCCGACGACCGCCUCGGCUUCAGGAAGGAGUAUACUUCCUGUCACCUGGAGGUCGACAGCAGCAUUCAUCCUGACGCCGGACAAUACAAAGUGACUCUGGAGAACAAACUGGGAGCCGCCAGCGCCACCAUCAACGUCAAAGUCAUCGGUCUUCCUGGUCAAUGUAAGGAAAUCGCGGCCUCUGAGAUCACAAAGAGCUCCUGCAAAGUGUCCUGGGAUCCUCCAGAGUACGACGGCGGCAGCCCCAUCGUUCACUACGUCAUGCAGCGGCGUGAGGCUGGCAGGAGGACAUACGUCAACAUGAUGUCCGGAGAGAACAAGCUGACCUGGAACGUCAAAGACCUGAUCCCCAACGGAGAGUACUACUUCAGAGUCCAGGCCGUCAACAAGAUCGGGGGAGGAGAGUUCAUCGAGCUCCGCAACCCGGUCAUCGCCGAGGACCAGAAACACAUUCCCGACCCCCCGGUGGAUGUAGAGACCCACAACCCCACAUCCAACACCAUCACCCUGACCUGGAAGCCUCCAAUGUACGACGGCGGCGCCAAGAUCAUGGGCUACGUCCUGGAGAAGCAGCAGAAGGGCGAGGACAAGUGGGAGCGGUGCAACGAUUUCCUGGUGCCUGUCGUGUCCUACACCGUCAGAGGGCUGAAUGAGGGCAAGAUGUACACCUUCAGAGUCAAAGCAGAGAACGCCGCCGGGGUCAGCGAGCCAUCACGCGCUACGCCCUUCGUCAAGAUCUCGUCCGCUGUUGAUCCUCCGAAGGUGUUCCUGAGCGGCAGCCUGCAGUCCGGUCUCGAGGUGAAGCGCGGCUAUGAGAUCUGCCUGGACGCCAACAUCUCCGGCUCGCCGUACCCUGAGAUCACCUGGUACUGGAACAACCAGCGGAUCCGACCCGAGACGCUCCGCAAGAGACCCGAGAAACCCCUGAAGAAGAAGGUGGAGAAGAAAGAGGAGGUGAAGAAGGAGGAGGUGAAAAAGGAGGAAGGAGAGGCCGAGAAGAAGGAAGGAGAGGAGAAGAAGGAGGGAGAGGAGAAAAAGGAGGGAGAGGAGAAAAAGGAGGGAGAGGAGAAGAAGGAGGAUGAGAAGAAGGAGGAGGAAAAGAAGGAGGAGGUGACAGCAGAGCCAGAGGUGGAGGAUACCGACUACCCGACGAUAAACGAACGUCUGGUGAUCAACGACAGCCGCAGGGGCGUGUCCUCCAUCAUCAUCCGGGACUCGUACCGCGCCGACCAUGGCGUCUACACGGUGAAGUUGGAGAACGACCACGGCAGAGCCUCGGCGACCUGCGACGUCAACGUGCUUGAUACUCCGGGGCCUCCGGUGAACUUCAGAUUCGAGGAGGUGAGGAAGAACUCGGUGAUUUGUAAGUGGGAUCCUCCUCUAGACGACGGCGGCAGCGAGAUCCUCAACUACACUCUGGAGAAGAAGGACAACUCCAAGCUGGAGAUCGGCUAUAGCUGCGUCACCUCUACGCUGAGAGGGUGCCGCUACCUGGUGCCCAAACUCAUCGAGAAGAAGGAGUACCUCUUCAGGGUCGUGGCCGAGAACAAGUUCGGCCCCGGUCCGCACUGCGUCUCCAAACCGCUCAUCGCCAAGAAUCCUUUCGAACCUCCCGAGGCUCCCGAUAAGCCAGAGAUUGAUGACAUCACGGCCAACAGCAUGCUGGUCAAAUGGAACGCGCCAGACGACAAAGGCAGCCCCAUCGUGGGAUACUGGGUGGAGCGCCGCGAGAUCAACAGCUCACACUGGGCGCGUGUCAACAGGGACGUCGUCCCCAACACCGAGCUGAACGUUGAAGGUCUGAUGGAGGGGCUGACGUACAUCUUCAGGGUGGCGGCUGAAAACCAGGCCGGCCCCGGAAAGUUCAGCCCCCCCUCCGAUCCCAAGACGGCCCAGGCUCUCAUCUUACCUCCUGGACCUCCAAUCGCCCGAGUGGCAGCGACCACCGGCAACUCCAUCGACGUGGAGUGGGACCCACCUGCCGACAACGGUGGAGGAGAGAUCCUGGGAUACCACUUGGAUAAGGUCAUGGCUGGUACCAAUGACUGGUCCAGGGCCACAGAGCGGAUGGUGAAGACCCGGGCCUUCACCAUCUAUGGAGUCCGUGAGGGAGCCAAGUACAUGGUCAGAGUCAUCGGCUGCAACUCUGCCGGAGAGGGAACGCCAGGAUUCACAGAGUCCGUGUUCGUCAAGAAUCCUGCAGAGUUGCCGCUGAUUGAAAUGGACCUGUCUUUCAAGGACGGCUUGAUCGUCAGAGCUGGAGAGACACUCCGUUUACCCGCCACAGUCACAGGUAAGCCCUACCCGUGCAUCGAUUGGACCAAGGACGGCAAAAAGCCUGACAAAGACCGCGUGGAGAUCCUCACCGAGGGCAACGACAGCGUCGUUUCUAUCAUGAACGUCCAGAGGAAGGACUGCGGCAGAUACGGCAUCUCCGCUUGCAACCCCAGCGGCACCAAGAAUGCCUGGUGCAGAGUGGAUGUCAUGGAUGUCCCCGGACUCGUCACGGACCUGAAGCCCAUCGUCAUCACUCGCAAGAUGAUCUUCCUGAACUGGGACGACCCGGUAGACGACGGAGGCAGCGACCUGACUGGCUUCAUCGUGGAGCGAAGAGACGCCAAGGGGCACACGUGGAGGCAGCCCGUUGAAACCAUCUCGUCCAAGUGCGAGUGCGCGAACAUCGUGGCGGAACAGGAGUACAUGUUCCGCGUCAUGGCCAGGAACAAGUACGGCCUCGGCCCGGCCUGGGAGCUUGGACCCAUCAAGGCUGUUGACCCACUGAGCCCACCAUCAUACCCCGAGAAGUUCCACUACACCGAGCGCACCAAGAACUCCGUCACAUUGACCUGGAAGCCACCUCGUAAUGACGGCGGCAGCCCCGUCCUCGGCUACUUUGUUGAGAAGAAGAGGCAGGACCAGCAGGCCUUCGAGCCCUGCAAUACGGUGAUCUGCCCUGACAUGACCAUGACUGUGGAGGGCUUGGAAGAGGACUGGCAGUAUGAAUUCAGGAUCAAGUGUACUAACGUAUUGGGAGAGAGCGAGCCAUCCAUCCCGAUGGCCGUGAUCAUCAUAGACGACGAAGUGUCUCCUGAGGUCCACAUGCUGAUCCACUUCAAGGGCGACAGCAUCACCGUGAUGAAGGGCGAGCCCAUCGAGAUGCCUGCCGACAUCCUGGGCCUCCCCGUCCCCAAGAUCGAGUGGUCCAAGGACGACGUGGUGAUCGAGAAGCCCACUGAGACUCUUCUGAUUGAGACGGAGGUGACCGGCAGGUUGAACGCAAAGACCAAGCUGUCCAUCCCGUCGACCAACCGGAGGGACCGCGGCAGCUACACCGUGACUGCCACCAACACCAUGGGUUCAGCCAAGCACACCACCUACGUCACGGUACUGGACCGACCACUUCCACCCAGGAAUGUGAGCGUGUCCAACAUCAGGGCGAAGUCUUGCUUCCUCCGGUGGGACGCACCGUUGGAAGAUGGUGGCAGCGCGCUCACCAACUACAUUGUUGAGAAGAAGGAAGUGGGGACGGAGCAACCAGCAGUGGGAGAGGGACAGGAAGCUCCAGCUGAACCACAGUGGGAGGCGGUUAACAACAGCGUCAUCGACAAGAAAUUUGGGGUCUGGGAACUGGACACCAACAAGUCCUACCUGUUCCGGGUCAAAGCUCAGAAUCGCUACGGUAUAUCUGACCCCUGUGUGACGGAGGAAGUCUUGAUCAUGGACCCAUUUGGCCUUCCUGGCCCACCAGAGAAACCAACCAUCACAGAGUACUCCAAGACCUCCAUGACCCUGACCUGGCAGCCUCCCAGAGACAACGGCGGCUCUGCGAUCGUCAGCUACUGGCUGGAGAAGAGGGAGAAAGGCACCGACUACUGGGCCAAAAGUAACAAGGGACCGGUCACCAAGAGGGGCACGAAAGGCUGGGAGUACCAGGUGAUGCGUCUGAUCGAAGGAACAGAGUACGAGUUCAGGGUUGCUGCCACCAAUUCUGCAGGAACUGGACCGUUCAGCGGACCAUCCGACUCUGCCUUUGCCGUCGAUCCACUCACUCCUCCAAGCAUGCCCACCGCCCCCGUGGUGGUUGAUAAGAACAAGUACAGCGUCAAGCUGUCCUGGAAGCCACCAGAGAGGGACGGAGGAAGCCCCGUCAAGGGCUACAUCAUCCAGAUCCAGGAUGAGGGCUCAUCAGGGUGGGUGAGUGUGAACGACCACGACUCCCUCAUCCCCACCACCGAGUUCACCAUGCCCAGCCUCCGCGAGCUGAAACGCUACCACUUCAGGGUCAUCGCCGUCAACGACAUUGGCGACUCCGACCCCAGCCCCCGCACCGACGAGGUUCUGAUUGAGGACGUCCAGCUCGGUCCUUCCAUCUCCAUCGACUUAAUCGUCGACGACCUGUUGUACAUCCGUGCUGGAGAUCCGAUCACGAUCCCCGCCACCAUCACUGGCCGCCCUGUUCCCAAGGUAACCUGGGACUUUUAUGGCAAAGCCAAGACGCACAAGAAGAACAAGCUGCACACCCUGCCUGUGGACUCCGCGGUUGAGUCCACAGACACCACGUCCAUUGUGAGCAUCCCCGUCAGUCUGAGGAGCCACUCUGGACGCUACAACAUCACCGCCAAGAACAAGUCCGGACAGAAACACGUCAACGUCUUUGUCAACGUCCUCGACGUCCCCGGACCGGUGAAGGAGCUGAGAGUUACCGACGUCACCCGGUCGACCAUGAGGCUUAUCUGGAAACUCCCCGACAACGACGGAGGAGAGAGAAUCAAGAGCUACCUUGUGGAGAAGAAAUGUGUCUCCGACAAGGCCUGGACAAAGGUGAACGCAGCCUGUGCCAGCAUGGCCUACGUGGUGCCGGGCCUGCUGGAAGGUCAGGACUACCUGUUCAGGGUCCGAGCUGAGAACAGACUCGGAUUCGGCCCGUUCACCGUCACCAGUGACCCCGUCCGGGCCAGAGACCCCAUCUACCCUCCCGACCCCCCAAUCAAGGUCACGGUCAACCUGGUGACGAAGAACACCGUCACUCUGAGCUGGGAGCCUCCCAAGAACAACGGCGGCUCUCCGGUGAAGCAUUACAUCAUCGAGCGUUUGAGCUGGGACACCAGCGGCAAGGAGAAGGAGACGUGGAAGCAGUGCAACAAGAGAGACGUGGAGGAGCUCAGCUUCGUGGUGGAGGACCUGAAGGAGGGAGCAGAAUAUGAGUUCAGAGUAAAAGCUGUGAACGCCGCCGGACCCAGCCGACCCUCCGCCACCGCCGGACCCCUAUUCAUCAAGGAUCAGACAUGCGCUCCCACCAUCGAACUGCGUGAGGCCAUGGAGGGCGAGGAGGGCUGUGAUGUCAGCAUUGUGGCGAAGGUGAGCGGCUGUCCAUUCCCCACGCUCACCUGGCAGAAAGCCAGCCUGGCCAAACCCGAGGAGAAAGCCGCCGUCCAGUACGACCAGCACAUGAACAAACUGGUGACCCAGGACAAGUGCACGCUGCUGAUCCAGCAGGCCAGCCGGCACGACAGCGCCCUCUACAGCCUGACGGCCACCAACAGCCUGGGCACCGCCACCAAGGACAUCAGGGUCGCCGUGCUCGGACCACCCGGCCAGUGCGUCGGACCCAUCAAGUUCACCGAGGUGUUUGCGGAGAGAAUCGGCCUGGCCUGGAACGCUCCCAAAGACGACGGCGGAUCCAAGAUCACCAACUACGUGGUUGAGAAGCGCGAGGAUAACAGGAAGUCCUGGGUCCACGUGUCCAACGACCUCAAGGAGUGCGCCUACGUGGUGACCCGGCUGACGGAGAGCCACGAGUACGAGUUCAGGGUCAUGGCCCAGAACAAGUUUGGAGUCGGUCCUCCGCUGGUCAGCGAGCCGGAGAAGGCCAGAAACCUCUUCACCGUCCCAGGUCAGUGCGAGAAGCCGACCUUAACGGACGUCAGUCUGGAGUCCAUGACCGUCAACUGGGAGGAGCCCAAGUACGACGGCGGCUCCUCGAUCACCGGCUACUUCGUGGAGAAGAUGGAGACCACCGCCAAGCGUUGGGUCCGCGCAACCCACGACCCGCUCCGAGCGCUGCCUCUGGGCAACAACUGCAUCAUCACCGUCCUGCAGACGGGCUACACGUACCAGUUCAGGGUCAUCGCCGCCAACGCCGCUGGCUGCGGUCUGCCCAGCUUGCCCUCAGACCCCGCACUCUGCAGAGACCCCCUCCUGCCUCCCGGGCCGCCCACUCCGAAGGUGACGGACUGGACGAAGUCAACGGUGGAGCUGGAGUGGAUUCCCCCCGUGGAUGACGGAGGGUCAAAGGUCACGGGUUACAUUGCGGAGUUCAAGGAGGUGAACAAGGAGGAGGAGGAGAAGAAGGCUCAGAGGAAGUUGCUGCUGAGCGCCGACGAGGAGGAGAAGGAGCCCGAGAGCGACGAGAGCUGGCAGAAGGCGAAGGACACAGAGAUUAGAGGAACCAAGUUCGUGGUUGCUGGUCUGAAGGAAGGCGGUCUGUACCGCUUCAGAGUCCGAGCCGUGAACGUCGCCGGAGUUGGAGAACCGGGACUGGUGUCUGAGCUGAUCGAGGUCAAAGACAGAACAAUUCCCCCUGAGAUGGACCUGGACGCCUCGGUGAAGGAGAAGAUCGUGGUCCACGCUGGCGCCACCAUCCGCAUCAUCGCCUACGUGUCCGGUAAACCUGCCCCCCAGAUCUCCUGGUCCCGGGACGACGCCGAGGUGCCUAAAGAGGCCGUGGUGGAGACGACGGGCAUCUCCAAUUCGCUGGUCAUCAAGAACUGCAGACGCCAACACCAGGGCAUGUACAUGCUGAGCGCCAAGAACGAGGGCGGAGAGAGGAAGAAGGCCGUCAUCGUGGAGGUCCUGGACGUCCCCGGACCGGUCGGUCUUCCCUUCGCCGGCGAGAAUCUGACCAACGACUCCUGCAAGCUGACCUGGUACUCCCCCGAGGAUGACGGCGGCUCGGCCAUCACCAACUACAUCAUCGAGAAGAGGGAGUCGGACCGUAUGGGCUGGACGUCGGUGUCCUACACGGUGACGAGGAACAACGCCGUGGUGCAGGGACUCAUCGACGGCAAGGGCUACUUCUUCAGGAUCGCGGCUGAGAACAUCAUCGGCAUGGGACCGUUCAUCGAGACCGACAAGAUGGUUCUCAUCAAGGACCCCAUCUCCGUCCCGGAGCGCCCAGAAGACCUGCAUAUCACCGCCAUCACUAAGGACUCCCUCUCAGUCGCCUGGAGGCCGCCCAAGUACGACGGUGGCGCCGAGGUGACCGAGUACGUCCUGGAGUCCCGCAUGGUCGGCCGGGACAACUUCGUACGAGUAGGUGGAGACACCAAGCUGAUGGACAGGAAGUUCACACUGACGGGGCUGAAGGACGGCUCGAGCCACGAGUUCAGGGUCUCCGCCAUCAACCAUGUGGGACAGGGAAAACCGUCCUUCGCCACCAAACCUGUCCAGUGCAAGGACGAGCUCGAACCGCCCACUCUUGACCUGGACUUCAGAGACAAGAUGAUGGUGAAGGUGGGAGACACAUGCACGCUGUCGGGACGCUUCGGCGGCAAACCGGCCCCGGCUAUCGCCUGGACGAAGAACGAGGAGGAGCUGAAGGCGGACGAUGAGAUCAGCCUCCACAGCACCGCCCGCCACCUCAGCCUCACCAUCGGCAAGGCCAAGAGGGAGCACAGCGGCUGCUACUGCGUCAGCGUGGAGAACGCCUGCGGAUCUCGCACAGGGAUCUGCACCAUCACCGUAGUCGACCGUCCUCAGCCUCCGGAGGGCCCUGUGGUCUUCAACGAGGUCUACAGGAACUACAUGGUGAUCUCCUGGAACCCCCCUCUGGAUGACGGAGGCUGCGCCGUCUCCAACUACAUCGUCGAGAAGAGAGACACCAACAGAGAACUGUGGAUGCCUGUCAGCUCGUCCUGCACCAGGACCACCUGCAGGGUGCCGAAACUGAUCGAAGGCCGUGAUUACAUCAUCAGGAUCAUGGCUCAGAACAUAUACGGCAUCAGUGAACCGCUGCUGUCUGCAGAGAGCAAGGCCAGAGACGUCUUCAAUGUGCCCGACGCUCCUAAACAACCCACGGUGAAGGAGGCCUACCACGACUCGGCUCUCAUCAGCUGGGAACCACCUGCUGACGGAGGAAAACCGAUCACAGGCUACAUCGUGGAGAGGAAGGAGACCAUGGCCAAAAGGUGGGUUCGCUGCAACACGGAGAGAAUCUGUCCGAAGGUGGAGUACUGGGUGACAGAGCUGCUGAAAGGCUGCGAGUACGAGUUCAGAGUCAGCGCUGAGAAUGUGGUGGGAGCCGGAGACCCGAGCCCACCGUCCAAACCCGUCUUCGCCAAAGAUCCCAUCGUGAAACCCGGUCCUCCGGUGAACUUCGAGGCCAUCGACUUCACCAAGGAGUCGGUGACUCUGUCCUGGGAGCCGCCCACCGACACCGGCAGAGGAAAGAUCUUCGGAUACCUGCUGGAGUUCCAGAAGGCCGCAGAGGAGGAGUGGUCCAAGGUGAACCAGACUCCAGACUCCUGCCAGGAGACCAAGUUUAAGGUGAUCAACCUGGAGGAUGGUGCUCUGUACCGCUUCAGAGUCAUGGCGGUCAACGCCGCCGGAGAGUCCGACCCAGCUAACUUGAAGGAGCCGAUCAAAGUGCAAGACAGACUUGAGCCCCCGGAAAUGAUUCUGGAUGCGGCAAUGACCCGAGAGGUGAAGGCCAUGGCCGGCACUCACAUCACUCUGAUGGCCGCCAUCAAAGGCGUCCCGUUCCCCACCGUCACCUGGCAAAAGAACGACGCCGAGGUGCCUACCAGGGCCGACAUCGACACCAACCAGGCUGGCACCAAGCUGGAGAUGAGGUUCUGUAACCGCGGCGACUGUGGAGACUACACCCUAACAGCAGAGAACCCAGUCGGAUCCAAGACCGCCAUCUGCACCGUGCUGGUCUUCGACAAACCCGGUCCCAUCCAGCACCUCCGGGUGACCGACGUCAGGAGUGACUCCGCCUACCUGUCCUGGAAGGACCCAGAGGACAGCGGCGGCGUUCGCCUCACCAACUUCGUGGUGGAGAAGAAAGACAUGGCGUCCACUCAGUGGGUUCCUGUCUGCUCCACGUCCAAGAAACGCAGCAUGACGCUGAAGUACCUGAUGGAGGGCACGUCCUACACAUUCAGGGUCGCUGCUGAGAACCAGUACGGACGUAGCGAUUACGUUGAGACGCGAAAGUCCAUCAAGGCGAUGAACCCGCUCUUCCCUCCUGGUCCUCCCAAAGACCUGCACCAUGCCGACGUGGACAAGACGGAGGUGUGGUUGGUCUGGAACUGGCCCGACCGCAACGGGGGAAGUGAGAUCACGGGCUUCCUGGUGGAGUAUCAGGAAGAGGGCGAGAAGGAGUGGGACGAGUGGAAGGUCGUCAGCAUCCCUGAGAGUCAUGUGACCGGUCUGGAGGAAGGAAAGACCUACCGCUUCAGAGUGAGGGCCGAGAACGCCAUCGGCCUCAGCAGACCCGACACCACCGUGCCCAUCGUCUGCCAGGAAAAACUGGUGCCUCCAAUUCUCGAGGUGGACGUCAAGUUCACUGAAGGCAUCACCGUAAAGGCCGGCACCACCAUCAGGCUGCCUGCUAUCAUGAAAGGAAUCCCCGUUCCCACUGCCAAGUGGGCCAUUGAAGGAGAGGAGAUUACUAGCCAGGGCAACGUCAAGAUCGACACGGACGACUUCUCCACCGUGCUGAGCAUCAACGAGUGCACCAGGAACCACACUGGCACCUACCUGCUCACUGUGUCCAACCCAGCCGGAACCAAGACGGCGGCCUUGAAUGUCACCGUCCUGGAUGUUCCCGCUGCUCCCAUUGGACCCGCCAACAUCCUGGAGGUCACUCCGGACUCCAUGAUGAUUGAAUGGCGUCCUCCCAAGGACGAUGGCGGUAGCCCCGUCACCAACUACAUCGUGGAGAAGAGAGAGUCCAACAAAGAGAGCUGGGGAGGCGUGAGCUCCGGCAGCCGCGCCACCCAGCUCAACAUCCUCCGCCUCCAGAAGGGAGUGGAGUAUGUGGUUCGCAUUCGCGCUGAGAACAAGAUGGGCAUCGGCGCUCCUCUGGAGACCAAGCCUGUUGUCGCUGAGCACUCCUUCAUGCCACCCAGCCCGCCUGGUAAGCCACAGUCCUCUGAUAUCUCAGAGGACUCGGUUACAGUUGGCUGGACCAUGCCCCUUGCUGAUGGAGGCAGCCAGAUCACCGGCUACAUCAUUGAGCGCCGACACAAGGGAGGAAAAUGGAUCCGUGUUAACAAGACACCCUGCAGGGACCUGAGGUACAGAGUCCUGGGUCUGUUUGAGGGCAACGAGUACGAGUUCAGAGUGUUUGCUGAGAAUGUUGCCGGCUUCAGCGGCCCCUCUCCCACCUCUGACCUCUGCAAGCCCUGCAGGCCCAUUACCGUCCCCGGCCCCCCCGUCAACCCCAGAGUUAAAGAUUACAGCAAGACCACCGCUGACCUGGUGUGGACCAAACCCAACAAAGACGGAGGCAGCCCUAUCCUGGGCUACACUGUGGAAAUGAAAAAGGCUGACACUGAAGAAUGGAGUAAAGUUAACCUGGACGACUUCAUCAAGCUGGGUGCCUACAGGGUGAAGGCUCUGGAGGAGGGCGUGACCUACAGAUUCAGAGUCUUUGCCUCAAACAUGAUCGGCGACGGAGAGCCCAGAGAAAUUCCACAGUCCGUCACUGCUCAGGAUAUCCUGAUCCCGCCAGAGAUUGAGAUGGAUGUCACCUGCCGUGAGCGCCUCACCGUGCGCGUCGGACACAACAUCAACAUCAUCGGGUACAUCAAGGCCCGUCCUGACCCAGACGUGAUUUGGUCAAAGGGGGAGACAGUUCUGGAGAACAGCAAACGUGUCACCAUCAUUCAGAAUUUCCCCGUGGUCCACCUGAGGAUCAAGGAGGCCACAAGAGAUGACCACGGCAAAUACGUUCUGAAGGUUUCUAACGAGGGCGGCGAGGCCUCUUGCACCAUCACAGUCAACGUGCUAGACAGACCCAGCCACUGCCAGAACCUGCACACGACCUACGCCACCAGGGACUCCUGUAUGAUCAACUGGGAGGCUCCUGCUGACAACGGCGGAUCCGAGAUCACCAACUACAUCGUGGAAUGCCGUGAGCCGAACAUUAGCAUGUGGUCUAUGAUCACCUCCCACUGCACCAAUCGCAAGAUCAAGACCAAGCUGAUGGAUGGCCAUGAGUACCUGUUCCGUGUCUGCGCCGAGAACAAGAUGGGCCCGGGUCCGUCUGUGGAGACCAAGACACCUCUGCUGGCCAUCGACCCCAUUGAGAAGCCCGGCGAGCCUGAGAACUUCAGAGCCACCGACAUCGGUAAGAACCACGUCUAUCUGAGAUGGAGGAAGCCCGAUUACGAUGGCGGCAGCCCCAACCUCUCCUACAACCUGGAGUUUAAAACCAAAGAUGCCGAGGCGUGGGAGAAACUAAACACCGGCCAUCUCCGUGACACCUUCUUCCUGGCUGACAAGUGCACCGAGAAACAGACGUACUCCUUCAGGGUGCAGACUGUCAAUGAAGGAGGUGAGAGCGGUUGGGUGAAACUUGACGACAUUUUGGUGAAGGAGGAGAUCCAGAAGCCCGUCCUUGACCUGAAGCUGGCCGGAACUAUGACGGUGCUGGCCGGAGAGUCGGUCAGGAUGGAGGCCGGCCUGAGAGGAAAGCCCCAGCCCGAGGUCAAAUGGAUCAAAGACAAGGCUGUCGGAGACAACCCAAGAAUCAGCUACGAGACUGGCACCGACUACUCCAAGUUCCUUCUGACAAAGUCCAGACGCACCGACACCGGGAAGUAUAUCAUCACCGCCACCAACUCGGCCGGCACCUUCACGGCAUAUGCUAACGUUAACGUCCUGGACGUCCCCGGCCCGGUGAGGAACCUCAGGGUCAUCGGCAUCGGAGCCGACAAGUGCAGAGUGGUGUGGGACCUUCCAGAAGACGAUGGAGGUUGCGAGGUGGACAGCUACAUCCUGGAGAAAUGCGAGACCAGGAGGAUGGUCUGGUCCACGUACUCGGGCUCGGUGGUCACGCCGUACUGCAACGUCACUCGUCUGGUGGAGGGCAACGAGUACAUCUUCAGAGUGAGGGCUGAGAACAAGAUGGGAACCGGCCCCGCCAUGGAGAGCAAACCCGUCACUGUCAAGACUCAGCUCAACAAACCUGGACCCCCUGAAGCCCCUGACGUCACCAAGGUGAGUAAAGACGAGAUGACGGUUGUCUGGGCUCCUCCCGAGAACGACGGAGGAAAGUCGAUCACCGGCUACAUCCUGGAGAGGAAAGAGAAGAGGGCAGUUCGCUGGGUGCCGUGCACCAAGAGCGCCAUCUCUGAGAGACGUAUGAAAGUCACCAACCUGAUUCCCAACCACGAGUACCAGUUCAGGGUGAAGGCUGAGAACGAGGUCGGCCUGGGAGAACCCAGCAAACCCUGCAGACCCGUCGCAGCCAAAGAUCCCAUCGAGCCCCCUGGCCCCCCCGCAUACCUGAAGGUGGGCGACAGCACCAAGACCUCCAUCACCCUGUCCUGGUCCAAACCCAUGUAUGAUGGUGGCGCCCCCAUCAUCAACUACAGCCUGGACUUGAGGCUGAAAAGCGAGGCAGACCCCGAGAAGCCUUCUGAGGGCUGGAAGAGAAUCGACACCCACGGCCCGUUGGUGCUCACCGAGUUCACAAUCGGCCAGCUGGAUGAGAAGCAGGAGUACGACUUCAAGGUGUCCGCCCAAAACCAGAUGGGCUGGGGACGCCACGCCUACCUGAAGGAGGCCGUCUCUCCCAAGGAGAUCCUGGAGGCUCCAGAGAUCGACCUGGACGCCAGUCUGAGGAAAGGCCUGUCCGUCAGGGCCGGCUGUCCAAUCAGGCUGUUCGCUGUGAUCAGAGGAAGGCCCGCCCCCAAGGUUACCUGGAAGCGCCUGGGCGUGGACAACGUCAUCCGCCGAGGUCACGUGGACCAGGUUGACACCAUGUCCUUCCUGGUCAUCCCUGAGAGCACCAGAGAGGAUUCUGGGAGAUACUCGCUGACUCUGUCCAACUCAGUUGGAGAGAAAGCCGUGUAUGUCCGCGUCAAAGUCCUCGAUACUCCCGGCCCCGUCGGCGGGCUGGAGGGCACCAACAUCACCAAGACGUCCGCUCAGCUGGCCUGGUUGCCACCAGAUAAUGAUGGCGGCAGCCCCAUCCUCAACUACAUCGUGGAGAAACGGGAGGUGGACAGGAAGACCUGGAACAAGUGCACAGAGGACCUGAAGAAGACCAGCUUCAAGGUGACCAACAUGACGCCCGGCAUCGAGUACUACUUCAGAGUCACUGCCUGCAACAAGUACGGCAUCGGAGUUCCUCAGGACUCGCCCAAGUCCUACCUGGCGGUUGACCCCAUCAGUGAGCCGGACCCUCCGAAGAAGAUGGAUGUGUUGGAGGUUAGCAAGAAUAGCGCCACUCUGGGCUGGCUGAAGCCACUAAGAGACGGAGGAGCCAAGAUCAACGGUUACGUGGUGGACUACCAGGAGGAGGGCGCAGCCGAGGACAAGUGGACGCCGUACUCUGUGGUCAAAGACCUGAGCAUCGUGGUGGUCGGUCUGAAGGAAGGAACGAAAUACAAGUUCAGAGUGGCGGCCAGGAACUCGGUGGGCGUCAGCCUGGCCCGAGAGGCAGAGGGAGUGUUUGAGGUCAAGGAGCAGCUCAUGGCUCCUAAGAUCAUCAUGCACGACGUUGUGAUGGUCAGAGCUGGAUCCAAGAUGGUGGUCGAGGGCAUCGUGGCAGGUAAACCCGCUCCCUUCUGCAAGUGGAAGCAGGGCAACGAGGACGUGUUGACCUCCGACCGCCUGUCCGUCAUAAAGACGCUGACGACCUGCACGCUCAUGAUCAAGAAUGUGAAGAGAACAGACAGCGGCUACUACAGCCUGUCGGCCGAGAACAGCACCGGCAAGGUCAACCAGAUCCUCCGAGUCACCGUCAUGGACAUCCCUGGACCCCCUGAAGCUCCUCUAGAGAUCACCGAACAGGACAUCGAUGCCUGCACGCUGCUUUGGAACUCGCCACAGGAGGAUGGCGGCAGCAACAUCACCAACUACAUCGUGGAGAAGUGUGACGUCAGCCAGGGUGACUGGGUCCCCUUGUCCACAUCCUGCACCAAAACCAGCUUCAAAGUUACCAAACUGACAACUGGCAAAGAGUAUAGCUUCCGGGUCCGUGCCGAGAACAGGUUCGGCAUUUCCGCGCCCAUCUACUCUGAGAGGAUGAUUGCCAGACAUCCAUUUGAUCCUCCCAGCGAGCCCAGAAACCUGCAGAUCAACAAAGUCAACAAGGACUUCGUCAUCCUGUCGUGGGAGCCUCCCAGCAGCGACGGCGGCUCCCCCAUCACCGGCUUCUGCAUUGAGAAGAAGGAGAGGAACAGCAUCCUGUGGGUGAAGUCCAACGAGUCCUUGGUCAAAGCCACUCAGUACACCUGCACCGGGCUGAUCGAGGGCGUGGAGUACACCUUUAGGGUGUCGGCGCUCAACCAGGCCGGACAGGGCAAACCCUGCAAACAGACCGACUUCAUCACCGCUAGGACCGCUGUUGACCAACCAGGUAGACCUGAGGCCAUGGAUGUGACCAAGCACUCCGUCCAAUUGGUCUGGGGUCGUCCCAAGCACGACGGCGGCAGCAAGCUGAUCGGCUACUACAUGGAGUACACAAAGGUUCCGGAAGAGAAGUGGACGCGCUGCAACGCCAACUGCAUGAACAUCCAGACGGAGACCUACUUGGUGAGCGGCCUGGAUGAGGGCCAGAAGUACCAGUUCAGAGUCAUCGCCAAGACCGCCAUCAGCACCAGCCUGCCGUCGGAGCUGUCCGACCCCAUCGCUGUCAUCGCGGAGAAUGUUCCUCCUCGUGUGGAGCUGGGCGUCGACAUGAAGAACCUGAUUGUGGUGAAAGCCGGAGAGAACGUCUUCCUGGACGCCGAGGUGUGGGGCAAGCCGCUACCCAAGGUGAGCUGGAAGAGAGACGGAGCCCCGCUAGUCCUCCGCGAGGGGAUAAAGAUGGUCCAGAAGAAACACAUCCACGCGCUGGAGCUCUUCUCCGUCACCAGGAAGGAGUCUGGAGACUACACCAUCACCGCCGAGAACGUCAAUGGCUCCAAGUACGCCACAAUCAAGGUCAAGGUGCUCGACAAACCAGGCCCUCCGGCCUCAGUGAAGAUCGCCAAGGUGUUUGCGGACCGCGUUAGGCUGCGAUGGGAGCCCCCGCUUGCAGAUGGCGGCUCUGAGAUCACCAACUACAUCAUCGAGAAGCGCGAGACCAGCAGGGCCAACUGGGCGCUUGUCACCUCCAACAUCCACGGACACAGCACCGACUGCUCAGUGGAGAAACUCAUUGAAGGACACGAGUACCAGUUCAGAGUCAGCGCUGAGAACCAGUACGGCGUGGGAGACGUCACCAUGACUGAUCCUGUCAUGGUCAAGAACCCGUACGAUGUUCCCGGUCCAUGCGAGCCACCCGUCAUCACCAACAUCACGAAGAACUCCAUGACCGUGAGCUGGAAGGCGCCAGCCAACGAUGGCAAGGCCACCAUCCUGGGCUACAUGGUGGAGAAACGUGAGGCCACCGAGCUGACCUGGGCUAAGGUCAACCGCCGGCCGGUCAUCGACAGGACCAUCAAGGCUGUUCAGCUGACCGAGGAGUCCGAGUAUGAGUUCAGAGUCAUCGCCAUGAACAAGGCCGGUCUGGGCAAACCCAGCGAUGCGUCCAACGCUGCACUGGCUGUCGACCCCGUCUAUCCUCCCGGCCCACCUGCCUUCCCCAAGGUGGUGGACUCCACUAAGACCUCCAUCAGCCUCAGCUGGACCAAACCGGCGUACGACGGCGGCUGCGAGAUCAUCGGCUACCUGGUGCAGUGUAAGCAUGUCGACGCCGAGCACUGGACCAAGUGCAACAUCCCGAAAAAGCUCCAGGCCACCAAAUUCCUGGUGACGGGCCUGAUGGACGACAUCGAGUACCAGUUCAGAGUCCUCGCCGUCAACAAGAUCGGCUUCAGUGAGCCCAGCGAGGUCCCUGGAAACCACAAGCCCAAGGACAUACUCAUCGCUCCUGAAGCUGAGCUGGACGCCGACCUCAGGAAGGCGUUGGUUCUCAGAGCCGGCGUCACCAUGAGGCUCUACGUCCCGUUGAGGGGACGCCCAGCUCCGAAGGUGACGUGGACGAAGGUGGACGCCAGCCUGAAGGACAGGCAGGGCGUGCUGAUCAAGACGUCAGACUGGGACACCCUGCUGAUGAUCGAGGACGUCACCAGAUACGACGCUGGCAAAUACGUCCUAUCGCUGGAGAACAGCAGCGGCGCCAAGAGCUACACCAUCGUAGUCAAGGUCCUCGAUUCUCCUGGACCGCCGAUGAACCUGAUUGUGAAGGAGACCUCCAGAAGCCACGCCUGCAUCAGCUGGGACGCCCCGCUGAUCGACGGCGGCAGCCCGGUCAAGAGCUACAUCGUAGAGAAGCGUCUGGCCGUGAGGAAGGCCUGGACCUGCGUGGCGACGGACUGCUGCAAGAUCUCCUACAGGAUCCCCAACCUGGAGGCCGGGGAGGCCUACUGCUUCAGAGUGCUGGCUGAAAACGCCUACGGCAUCGGAGAGGGCUGCGAGACCGCCGGCAGCGUCCGAGCCUCAGAGCAACCUGGUCCAGUGACGGACCUCAGAGCCCAGAAGACCACCAAGGACUCCAUCGUCCUGUGCUGGAAGAAGCCCCUCAGCGACGGCGGAAGCUACGUUAAGGCUUACAUCCUAGAGCAGAGCGAAGGCGAGGAGAAGUGGACGCAGAUCUUGAAGGGCAAGAACACCUCGCACACCGUCGGCGGGCUGACCGAGGGCAAGGAGUACUUGUUCAGAGUCAAGGCGCUCAACGAGUCCGGAGAGGGACCGCCCACCGAGCUCACUGUCGUCGCCAAGGACCAGUUUGUGAUGCCUGACUGCAACCUGAGUAAUCUGCACGACGGUUGCUACGUGGUGAAGGAGGGCAGCACCACGCGUAUCCAUAUCCCCAUCACCGGAGUGCCCCUCCCCUACGCCACCUGGAAGAAAGGCGAUGUGGUGCUCGGCGACACCGGCCGAAUGUGCGUGGAGGCGUCUCAAGGCGUCACCACUCUGUUGAUCAGAGACUGCCAGAGAGGAGAUGCCGAGACCUACACCAUCACCGUCACGAACAGCGCCGGCUGCAAGGACUGCAAGAUCCAGCUGAAGGUGGUCGGCAAACCCGGCAUCUGCACCGGACCCAUCAAGUUUGAGGAGAUCACCGCCGACGGCAUCACCCUGGAGUGGGGGCCGCCCAUAGAUGAUGGCGGUGCGGAGGUGUCCAACUACAUUGUGGAGAAGAGGAGGACAACGCAAAACAAGUGGGCUACGGUGGCCUCAGCCAUCCAGAAGACCACCCUGAGGGUGAUCAGGCUCCACGAUGGAGUAGAGUACAUCUUCAGAGUGUUUGCUGAGAACAAGUACGGGAUUGGAGAGUAUCUGAGGUCUGACCCCGUCAUCGCCCAGCAUCCAUUUAAUGUGCCCGACGCGCCUGCUCCUCCAGAAAUAGCGAGCAUCCGCCACGAGUCAGCCAUCUUGACUUGGGCUGAUCCAAAGGACACCGGUGGCUCCCCGAUUACUGGAUAUCAUGUGGAGUUUAAGGAGAGGAACAGUCUGAUGUGGAAACGGGCCACUAAGACUCCUCUGAGGAUAAAGGAAUGCAGAGUCACUGGCCUCAUAGAGGGACUAGAGUACGAGUUCAGGGUGAUGGCCAUGAACAUGGCCGGCCUUGGAAGGCCGAGCAGGGUCACGGAGGCUGUGGUUGCCCUCGAUCCUAUUGAUCCUCCUGGUAAGCCUGAAGUGAUCAGCGUCACCAGGACCAUGGUCACUCUGAUAUGGACCGCUCCCAAGUACGACGGCGGCCACAAGCUGACCGGCUACAUGGUGGAGAAGCUGGAGGCUGGUGGCAAGGCCUGGAUGAAGGCCAAUCACGUCAACAUCCAGGGCUGUGCCUUCACCGUCACCGACCUGACGGACGGAUCUCAGUAUCAGUUCAGGAUCAGGGCCAAGAACUCCGCCGGGGCUAUCAGUGUUCCGUCAGAGCCGACCGAGCUUCUGACCUGCAAGGACGAGUACGAGCCUCCGACCAUCACCAUCGACCCCGACAUGAAGGACGGUAUAUCAGUGAAGGCAGGAGACACCAUCGUGAUCUCAGCCUCCAAGAUUUUGGGCAAACCUCCGCCCACUUCUGUGUGGUCGAAGGGAGGCCGUGAGUUGAAGAGCUCUGACGUCAUCAGUAUCACCAGCACCCCCACCUCCUCCACAGUGGCUAUCAAGUACGCCAGCCGGAAGAACACCGGGGAGUACACCAUCACCGCCAGCAACCCCUUCGGCAUUAAAGAAGAACAUGUGAAGGUGAAGGUCCUCGAUGUGCCCGGACCUCCGGGCCCCGUCGAAGCCAGUAACAUUUCAGCCGAGAAGUGCACUCUGACCUGGCUUCCACCAGAGGAGGACGGAGGCUUCUCUACCAAGUCCUACAUCCUGGAGAAGAGAGAGACUAGCCGCCUUCAGUGGACCAAGCUGGCUGAAAACAUCGUGGACUGCAGAUACGUAGCCGGCAAACUGAUCAAGGGCAACGAGUACAUCUUCAGAGUGUGUGCUGUGAACCAGUUAGGCACUGGAGACUCGAGCCAGUCCGGUCCAGUGAAAAUGGUCGACAGUUACCGUCCACCUGGUCCACCCUCAAUCCCAGAGAUUGAGCUCAUCAGUAGGAACGCUAUCACCAUUUCAUGGAAGAGACCGGCGCAGGACGGGGGAAGUGACAUAAGAGGAUAUUGUGUAGAGAGGAAAGAGAGGAGAGGAAUGAGAUGGGUGAGAGCCUCUAAGAGGACGGUCCCUGACCUCCGCUUUAAGGUGCAAGGCCUGAGUGAGGGAACAGAGUACGAGUUUAGAGUCACCGCUGAGAACAAGGCUGGAUUCGGGGAGCCAAGUGAGCCAUCGCAACCUGCGAUGACCAAGGACAUUGUGUAUCCACCUGGUCCUCCAUCCAACGUCAGAAUUACAGACACCACGAAAACCACAGCUUCCUUCGCCUGGGGCCGACCCCACUAUGAUGGUGGUCUUGAAGUCGAUGGAUAUAUUGUUGAGUACAAAAAGGAGGGGCAUGAUGACUGGGAGGUGGAGACACACUAUCCACUGAAAGCUACUGAAUACGUUAUUGGUAAACUUCAAAAAGGAGGCAAAUACCACUUCAGAGUCUCCGCUGUAAACUCUGAGGGAGUUGGCGAGCCAGCAGAGGUCGAGAAAGUGACUGAACUGGUGGACCAGGAGGCGCUGCCGGACUAUGAGCUGGAUGCUGAACUCAGGAGAACCCUGGUGGUCCGGUGUCGUGCUUCGAUCCGCAUGUUUGUUCCCAUCAGGGGUCGUCCUGUUCCUGAAGUAACCUGGAGCAAAGAUGACACCAAUCUGAAAACACGAGCAAACAUCGACACCACCGAGUCCUACACUCUGCUGGUUAUUCCUGACUGCACCAGAUACGAUGCUGGAAAGUACAACCUGUGUCUUGAGAAUGUUGCCGGAAAGAAGACCGGCUUUGUUAACGUGAAGGUUCUGGACACGCCCGGACCACCAGUCAACGUCAAGCCCAGAGAGAUCACUAAGAACAGCAUCACCCUCCAGUGGGAAAUCCCCAUAAUCGACGGUGGUUCUAAGAUUCACAACUACAUUAUUGAAAAGAGAGCGGCCACCAAGAAGGCCUACACAGUGCUUAGCACUACGUGGCAGAAGUGUUCCUACAAGUUUCAAGACCUUGAGGAAGGAGCUUACUACUACUUCCGUAUCUCCGCUGAGAAUGACCUGGGCGUAGGUGAGCCUGCUGAAAGCCCUCAGCCAAUCAGGGCAUCCCAGGCCCCCUCUACACCAGAGAACUUGUAUGUCACAGACGUGACUAAUGACAGUGCCAGCCUGGCGUGGACCAAACCCUUGCAUGAUGGUGGCAGCUUGAUCACUGGAUAUGUUAUUGAGGCCCAGAAGAAGGACACUGACCAGUGGGUCCAUGUGACCACCAUCAAGGCUCUGGACUACACCGUCACAGAUCUGAUUGAGGGCGCAGAAUAUACCUUCCGCAUAAUAGCUGUCAACGCAUCAGGCAGGAGCGACCCACGUGAGAGCAGGCCUGCUGUUAUCAAAGAGCAGACUUCCGCUCCUUCCUUUGACAUGCGUGGCGUCUACCAGAUGACGGUCAUCGCCAAAGCAGGGGACCGUGUCAAGGUGGAGAUUCCGGUGCUCGGCAAACCCAGACCUGUGGUUUCCUGGAAGAAGGGAGACAUAGGGCUCAAGGAAACGCAAAGAAUCAAUGUCGAAACCACGGCAACAUCAACUAUCCUCAACAUCAAUGAGAUCAAGAGGAAAGACGCAGGCCAGUAUUCCAUGACUGGAAAGAACAUGCUGGGUACAGUGACAGAGACAAUCACAGUCCUGGUCCACGACAUUCCAGGUCCUCCCACCGGUCCCAUAAAGCUGGACGAGGUGUCGUGUGAUUAUGUCCUUAUGUCCUGGGAGGCACCAGAGCACGAUGGAGGUGUUCCCAUCAACAACUACAUUGUUGAGAUGCGGGAGACUAUCGGUACUUCCUGGAUGGAGUUGGCAGCCACAGUGAUCCGCACCACAUUCAAGGCAGCCCGACUCAACACUGGAAUCCAAUAUCAGUUCCGCGUCAAGGCCCAGAACAGAUAUGGCAUCGGACCGUGCAUUGUCUCCGAGCCAGUGGUGGCCGCAUAUCCAUUUGAUGUGCCAGGCCAGCCGGGCAUUCCUGCGGUCACGUCUUUCAACAAAGAUGCGAUGACUCUGAGCUGGAAUGAGCCUUCCUCUGACGGAGGCAGCGCCAUCCUCGGCUAUCAUGUGGACAGAAAAGAGAGAAACAGCAUCCUGUGGCAGAGGGUCAGCAAAGCUCUCGUUGUCGGAAAUAUCUUCAAAUCAACAGGCCUCGUUGAUGGCAUUGCGUACGAACACCGUGUCACUGCUGAAAACAUGGCCGGUCUCAGCAAACCAAGCAAACCCUCUGAGCCUAUGUAUGCUUUGGACCCAGUCGACCAACCGGGCAGGCCCGUGGCACUGAACGUCACCAGACAUGAGGUGACGGUGUCAUGGACCAAACCAGAGGGAGAUGGUGGAUUUUCCAUCACCGGAUACACAGUAGAGAGGAGAGAGAUGCCCAAUGGACGCUGGCUCAAAGCCAACUUUAACAACAUCCUAGAAACCAUCUACACAGUCAGCGGUCUGAUCGAAGAUGCAACUUACGAAUUCCGAGUGUUUGCUAGAAACUCAGCCGGUGCUGUUAGUGCUCCGUCCCAGCCUUCAGAGGCAAUCACAUGCAGAGAUGACAUCGAAGAGCCCAGGCUUGACGUCGACUCUUCGUAUAGCAGCAAUGUUGUCGUCAUGGCAGGAGAGGUGUUCAAGCUGGAGGCCAAUGUGACUGGCAGACCACUCCCAUCUCUGGUGUGGACCAAGGAAGGAAAAGAGCUUGAGGAUACAGCCAAGCUGGAGAUAAAGACAACUGACUUCCACACCACUCUAAUGAACAAAGAUUCCCUGAGGAAGGAUGGAGGUGCUUUUACUCUGACUGCAAGCAAUCCCGGUGGCUUUGCCAAGUUCACGUUCAACGUCAAGGUGCUUGACAGACCUGGACCGCCGGACUCCCUCUCUGUUACCGACGUCACCGCUGAGAAAUGUGUCCUUAACUGGCUCCAUCCAACACAUGAUGGCGGUGCCAAGAUUGAGUACUUUAUCAUUCAGAAGCGAGAGACCAGUAGGUUGGCGUGGACAAAUGUGGCCACAGACCUUCAGGCUAACAGAUUCAAGGUCACCAAGCUUCUGAAGGGCAAUGAAUACGUAUUCAGAGUCAUGGCUGUUAACAAGUAUGGCGUGGGUGAGCCCCUGGAGUCUGAAGCGGUCAUCUGUGCCAACCCCUAUGUCCCCAGCGACCCACCAACGCAGCCCGAAGUCACCAUCAUUACCAGGGACUCCAUGGUCGUCUGCUGGGAGCGCCCUGAACACGAUGGAGGCAGCAGAUUAAACACCUACAUAAUUGAGAGACGGGAUAAGACUGGCCUGCGCUGGGUGAAAUGCAACAAGAGGACUGUAACUGACCUGCGCUUCAAGGCCUCUGGCCUCACACCAGGACAUGAGUAUGAAUUCAGAGUUUUUGCUGAGAAUAAUGCUGGUCUAAGCCAGCCUAGUCCUUCCAGUCCAUUCUACAAAGCCGUAGACACCAUCUUCCAGCCUGGACCUCCAGGGAACCCCAGAGUGCUGGACACAACCAAGUCUUCCAUCACCCUCGCCUGGAACAAGCCCGUCUACGAUGGUGGUUCUGAAAUCACCGGUUACAUUGUGGAGACCUGCCUGCCUGAGGAGGAUGAGUGGACAAUACACACUCCCAAGAAGGGAUGGACAGCCACGUCCUUCACCAUUACCAGCUUGAAGGAAAACCAAGAUUACAAAGUAAACAUUUGUGCCACUAAUUGUGAGGGCGUGGGAGAGCCGGCUGCUGUUCCUGGAACCCCAAAGGCUGAAGACAGAUUGCUUCCUCCAGAAAUUGAACUUGGAGCAGAGCUUCGUAAGGUGGUCUGCAUCAGAGCCUGUAGCACACUCAGACUCUUUGUUCCUAUUAAAGGCAGACCAGUACCUGAAGUUAAAUGGUCAAGAGAGCAUGGAGAAUCCCUGGACCGAGCUAACAUUGAAAUCACCUCAUCGUUCACCACUCUCCAGGUAGAACAUGUUGACAGGUUUGAUGCAGGUAAAUACCUGGUGACUGUAGAGAAUGCCUCAGGAAGCAAGACAGCCUAUGUUAACGUCAGGGUGCUAGAUACUCCUGGAGCACCUCAGAAUCUGUUUGUCAGGGAGGUCACUAAAGAUUCAGUUUCCAUUGUUUGGGAUGCACCCCUCAUCGAUGGCGGCUCCAGAGUCCGCAGCUACAUUGUGGAGAAGCGUGAGUCAACCAGAAAGGCCUAUUCAACAGUCUGCGGCAGCUGCCACAAGUCUAGUUGGAAAGUCGGAGACCUGGAGGAGGGAAAGAUGUACUUCUUUAGAAUCCUGGCUGAGAACGAAUAUGGCAUUGGACUCCCUACGGAGACUGUUGAACCAGUUAAAGCAUCAGAGAAGCCUCUACCACCAGGCAAAGUGUCCCUUCUUGAAGUUACCAGCUCCAGCGUCGCACUAACUUGGGAAAAGCCUGACCAUGAUGGUGGCAGCAGAAUCACAGGCUAUAUUGUUGAGAUGCAGGGUAAAGGUAGUGAGAAGUGGAUCCAGGUCAUGGUGGUGAAGACCAAUGUGGCUGUUGUAACUGGCCUUACACAGGGAGAGGAGUACAUGUUCCGUAUCUCAGCCGCCAACGAAAAGGGGGUUAGUGAUCCACGUCCUCUCAGCAUGCCUGUGGUGGCUAAAGACCUCGUCAUCUCACCAACCUUCAAACUGGUUUUCAGCACGUUCAGUGUGCUAGCAGGAGAUGAUCUGAAGAUGGAUGUACCAUAUGAUGCCUGUCCCAAGGCAACAGCAACUUGGCUCAAAGAUGGCGUCGUUCUCAAGGAGACAACAAGAGUUAAUGCUGAAGCCACAGACAAAAACCUUCUCUUGGUUAUUAAAGAGGCUUGCAGAGAUGAUGUGGGCACAUACACUAUCAAACUGACCAAUGCAGUUGGAGAGGCAUCUACAGACAUCAGUGUGGUUGUUCUAGACAAACCUGGUCCUCCAACCGGCCCAAUCAAGCUGGAUGAGGUCACUGCUGACAGCGUGGUCCUGUCCUGGAAUCCACCAGAGUAUGAUGGCGGUUGCGCCAUCAACAAUUACAUUGUUGAGAAGAGAGACACAUCUACCACUAACUGGCAGAUUGUGUCAGCUACAGUGGCCAGAACCACCAUCAAGGCAGCUCGUCUGAAGACUGGAAUCGAGUACCAGUUUAGGAUUGCUGCAGAGAAUAGAUAUGGCAAGUCCUCAGUCCUGCUCUCUGAUAGCAUUGUUGCUCAGUAUCCGUUCGAAGUCCCUGGCUCGCCACGUUCUGUUGUGGUCCAGUCAGCCACUAAGGAGAGCAUGGUGGUUGUGUGGGAGAAACCCAGCAGUGACGGUGGAAGCAAGAUUCUUGGUUACCACUUGGAGCUCAAAGAGAAAAACAGCAUAAUGUGGGUGAAACAGAACAAACAACUCAUCCCAGAGACCAGAUUUAAGGUUGUUGCCCUCGAGGAGGGUAUCGACUAUGAGUUCAGAGUCUAUGCCGAGAAUAUUGUUGGUCUCAGCAAAGCCAGCAUACUGAGUGAAAUGCAAGUGGCCAGAGAUCCCUGUGACAGACCAGGAAAACCAGAGGCUGUCAUUGUGACAAGACACCAAGUGACACUCAGAUGGACCAAACCUGAGUAUGAUGGCGGCAUCAAGAUCACAGGCUACGUGGUUGAGAAGAAGGAGGGAUCUGGCCGCUGGAUGAAGGCCAGUUUCGCCAACGUUAUUGAAACUGAAUUUGUCGUCACCGGACUUACUGAAGAUCAGAUUUAUGAGUUCCGUGUCAUCGCCAGGAAUUCAGCAAGUGUCUUCAGUGCGCCCUCUGAUUCUACUGGAGCCAUCACUGCUAGGGAUGAGGUGGAUCCGCCCAAGAUUGACUUAGAAGCUAAAUACUCCCAGGCUGUGGUAGUAAAUGCUGGAGAGACAUUCAGGCUCGAGGCUGCUUUCUAUGGUAAGCCUGUGCCCACGGUACACUGGCUGAAGGAGGGCAAAGAGAUUGCCGAAGCAGCACGCCUAGAGCUCAAGAACACAGACUUUACAGCUUGUCUAGUUGUUAAAGAAGCUAUCCGUGUGGAUGGAGGUCAGUACACUUUGCUGGUAAAGAAUGUUGGAGGAGAGAAAUCUGUUAACAUUAACGUCAAGGUCCUGGACAGACCAGGUCCACCCGAAGGCCCUAUCUCCAUCUAUGGGGUCACCAGUGAGAAAUGCUCCAUUGCCUGGAAAUCUCCCCUGCAAGAUGGAGGUAGCGAUGUUUCCCAUUACAUCAUUGAGAGGAGGGAAACCAGCCGACUAGUUUGGACUGUAGUUGAACAAAAGGUUCAGACACUGAACCUGAAGAUCACAAAACUUCUUCCUGGUAAUGAGUACAUCUUCAGAGUGAUUCCAGUCAAUAAAUACGGAGUUGGUGAGCCUUUGGAAUCUGAGUCGAUGAUUGCCAAGAAUCCAUAUGUCGCUCCCAACUCGCCAACAGAAGUAGAAGUCUCCACAAUCACCAAAGACUCCAUGGUGGUGACCUGGGAGAGACCAACUAAUGACGGUGGCAGCCCUAUCCACGGAUACGUCGUUGAGAAACGUGACAAGGACGGUGUGAGAUGGACCAGGUGCAACAAGCGCACAGUGAGUGAGCUGCGCUUCAGAGUGACAGGACUCCUAGAAAACCACAGCUAUGAAUUCAGAGUUGCUGCUGAAAAUGCCGGAGGUGUUGGCACACCUAGUGCAGCAACAGUGUACUACAAAGCAUUGGAUCCCAUCUUCAAAGCAGGCCCACCAAACAACCCCAAGGUGGUGGACACAUCUAGGUCCACUGUUUCCCUGACAUGGGGCAAACCCAUCUAUGAUGGUGGCUGUGAGAUUCAGGCUUACAUUGUUGAGGCCUGCAAUACUGCAUCUGACGAGUGGUCUAUGUGCACUCCUCCAACUGGAAUCACAGACACCAAGUUUACGGUGAAAAGGCUUCUGGAGAAGCACGAAUACCAAUUCAGAGUGUGCGCCAUUAACAAAGUUGGCGUUGGGGAGCAUGCUGAUAUUCCAGGAAAAAUUCUUAUGGAGGAGAAACUCGAGGCUCCUGAUCUUGACCUGGAUAACGAUAUGAGAAAGAUGAUCAACAUUAGAGCAGCAAGCACUCUCAGGCUGUAUGUUCCUGUGAGAGGUCGUCCAGCUCCCGAGGUGAAAUGGGGCAAGGCUGAGGGGGAGAUUAAGGAAACUGCCAUGAUUGACAAUACAGGCAGCUAUGCUUUACUUGUCAUUGAGAACGUUGACAGAUUUGACACCGGCAAGUACACCCUGACUGCAGAGAACGCCAGCGGAGUGAAGUCAGUCUUCAUCAGUGUCAGAGUCCUGGACUCACCUGGUGCACCGGCUAACUUCUUGGUGAAAGAGAUCACCAAGAAUUCUGUCAGUCUCACAUGGGAGCCUCCAAUCCUGGAUGGCGGCUCAAAGAUUAAGCAUUACAUUGUUGAGAAGCGUGAGAGCACCAGGAAAGUUUACUCUCCCAUUACCACCUGCAACAAGAUGUCAUGGAAGGUUGAGCCUCUUCCAGAGGGUGGAAUCUUCUUCUUCAGAGUCCUGGCUGAGAAUGAAUAUGGUGUGGGUGCCCCUGCUAAAACUCUACAACCAAUUAAGGUAUCUGAGAAGCCUCAGCCACCUGGCAAAGUCAGUGUUGUUGACGUCACUAGUAGCACUGUAACUCUCGCCUGGGAGAAGCCUGAACACGAUGGUGGCAGUAGGAUCAGUUACUAUGAAGUUGAACUUUCACCUAAGGACAGUGAGGUUUGGUCUGUGUGCGCUAGUGGGAAGGCACUGGAGACCGUAGUGUCAAAUCUACUCAAGGGAGAGGAGUACCAGUUCAGAGUUAGUGCUGUAAAUGACAAGGGCAAAAGUGACGCCAGACAACUGGUUCAAACAGUUGUAGCUAAGGACCUUGUGAUCGAGCCUGCUGUUAGACCCCAAACGAGCACCUACAAUGUCCAGGUGGGGUAUGACCUCAAGAUAGAGGUCCCAGUUGCCGGUCAUCCAAAGCCAACCAUCACUUGGACCAAGGAUGGAGCGGCCCUUAAGCAGACCACCAGAGUCAAUGUCACCAACGCAGCGCGUCACACCACUCUCUCCAUAAAGGAUGCUACCAAAGAGGACGGAGGCAUGUACAGCAUCAAUGUCACCAGUCCCCUGGGUUCCAAGGAUGCCACUAUUGAGGUGAUUACCCUGGACAAACCAGGCCCACCAACAGGACCUGUCAAAUUGGAGGAUGUCAGUGCUGAGAGUAUGACUCUUAACUGGGAACCUCCUGCGUAUACAGGUGGCUGCCCAAUCUCCAACUAUGUGGUUGAGAAGAGAGACACGACGACAACCAACUGGGUGGUCGUAUCUGCCACCGUGGCCAGAACCACGCUGAAAGUGAGCAAUCUGAAGACGGGCUCUGAAUACCAGUUCAGAAUCUAUGCUGAGAAUAGAUAUGGAAAGAGUUACGCAAUUGAUUCAGUGCCUGUUGUGGCACAGUAUCCAUUCCAGGAGCCCGGCCCACCAGGAACACCAUUUGUGUCUUUAUACUCUAAAGACUAUAUGAUCGUUGAGUGGCACAAACCCCCAUCCGAUGGAGGCAGUGCCAUUUUGGGCUACCAUCUGGAGAGAAAGGAGAAGAAUAGUAUCCUCUGGACCAAGAUCAACAAAAUGCUCAUCCAAGACUGCAGGUUCAAAUCUACUCCUCUUGAGGAAGGCAUUGAGUACGAGUACAGAGUCUAUGCUGAGAAUAUAGUCGGCAUUGGAAAAUGCAGCAAAGUGUCUGAGGUUUAUGUAGCCCGUGACCCAUGUUAUCCUCCUGGCCGUCCUGAGGCUGUGAUUGUGUCCAGGCACUCAGUAAAGCUGAGGUGGACCCCUCCAGAGUAUGACGGUGGAAGCUUAAUCACUGGCUAUGUAGUGGAGAAACGUGACCUUCCCGAAGGAAAGUGGAUGAAGGCCAGCUUUGCAAACGUCAUUGAACUUGAAUUCACAGUAACUGGCUUGACAGAAGACAGUAAAUAUGAUUUCAGAGUAAUUGCGAGGAAUGCAGCCGGUGCUGUCAGCAAGCCCUCCGAGAGCACAGGAUCCGUCACAGCCAGGGAUGAAGUUGAGACACCCAAGUGUGAGACGGAUCCUAUAUACAACCAGACCAUUGUUGUCAAUGCUGGAGACACUUUCAGUCUGGAGGCCAGUGUGGAAGGAAAGCCCAUCCCCUCAGCCCAGUGGUUCAAGGGAAAUGUUGAAGUUGAAAACUCGGCAAGAGCUGAAAUCAAAAACACAGAUUUUAAGCCUUUGCUCGUUGUGAAGGAUGCCAUCAGAGUGGAUGGUGGACAGUACACACUGGUUCUGACUAAUGUGGCGGGAUCUAAGACCGUCCCGUUCAGUGUGAAGGUCCUGGACAGACCAGGCCCCUCAGAGGGACCUCUUACCGUUAGCAAUGUCACUGAGGAGAAGUGCUCACUGUCAUGGCUGCCCCCCAGGCAUGACGGAGGAGCUAGCAUUUCUCACUACGUCAUUCAGAAGAGAGAAACCAGCCGCCUGGCAUGGACCGUUGUCUCUGGUGACUGUGGAGCUACCAUGUUCAAGGUUACCAAACUGUUGAAGGGUAAUGAGUACAUCUUCAGAGUCAUGGCUGUCAACAAAUACGACAUGGGCGAGCCUCUUGAAUCAGUGCCAGUUAUCAUGAGAAAUCCAUUCGUAACCCCUGGCUCACCUCAGGAGCUUGAGAUCACUAACAUCACCAGGGACUCCAUGACUGUCUGCUGGAACCGCCCCGAGACCACCGGAGGCAGUGAGAUCGCUGGUUACAUCGUUGAGAAGAGAGACCGAGCCGGAAUAAGGUGGACCAAGUGCAACAAACGUAGAGUGACGGACUUGCGUUUCAGAGUAACAGGACUGACUGAGGACCAUGAAUACGAAUUCAGGGUAUCAGCUGAAAAUGUAGCUGGAGUGGGUCAGCCAAGCCCAGCUACUCCCUACCUCAAAGCCUGUGACCCUAUGUUUGAACCAGGCUGUCCCUCCAAUGCCCAUGUGGUCAACAUAACUAAAGAUACCGUCAGUCUGUCCUGGCACCGGCCUAUCUAUGAUGGUGGUUGUGAGAUUCAAGGAUACGCUGUAGAAAUUACUAAAGCUGAUGAGGAGGAAUGGAGCAUAUGCACCCCACCUUCCGGAGUUAAUGCCACCAAGUUUACCAUCACCAAGUUGACAGAGCACCAGGAAUACAAGGUGCGCAUAUGUGCCAUCAAUAAACUGGGUGUUGGUGAGCCCACCGAGAUCGAGGGAGUCGUGAAACCUUUGGAUAAGCUUGAUCCCCCAGAGAUGAUUCUGGAUUCAGAGCUCAGGAAGGGAAUAGUUGUCCGCGCAGGAGGCUCGAUGAAAAUCUGCAUUCCAUUCAAGGGCCAUCCUACUCCUGAGAUCAGCUGGGCCAAGGAGGGUGGAGUACUGCCCUUUAAAGCUCAGAUAGACACUGGUGACGAAUACACACAGCUCUCCGUCGACAUCUGUGACAAAUACGAUGCUGGAAAAUACAUCCUCAACUUGGAAAAUAGCGCCGGCACCAAAUCAGCCUUUGUCUCUGUUAAAGUUCUGGACACUCCCGGGGCCCCUCUGAAUCUGACAGUGAAAGACAUCAAGAGGGAAAGUGUCACUCUGACCUGGGAGCCUCCUCUUAUCGAUGGUGGUGCAAGAAUCACGAAUUACCUAGUGGAAAAGCGUGAGUCUACCAGGAUAGUUUACUCUAAUGUGGACAACAAGUGCACAAAGACAAGUUACCGUAUUACAGGCCUCACUGAGGGAACUAUCUACUACUUCAGAGUCUUAGCAGAGAACGAGUUUGGCGUGGGACAGCCAGCUGAGAUGGAAGACUCAGUUAAGACCUCUGAGCCUCCUCUACCAGUGGGUAAGGUCACUUUGACUGAAGUUACCAAAACCUCUGCCUCCUUCUCCUGGGAGAAGCCAGUCCACGAUGGAGGAAGCAGGAUCAUGGGCUACUACAUUGAGAUGCAGCCGGUGGGUUCAGAGGAAUGGGUGGUGGCCGCCACAACCAAAACCUGCGAGGGCACCGUCACAGGCCUAAGUAAAGGCCAUGAGUAUCUGUUCAGAGUGUCGGCUUUCAAUGAGAAGGGCAGGAGUGACCCCAGGCCUCUGGCUGCACCGGUCACUGCUAAAGAUGUAACUAUUUUGCCCGGAUUCAAGAUGAAAUUCAACACCUGCAGUUUACAGCAGGGUGAGGAUCUGAAGCUUGAUAUUCCAGUGAUUGGACGCCCUGUUCCCAAGGUUGAAUGGAAGAAGGAUGGGCAUGCUCUUAAGGAGACAACAAGACUAAAUGUAUCCAGCACACCAUCAUCUACGAAGCUGUGCAUCAAGGAUGCAAAUAAGGAAGACUCUGGGAAAUACACCAUCACAGCCACCAGUGGUGUCGGAGCAGCCACGGAGGAGAUCACUGUCAUUAUUCUUGAAAAGCCUGGCCCACCCACAGGCCCUAUCAAGAUCGAGGAGGUGAGCUCUAAUUAUGUCAAUCUCUCCUGGGAGCCACCAGAGUACACCGGAGGCUGUCAGAUCAACAACUACAUCGUGGAGAAGAGAGAUACCACCACAACAGCGUGGCAGAUCGUGUCUGCUACCAUUGCCAGGACGACCAUCAAAGUCACCAACUUGAAAACCGGAACUGAGUAUCAAUUCAGAGUUUCUGCUGAGAAUAGAUAUGGAAAGAGUUCUGCCAUUGUUUCUUCGAACGUUAUCGCUCAGUAUCCGUUCAGUGAGCCUGCUGCCCCGGGAACACCAGCUGUUUCUGCCGCAACUAAGGAAAGCAUGGUCGUUGAGUGGAAACCUCCCACCAACAACGGAGGCAGCCCCAUCAUAGGCUAUCACCUCGACAGAAAGGAGAAGAACAGCCUCCUGUGGACUAAACUCAACAAGCUUCUAAUCCCAGAUACACGUUUCAAGACUACAGAGCUGGAAGAAGGCAUCGAGUAUGAAUUCAGAGUUUAUGCUGAAAACAUCGCUGGACUCAGCCCAGCUAGCAAGGUCUCUGAGAGCACAGUAGCCAGGGACCCCUGUGACCCACCAGGAACUCCCGAGGCCAUUGAUAUCACCAGAAAUCAUGUGACGCUUCAGUGGACCAAGCCUCAGUAUGACGGAGGUGCUCCAAUCACUGGCUAUCUGAUCGAGAGGAAGAAACAUCCAGAUACCCGCUGGAUGAAGGCCAGCUUCACCAACAUCAUCGGUACCCAGUUCACACUCACCGGCCUGACUGAGGACUGCGUUUACGAGUACAGAGUCAUUGCCAGGAAUGCUGCUGGCAUUUCCAGCCGUCCUUCUCAGGGCACAGGAGAAAUUACUGCCAAAGAUGAAAUUGUGGCUCCAGAGGCCACCCUGGAUUCUAAAUUCAAGGAUCUGACUAUUGUUAGUGCUGGCGAGACAUUCGUCAUUGAUGCCGACUACACUGGCAAGCCACUGCCCGAAGUCAUUUGGCUGAAGGACGGAAAGGAGAUUGACAAAGCCACGCCGAGAAUGGAGGUCAAGACUACACUCACAGGUACCACCUUGACAGUCAAGGAUUGCAUCAGAGUGGAUGGUGGCCACUUUUACCUCAAACUUGUCAAUGUUGGGGGAGUCAAGAUGAUCCCAGUGAAUGUUAAAGUUCUGGAUAGACCCGGUCCUCCAGAUGGCCCUCUAGAAGUCAAAGGGGUCACAUCUGAGAAAUGUUACCUGCACUGGAAUCAUCCCUCGCAUGACGGCGGAGCCAGCAUCUCUCAUUACAUCAUUGAGAAGAGAGAGACCAGUCGUUUGUCGUGGACCAUAGUUGAGCCCAAGAUCCAGGCCAUCAGCUACAAGGUCACAAAACUGCUGCCUGGCAAUGAAUACAUCUUCAGAGUUACUGCUGUGAAUAAAUAUGGCGUUGGUGAGCCUUUGGAAUCUGAGCCCGUUAUUGCUCGUAACCCUUUCACCACUCCCAGUGCCCCCUCCAUCCCGGAGCCUAGCGCUAUCACCAGGGACUCCAUAGUGCUUACGUGGGAGAGGCCAGAGCAUAAUGGAGGAGCUGAGAUUGAAGGAUAUGUCCUUGAAAAACGUGAUAAGGAGGGCAUCAGAUGGACUAAGUGCAACAAGAAGAGACUGAGUGACCUGAGAUUCAGAUGCGCUGGCCUCACAGAUGGCCACUAUUAUGAAUUCAGGAUCUCAGCUGAAAAUGCAGCUGGUGUGGGGAAGCCUAGUGAAGCGUCUGAAUACAUCAAAGCCUGUGAUGCCAUUUAUCCACCAGGAGCUCCAAAUAACCCCAAAGUCACCGGCCAUUCGAGCACCACAGUCUCUCUGACCUGGUCCAGGCCUAUCUACGAUGGUGGAGCACAGAUCAGCGGAUAUGUUGUUGAAAGGAAGGAGGCAGCAGAUGAUGAAUGGAUCACUUCCACGCCACACAGUGGUGUUCAGGCCACUCACUACACCGUAAAGCAUCUGAAGGAGAAUGCAGAGUACAACUUCCGCAUCUGUGCCAUUAACUGCGAGGGCGUAGGAGAUCAUGUGGACCUACCUGGUUCUGUGAUCGCUGCAGAGAGGCUGGAGGCUCCUGAAAUUGAACUAGAUGCUGAUUUGAGGAAGAUGGUCAAUGUCCGUGCCACCGCCAACUUGCGUCUGUUUGUGACAAUCAGGGGAAAGCCUGAGCCUGAGGUCAGAUGGUCAAAGGCUGACGGCACUUUGAAUGAGCGUGCCCAGAUUGAAGUCACAAGCUCUUACACAAUGCUGGUGAUUGAGAAUGUCGAUAGAUUCGACACUGGCAAAUAUGUGCUGACCCUUGAGAACCUCAGCGGUUCUAAGUCAGCCUUCAUCAAUGUCAGAGUUCUGGACUCCCCCAGCGCUCCGACCAACCUCGGGGUCAAGGAUGUGAAGAGAUCUUCUGUCUCUCUCUCGUGGGAGCCUCCUCUCAUCGAUGGCGGGGCUAAGAUAUCACACUACAUUGUGGAGAAGAGAGAACAGAAGAGAAUGGCUUUCACCAGUGUUUGCACCAACUGUGUGAGGAACUCGUACAUUAUUUCUGACCUGCAGGGGGGAGGCCGUUACUAUUUCCGCGUGUUGGCUGUGAAUGAGCUGGGAGUAGGUCUGCCUGCCUCCACAGAUCAAGUCAAGGUGGCUGAGGCUCCUUUGCCUCCUGGCAAGGUUGUCCUGGUCGACGUGACUCGUCAUACCGUCUCUCUUGCCUGGGAGAAGCCUGAUCAUGAUGGAGGCAGCAAGAUUACAAACUUUAUUGUGGAGAUGCAGCCCAAGGGAGAUGACAAAUGGACCGUGUGCAGUGAAGUGAAAGCACUGGAAGCUACUAUUGGUGGACUCAUAACGGGAGAGGAAUACUCCUUCAGGGUGACUGCUGUGAAUGAUAAGGGCAGGAGUGAUGCCAAGGCUCUGGCUAACCCUGUGGCGGUGAAGGACAUCACGAUGGAGCCCAUCAUCAGCCUGGUGUACGACACAUACAGUAUAAAAGCAGGAGAUGACCUAAAGAUUGAUGUUCCCUUCAGAGGCAGACCUCAUCCCGAGGUGUCCUGGAAGAAGGAUGGCCAGGUGCUUAAACAAACAACCAGGGUGAAUGUCCUUACUUCCAAGACCUCAUCCAAGAUUGUCAUCAAGGAUGCAACCAAGGACGAUGUCGGGAAGUAUGUGAUCACUCUGACAAACUCAGUUGGCACCAAGACGGCUGAAAUUUCUGUUAUAAUCCUGGACAAACCUGGCCCACCCAGCAACAUUAAGAUGGAUGAGGUGAGCGCUGACUUCAUCGCUCUGUCUUGGGAUUCUCCAGUCUAUGACGGUGGAUGCCAAAUCAACAACUACGUGGUGGAGAAGAGAGACACUACCACAACCUCGUGGCAGAUUGUCUCAGCCACAGUAGCCAGGACAUCAAUCAAGGUGUCUCGUCUCACUCAGGGAACAGAGUAUCAGUUCCGUAUUGCAGCUGAGAACCGUUAUGGCAAGAGUUCUUCCAUUGACUCUACUCCUGUUGUUGCUCAGUAUCCCUUCGAGCCUCCUGGCCCUCCUACCAAUGUCCAUGUUUCCCAUGCUACCAAGUAUGGCAUGCUUGUGGUGUGGGGCAGACCAGCCAGUGAUGGUGGCAGCCCUGUAAUUGGUUAUCACAUUGAAUCUAAAGAGCACAGCAGCAUCCUAUGGACCAAGGUCAACAGAGGUCUGCUGGCUGAGAACCAGUUUAAGAUGACAGGCAUUGAAGAAGGCCUGCAGUAUCAGUUCAGAGUCUACGCUGAGAAUAUUGCUGGAAUUGGUCCAUGCACUAAGGCCAGCGACCCCGUGGCAGCCAGGGAUCCAUGUGAAUCUCCGCAUAACCUUAGAGUCACCAACAUUACCAGGACCUCAGUUUCCCUCUUUUGGGAGAAGCCAGAGUAUGAUGCCGGAGUAAAGAUAACUGGCUAUAUCGUGGAGCGGAUGGAACUUCCCAAUGGCCGCUGGCUGAAAUGCAAUUUUACCAACCUGCAAGACACCUACUUUGAUGUCACAGGCCUCACAGAAGAUGUCCAAUAUGACUUCCAUGUCAUUGCUAAGAAUUCUGCAGAGUUGUUGAGUGCUCCUUCAGAGAGCACUGGUCCCGUCACAGUCAAGGAUGAUGUAGACCCUCCCACUAUUAUCCUGGAAGAUAAGCUCAGACAGCUGGUUGUCGUUAAGGCUGGAGAGGUCUUCCGAAUUGAUGCUGAAAUUACAGGCCGUCCACUCCCAGUUGUCUCCUGGUUUAAGGAUGGAAAGGAGAUUGAGGCCAAGGCCAGGUGUGAAAUCACCUCCACCAACUUCGCAACCACUUUGAUCGUCAGAGACGCUAUCAGGAGGGACUCUGGCCAGUAUGUCCUGACCUUGCACAAUGUGGCAGGAACCAGGUCUGUGGCUAUCAACUGUAAAGUUCUGGACCGGCCUGGACCUUCCUCAGGACCAUUGGCGGUGUCUGGCCUCACAGCCGAGAAAUGCACCAUAACGUGGGGACCCCCUCAGGAGAACGGCGGUGCUGAAAUCAUGCACUACAUUGUCGAGAAACGCGAGACCAGUCGCCUCGCCUGGACUCUCGUCUAUGGUGACAUGAAGGCGACCACCUGUAAAGUGACCAAGCUGCUCAAAGGAAAUGAGUACAUCUUUAGAGUCAGGGGAGUCAACAAAUAUGGGGAUGGUGAGGCCCUGGAGAGUGAGCCAGCAAAGGCCAUGGAUCCGUUCACUGUGUCUGCAACUCCCACUAAUGUUCAGGUCACUUCAGUUACUGGUGAGGCAAUGACCAUCUGUUGGGAAAGACCAGUUUCUGAUGGUGGCAGCAGUAUCGCCGGCUAUGUCAUUGAAAAGCGAGAGAAGACUGGCCUUCGCUGGUGCCGCGUCAACAAGAAACCCGUUUAUGACCUCAGAGUCAAAGCCUCGCGCCUUCGUCAGGGCUGUGAGUACGAGUACAGAGUGUUUGCAGAGAACUCUGCUGGCCUCAGUGCUCCCAGCAACCCUUGCGCACUCGUAAAGGCUGAAGACCCACUGUUCCUGCCUUCACCUCCUGCUAAGCCUAAGAUCAUCGACUCUACAAAGACCACGGUCACCCUGUCGUGGAAUAAGCCCCUAUUUGACGGUGGAUCACCUGUGACUGGUUACAGAGUCAAAUACAGGAAUACUGCAGAUGAUGAAUGGAUGGUUGGAGUCCAGAAUACCAAGAACACAGAGUUUACAGUGGUGGGAUUGACACCUGGGGUCGAAUAUGUGUUUGUUGUCAAGUCCAUUAACAAGAUUGGAGCCAGUGAGCCCAGUCCUGAAUCAGACAAGCAGGUGGCCAAAGAAAAAGUGGAGGAGCCAGUCUUUGAUAUCAGCAAUGAGAUGAGGAAGACUCUUAUUGUGAAGGAUGGGAGCUCAUUCACCAUGACAGUACCCUUCAGAGGCAAACCCAUCCCCGCCGUCAGUUGGACUAAGCCCGACAUCGACCUUAGAGUUCGUGCUGUCAUUGACACCACAGACACCUUCACCUCCAUCACCUUAGAGAAGGCAACUCGCAACGACUCUGGCAAAUACACCAUCACCUUGUCCAGUGUAGCAGGAACCUCCUCCUUGACACUCGUCGUCAGAGUCUUGGAUUCCCCCGGACCUCCUGCCCAUGUAGAGGUCAAGGACGUGUCCAGGACCUCUGCUUCUGUAACCUGGGACACUCCUGAGAAUGAGGGAGGAGGACCAGUCAAGAACUACCUUGUUGAUAUCCGUGAGGCCAGCAAAAAAGGCUGGACCAGGUUGACUGACACAUGCCACAGACUGACUCACAAGGUGACCGACCUGCAGGAGGGAGGAGUCUACUACUUCAGAGUGACAGGCGAGAACGAGUACGGCGUUGGUGUUUCUGCUGAGACCAAAGAAGGAACCAAGAUCACAGAAAAACCAAGCCCACCACCGAAGCUGGGUGUGACUGAUGUGACCAAGGAGAGUGUGUCUUUGGCCUGGGCCAAACCAGAUCACGACGGAGGCAGCAGAAUUACCGGGUACCUGUUGGAAGCUCUGGAGAAUGGCCAGGAGAAAUGGGUUAAGUGUGGUGUGACCAAGUUCGUCCACUUCACAGUGUCUGGUCUGAGGGAGAACGCUGAGUACUUCUUCAGAGUCAGAGCAGAGAACCACGCUGGCUUCAGUGAUGUUAUCGAAAUGCUCACCCCAGUGGUGGUCAAAGACCAGCUCGAACCUCCUGAGAUCAACAUGAAGGACUUCCCCCACAAUGCAGUGUAUGUUAGAGCCGGCUCCAGCCUCAAGUGUGAGAUCCCACUGACGGGCCAGCCUAUGCCUAAAGUCUCCCUGUGCAAGGACAACGUGCUGCUCAAGUCAACCAUGAGGUUCAACUCUGAAGUCACCCCUGACAGCAUCAAGAUCACUUUGCGCGAGAGCAUUGCCGGAGACUCGGGACGCUACGACAUCACCGCCUCCAACUCCAGUGGAACCACCAAAUCCUUUAUAAAUAUUAUGGUUCUGGACCGCCCCAGUGCCCCAGUUGGACCCGUGGAGCUGUUUGAUGUCUCAGAGGACAGCGUGAGCCUGAAUUGGUUCCCACCGGCGUAUGAAGGUGGCAGCGCCAUCACCAACUACAUCAUCCAGAAGAGAGAGACCACCACAGCCAACUGGAUAGAUGUGUCUUCUUCUGUGGCCCGCUGCACCAUGAAGAUCAUGAAGCUGACCACCGGCCUGGAGUACCAGUUCAGAAUCAGGGCUGAGAACAGAUAUGGAAUCAGCGAGCACAUUGACUCACCAACUGUCGCUGUCAACCUUCCUUACACUAUUCCUGAAGCUCCAUCAACUCCAGAGAUCAGUGCUGUCACCAGGGAGACCAUCACCGUAGCCUGGAAGGAGCCUAAGUCAGAUGGCGGCAGCCAUGUGUUUGGCUACCAUCUCCAGAUGAAAGACAGGAACAGCCUCCUUUGGCAGAGAGUCAACAAAAUGGUGAUCCGCGCUACGCACUUCAAGGUCUCCAACAUCAAUGCUGGACUUAUUUAUGAGUUCAAAGUGGCAGCAGAGAACGCUGCUGGAAUCAGUGCCUUCAGCCAGGUGUCUGAUGCAGUGCUGGCUAUUGAUGCCUGCGAGCCACCCAUCAACUUGCAUAUAAAUGACAUCACCAAGCACUCCAUUAGCCUGGUCUGGGAGAAGCCCAACUUCGACGGCGGUUCCCCGAUCACCGGUUACUUAAUUGAGAAGAAAGAGACCGUCGGUGCCAGGUGGUCCAAGACCAACCUCACCAACGUCACGGACACCCGCUACACUGUGACUGGCCUGACCCAGGACGAGACGUACGAGUUCAGAGUAAUGGCCAAGAACGCCGUCGGCUCAGUGAGCAACCCGUCCGUGACCGCUGGACCAGCCACAUGCGUGGACACCUACGGUGCCCCAGAUAUUGAAAUACCUCAAGAGUACUUCAGCGAGGUCAAGUACAUGGCUGAAUCUAACGUGGAGCUCAAGUUUAACAUCACAGCCAAACCUGCUCCCACUAUUGAGUGGUUUAAGGACGGCAGAGAGCUCGAGCCUACCAACCAGCUCUCUUUCAAACACACAUUCGAGUCCACCAGUGUGUUCCUGAAGGACACCACUCGUCUGAAUUCUGGAACCUACGAGGUCAAGGUGAAGAACUCCCUGGGAUCUGCGUGCGCCAUCGUCAGGCUGCUCAUUCAAGACAAGCCAGGCCCCCCCGCUGGAGAGAUUCAGUUUAAGAAGGUGACGGCCGACAACAUCACCAUCAUGUGGUCCCCGUCUGCUGAUGAGGGUGGUGCCAUGGUAACGCAUUAUAUUGUGGAAAAGAGGGAGACCAGGAGGGUCAUGUGGUCCAUCGUCUCAGAGAAACUGGUCGACUGCAUUAUCAACGUGCCCAGGCUCAUCCAGGGCAACGAGUACAUAUUCAGAGUCCGUGGAGUCAACAAGUACGGCAUCGGAGACCCGCUGGAGUCUGAACCUAUAAUCGCCAAGAACUCAUUUGUUGCUCCUAGCGAGCCAUCCAAGCCUAAAGUGACAAUUAUCACCAAGGCCACCAUGACAGUGGUUUGGGAAAGACCAGCAUUGGAUGGAGGCAGUGACCUCGACGGCUACUACCUGGAGAAGAGGGAGAAGAAGAGUCUGCAGUGGUUUAAGGUGGUGAAGGGCACCAUCAGGGACACUAGACAGAAAGUCACCAACCUGGUGGAGAACAGCGAGUACCAGUACAGAGUUUGUGCCGUCAACAAGGCCGGAGCAGGAAACUACUCCGAGGCUUCUGAGCUCUACAAGGCCUACGACCCUAUCGAUCUGCCCGGUGAGCCAUCCAAGCUGUGUGUGGUUGACUCCACGAAGACCUCCAUCACCCUCGGCUGGGAGAAGCCCGUCUAUGACGGCGGCAGUGAAGUCACUCACUACUUGUUAGAACUGAUGAACACAGAGGAAAAGGAAUGGGUGACCGUCAACCCUCAGGUCAAGACCUGCGAGUAUGUGGUGUCUCACCUCAAACCUGGAACCUAUUACUUCUUCAGAGUCUCCGCUGUCAACUGCAAGGGCAAAGGAGAAGACAUCAAAAUGUACCAGCCUGUGCAAGCCAAAGAUAUCUUGGAGGAGGCCGAUUUGGACUUGGACGUUCCCAUGACGACCCAGUACACAGCCAGAGCCGGCCGUGAUGUGGCAGUGUUUAUCCCCCUGAAGGGACGCCCCACCCCCAACGUCACAUGGCGACGUGGCGACCGCAACAUCGCCGCCGACAACCGCUACACCAUCACGAGCACUGAGCGAGCCACCACACUCCUCAUCACCAAGGUCACCCGUGACGACCGCGGCAAGUACCUGCUGGAGAUUGAGAACGGUGUGGGAGAACCCAAGAUAAUCAGCGUUUCCCUGAAGGUCCUGGACAGUCCGGCCGUCUGCCAGAAAAUGAUGAUCAAGAACGUGACGAGAGGAACGCUGACCCUCAGCUGGGAGGCUCCUCUCAUCGAGGGCGGUUCCCCCGUCACUCAUUACAUCGUGGAGAAGAAGGCCUCCACCAUGAAGGCCUACACGGUGAUCAAUGCCGAGUGUGCCAGCACAACUUACAAGGUGACUGGCCUGGAGGAGAACGUAGCGUACUUCUUCCGUGUGUCUGCUGAAAAUGAGUACGGCGUGGGCGACACCUGUGAAACCACUGAGCCUGUAAGAGCCACGGAAACUCCCGGAGCUGUGAAAAACCUGGUGAUGGCGGACUCUACAAAGACCUCUGUCACCCUGCAGUGGACUAGACCUGACCAUGAUGGUGGCAGCCACAUCAGUGAAUACAUCAUUGAGAAGAGAACCCAGGAAGAGACCAACUGGACUUUGGGAGCGACAUGCAAGCGCUUCAGCUGUGAGGUGACGGGACUCAAGGAGAACGCCGUCAUGGACUUCAGAGUGUUCGCUAAGAACGAGAAGGGCAACAGCGACUUCUCCUUGAUCGGUCCGAUCACAGUGAUGGACUUCAUCAUUCCGCCCGAGGCCAGCCUCAGUGACUACCCCAAUGGAGAGCUUGCUGUUCGCGUCGGUCAGAAGAUCCACAUCGAGUUGCCCUUCAAGGGUAAACCAAGACCUGCAAUCAGCUGGCUAAAGGACAACUUACCUCUGAAGGAAAGUGAGAACGUUCGCUUCAGGACUACUGACAACAAGACUGCAGUCACAGUCAGAGGAGCCAAGAAGGAGCAUUCCGGCCAGUACACCUUGGCUCUGGACAACAGAACCAUCAAGAACUACUUUGACAUUAAUGUAACCACUCUGGGACCCCCCUCAGUGCCCGUUGGACCCAUCCGCUUCGAUGAGAUUCAAGCCCAGAGUAUCAUCAUAUCCUGGGAUGAGCCGAAGGAGGACGGCGGCGGCGAAAUCACCUGCUACAGCGUGGAGAAACGUGAGACAUCCCACGCCAACUGGAAGAUGGUCUGCUCCAGCGUUCUCAGGGCCAGCUUCAAGAUUCCCAACCUGGUCAAGGGAUCUCAGUACCAGUUCAGGGUCCGUGCAGAGAACAAGUACGGAGUCAGUGACGCACUGAACUCCUCAGAGAUCGUUGCCCAGCACCAGUUCAAACCUCCAGGCCCUCCAGCAAAGCCGGUGGCCUUCAACAUCACCUGCGACAGUAUGAGCAUCAGGUGGGAGGCUCCAGACUUCGACGGAGGAUCCCCCAUUGUGGGCUAUCACGUUGAAAAGAAGGACAGGAACAGCCUCUUGUGGGAGAGGGUGAACUGCAUCAUCAUCACCAACAGAGAGUACAGGAUCAUCGGUCUCAUAGAGGGUCUGGAGUACUCCUUCAGAGUCUACGCUGAGAACAGCGCCGGACUCAGCCCUGUUAGUGAACAGAGCAAACAUGCACUCGCCAUCUCCCCUGUUGAUCCACCUGGCAACCCCGUCUGCAUCGACGUAACCAGAGACUCGGUCACCCUGCAAUGGGAAAUCCCCAAGAGGGACGGUGGCAGCAAAAUUGUGGGCUACAGUGUGGAGAGGCGCCAAGGUAGAGGCAAAUGGCUGCGAUGCAACUUCACUGAUAUCUGCGAGACCCAGUUCACUGUGACCGGUCUGUCCGCUGGAGACAGAUUCGAGUUCAGAGUCAUUGCCAGGAAUGCUGUGGGUACAGUCAGUCCACCAUCUAACUCCUCCGGAUACAUUAUGACCAAGGACGAGAGCAUUUCUCCUGAGAUCGUGUGGUCUCCAGACCAGGUGCUCACCCUGAGGGCCGGUGAAAAUGUGAAUCUUAGCUGCAGAAUCACCGGACGUCCCGUUCCCCAGGUCGUCUGGUAUAAAGACGGCAAAGAGAUCGACAAGAGGACCAUGUAUGACAUUGAGAUUACCACCGGUAUUGGCACCAGCAGUGUUUUUGUUCGUGAUGCUGACAGGAACCACCGUGGCAUCUACACCAUAGAGGCCAAGAACAGCUCCGGUUCCAAGAAAGCUGAUGCCAACGUCAGAGUACAAGAUACCCCCGGACCUGUUGAGGGUCCCAUCCGUUUCACCGGCAUCACGGCCGAGAAGUGCACCGUGUGGUGGAACCCGCCGGAGAACGACGGCUGUUCCGCCCUCACCCACUAUGUGGUGGAGAAGAGGGAGACGUCCAGGAUCUCCUGGGCCUUGGUCACCUCCAAAUGCGAAGCCUGUUCUUACAAUGCCACCAACCUCAUCAAGGGCAAUGAAUACCAGUUCAGAAUCUCUGCUGUCAACAAGUUUGGUGUCGGCAAACCACUGGACUCUGAUCCCAUCAUCGCACAGAUGCAAUACACUGUUCCUGAUGCCCCUGGUACCCCAGAUGCCACCCAUGUGACUGGAACCAGCAUCACCAUGUGCUGGACCAGGCCAAGGUCGGACGGAGGCAACGAGAUCAAACACUACAUCCUGGAGAGGAGAGAGAAGAAGAGCCUGCGUUGGCUGAAGGUUUCGUCCAAGAGGCCCAUCACAGAGCUAAGACACCGCGUCACCAACCUCACUGAGGGCAACGAGUACGAGUUCCGCGUCAUGUCUGAAAAUGGCGCCGGCAUUGGACCUGCCAGCAGUACAUCCAGGCUUUUCAAAUGCAGGGAACCAACCAGUGCUCCCAGUACCCCCACGUUGAUCAAGGUCACAGACUCCACCAAGUCCUCUGUCAGCCUGGAGUGGACCAAGCCAAUCUUCGACGGCGGCUUGGAAAUCAUCGGCUACAAUAUUGACAUGUGCAAGGCCAGUCUGGAGGAGUGGCACAGAGUCAACAAACAGAUCUGCAUCCACACCAGUUACACAGCCAAGGGCUUAGUGCCCGGAGAACUCUACAAGUUCAGGGUCAGUGCUGUGAACGGAUCCGGUGAGGGCGAAGCCUCGGUGUUGCCAAGCGCUGUUCAGGCUCUGGACAGACUUACGUCUCCUGAGAUCGAAUUAGAUGCCAACUUCAAGCAGACUCACACCGUGAAGAAUGGCGGCAUUGUCACCCUCCAAGUUGCCUUCCGCGGCAAACCAGCUCCUCUCGCCACCUGGUCUAAGGUAGAUGGUGACCUGCCCGUCAUGGGCGAUAUCAACACCACAGAUUCCUCCUCUACUCUAACCAUUGAGGGUUGCACCAGGUACGAAGCCGGCAAAUACACCCUGUCCCUGGAGAACAACAGCGGGCGCAAGUCCAUCACAUUCACCGUCAAAGUGCUGGACACACCUGGACCGCCGGGAGCCAUCACCUUCAAAGACGUUAUCCGCGGAGCCUUGACAGUUAUGUGGGAUGCCCCCACUAAUGACGGCGGAUCCCGAAUCCACCACUACAUCGUGGACAAGCGCGAGGCCAGCCGCCUGGCCUGGCAGGAGGUCAGCACCAAGAGCUCUCGCCAGAUGAUCAGGGUAACUGGUCUGGAUAUUGGUGUGCCAUAUCUGUUCAGGGUGAUUGCCGUAAACCACUAUGGCCAGGGAGAACCUCACGAGAUGUCGGAACCCAUCAUCGCCACAGAAGAACCGGCACCACCCAAGAGACUGGAUGUUGUCGACACCACCAACUCCACAGCCUCCCUGGUGUGGCUGAAGCCCGAGCAUGACGGAGGCAGCCGCAUCAGAGGUUACAUCAUUGAAUUCAGAGCUAAAGGUACUGACCGAUGGGUUGUUGGUGGAGAGACCAAAUCCCAGAAGAUGCUGUUGGAGGGUCUGAUUGAGAACACAGAGUAUGACUUCAGAGUCAAGGCCAAGAACGAUGCUGGAAUCAGCGAGCCUCAGGGCACCUUCAGCUCUGUGCUCAUUAAGGAGCCUCUCAUCGAACCGACUGCUGACCUCAGCAGCAUCACCAACCAGCUCAUCACCUGCAAGGCCUCCAACACCUUCGCCAUCGACAUCCCCAUCAGCGGCAGACCUGCACCCAAGGUCACCUGGAAGCUGGAGGAGAUGAAGCUGAAGGAGACCGACAGAGUCGCCAUCAAAUCCACAAAGGAGAGCACCACCUUGGUGGUGAAAGACAGCAAGAGAAGCGACAGUGGCAAGUACUACCUGACCCUGGAGAACUCUGCCGGCGUGAAGACGUUCACAGUGACCGUGGUUGUCGUUGGCAGACCGACUCCACCCACAGGCCCCCUGGAAAUUUCCGAAGUAUCCUCAGAGUCCUGCAGCCUGGCCUGGUCCGAACCAGCUGACGAUGGCGGCACUGACAUCACCAACUACAUCGUGGAAAAACGAGAGUCCGGCUCUGCCUCUUGGCAAGUGGUAAACUCCAGUGUGCAGAGAACCACCAUCAAAGUGACUCACCUAACCAAGUACAUGGAGUACACCUUCAGAGUGUGCGCUGAGAACAAGUUUGGAGUCAGCAAGUCCACCGAGUCUGCUGCUGUUGUCAUUGAACAUCCAUUUGUUCCUCCAAGUCCUCCAACUCGUCCAGAUGUGGUAUCUGUGUCCGCUAACGUCAUCAGCAUCAAAUGGGACUUGCCAUAUGACGACGGCGGCAGCAAGGUGAGCGGCUACUGGAUUGAGAAGAAGGAGAGGAAUACGAUCCUGUGGGUGAGGGAGAACAAGCUGCCCUGCCUGGAGUGCCAUUACAAGGUGUCCAACCUGAUCGAGGGCCUGGAGUACCAGUUCAGGGCGUACGCCAUGAACAUCGCCGGAUUCAGCAAGGCCAGCGAGGCUUCCAGGCCUGUGGUGGCGCUAAAUCCUGUUGAUCCUCCCGGUAAACCCGAGGUGACGGACAUCACCCGCUCCUCCGUGUCCUUGUGCUGGACUGUGCCGUUCAACGACGGCGGCAGCAAGAUCGUCGGCUACGUGGUGGAGAGGAAAGUCUACAGCACGGACGAGUGGGACGACAACCGCUGGCUCAAGUGUAACUACACCACCAUCGCUGAGAACUACUUCACCGUCACCAACCUGGGAGAUGGAGAGACCUUCGAGUACCGCGUCAUCGCCAAGAACGCCGCCGGCGUCCACAGCGCACCAUCAGAGAUCACCGGACCCGUCACAUGCAAAGAUGAAUACUCUCCUCCAAGAGCUGAGCUGGACAGCAAGCUGGUGGGCGAGACCGUCACUGUCGCCGCCGGCUCCGACCUGGUCCUGGACGGCGCCGUGGGCGGUAAACCAGAGCCCACGGUGUACUGGUCGAAGGGCGACAAGAUGUUGGAGCUCGGAGAGAAAUACUCGCUGACCUACACCGCCACCAGAGCCAUGGCCGUUAUCAAGAGCUGCGACAGAUACGACACGGGCAGAUACAUCCUGACCGUCAAGAACGCCAGCGGAAUCAAGACCGCUGCCGUCAGCGUUAAAGUUCUGGACACUCCUGGAGCUCCGGCUGAUAAGAUCCAGAUCAGCAGAGUGACGGAGGAGAAGUGCACGGUGUCCUGGAAGAUUCCUCUGGAGGACGGCGGAGACAUCGUCAGCCAUUACAUCGUGGAGCGUCGCGAGACCAGCCGGCUCAACUGGGUCAUCAUGGAGACCGAGUGCAAGACGCUGUCGUGUGUCAGCAGCAGGCUGAUCAAGUUCAACGAGUAUGUCUUCAGAGUCCGAGGAGUCAACAAGUUUGGACCCGGAGUUCCUCUGGAGUCCGAAGCCAUCAUCGCCAGGAACGCCUACACCAUCACAACCCAGCCAGGCACGCCGGAGGUCACGGCGGUGGCUAAGGAGCACGUCGUCAUCGAAUGGCUUAAGCCCGAGAGCGACGGAGGCAGCGAGAUCAAAACCUACCUGGUGGACAAACGAGAGACGAGCAGCACCAGGUGGACUCGGGUGAAUAAGAAUUACACCAUCUACGACACCCGUCUGAAGAUCACGGGCCUGCUGGAGGGAAGCGAGUACCAGUUCAGAGUGACGGCGGUAAACGCUGCUGGUGACAGCCAGCCGAGCGACGCCUCGCCCUACAUCAUCUGCAGAGACCCCACAUACACCCCAGCUCCUCCAUCAAUGCCUCGCAUCAAAGACACAACCAAGCACAGCAUCAGCAUGACCUGGACCAGGCCCAUGUACGACGGCGGCUCAGACGUCAGCGGCUACGUGGUGGAGAUCCUGGAGGAGGGCACCGAGCAGUGGUACCGCGUCACCGCCAAAGCCCUCAAGACCAACGAGUACGUGGCCGCCGGCCUGGCAUCCAAUAAGAAGUACAGGUUCAGGGUCGCCGCCAUCAAUAGCAAAGGCACCGGAGAGUUCAGCGAACCGAGUGCCGAGGUCGAGCCGCUGGAGAGAAUCGAAAUGCCCGACCUGGAGCUGGCCGAAGACCUGAAGAAGACGGUGUGUCUGCGCGCUGGAGGAACCCUGCGUCUGGUCGUAUUCGUCACUGGCCGGCCAGCGCCAGUCGUGGCCUGGAGGAAGACGGGAGUGGAGCUGCAGAGCCGCGGCUACAUCGAGACCACCGAUAGCUACACCUCACUGAUGGUGGAGAAGGUCAACCGCUACGACUCCGGAAAAUAUGUUGUGGAGGCAGAGAACCCAUCUGGCAAGAAGACUUCCACCAUCCUGGUUAAAGUCUAUGACACUCCUGGUCCUCCAAGUUCUGUGAACGUGAAGGACUACACCAAGGAGUCCGUUGUGAUCACCUGGGACGUCCCGAGCAUCGACGGUGGCGCUCACGUCAGCAACUACAUCAUAGAGAAGCGCGACGCCAACAUGAAGUCAUACAAGACCGUCACCACCGAGUGCAGGAAGACCCUGUUCAGGAUCACCGGUCUGGAGCAGGGAAUGCACUACUUCUUCAGAGUCCUGCCGGAGAACAUCUACGGCGUCGGCGAGGGCUGCGAGACAUCCGAGGCCGUGCUGGUGUGCGAGGUACCGUCGGUGCCUCUGGACCUCCAGGUCGUCGACGUCACCAAGGCGUCUGCCACGCUGCACUGGGAGAAGCCGGUACACGACGGCGGCAGCAGGCUGACGGGCUACGUCAUCGAGGCCUGCAAGGCGGGCACGGACAGGUGGAGUACCGUGGCAACGGUCAAGGCCUCGGUGUCCCAGCACACCAUCCAGUCUCUGACGGAGAACGACCAGUACCUGUUCAGGGUCCGAGCCACCAACAGCAGGGGAGCUAGCGAGCCGAUGGACACCGUCACACCUGUCGCCAUCCAGGACAUCAAAGUGAUGCCCAAGAUCGACAUGAGCAACAUCCCUCAGAAGAUCGUCCACGUGCACCGCGGCAAACCCAUCGACCUCAACAUCCCCAUCAAGGCCAAACCGCAGCCCGUCUGCUCCUGGUUCUUCUGCGGCGUCAAACUGAAGGACAGCCUGGACCGCAUCAAGAUUGACAGCAACGGGAAGUUCACCCACCUCGUGAUCCGCGAGACCACCAUCAACGACACUGGAAGCUACAGGCUCGAGGUGAAGAACGCCGUUGGCACGGCGGCCGAGAUCAUCAAGGUCAUCAUCCUUGACAAACCCGGCGUCCCGGUGGGUCCAGUGAAAAUCGAGGAGAAUGACGGCGUGUCCGUGACGAUCAGCUGGGAACCUCCAGAGAAGGACGGCGGCGCCAACGUCAGCGGCUACGUGGUGGAGCAGCGCGAUGCCCACCGGCCCGGUUGGAUCACUGUCUCCGAGUCGGUGACCCGACCCUGCUUCAAGUUCACCAGACUCUCCGAGGGAACCGAGUACGUGUUCCGCGUUGCCGCCAUGAAUCGCUUCGGCGUUGGCGGCUUCCUGCAGUCUGAGGUGGUGGAGUGCAAGAGUGCUAAGACCAUCCCUGGACCUCCAAGCACGCCAGAGUUGCUCGAUGUCACCCACGACGGCAUGACCCUGACCUGGCAACCGCCCGAGGACAACGGUGGCUCCACCAUCGCUGGCUACAUCAUCGAACGUAAGGAGGCGCGCUCUGACAGGUGGAUGAGGAUCAACAAGAACCCCGUCACCAUGACCAGGUACCGCUCCUCUGGCCUGAUCGAGGGCCUGGAGUACGAACACCGCGUCACCGCCAUCAACUCCAGAGGAGCUGGCAAACCAAGCGAGAGCUCCGCCAUCACCGUUGCCAUGGAUCCCAUCGAACCUCCGGGUCCUCCGGUUGAGCCCCGCAUCACCGACACCACCAGGACUUCGGUCUCUCUGGCCUGGCUGCCACCUGAAGAGGAGGGAGGUUCUGUCAUCACCGGUUACUUCAUCGAGAUGCAGAAAGUGGACCAGGUGGAAUGGACGCUGUGCAACACCACGCCGACCAAGAUGAGCGAGUACACCCUCACCCACAUGCCCCAGGGCGCCGAGUACAAGUUCAGGGUCAUCGCCUGCAACGCUGGUGGCUCCGGAGAGCCCGCUGAGAUUCCUGGAGUGGUUAAAGUCCAGGAAAUGCUUGGUUACCCCGACUACGAGCUCGAUCGCAAAUACGAGGAGGGCUACGUGGUGCGGCAGGGCGGAGUCGUCUGUCUGUCCGUGCCCAUCAAGGGUAAACCCAUCCCGACAUGCAAGUGGACCAAGGACGGCCGUGACAUCUCCCACCGGGCCAUGAUCGCCACCUACGAUGACAUCACCGAGCUGGUCAUCAAAGAGGCGCACAAAGACGACACCGGCACCUACGACCUGGUGCUGGAGAACAAAUGCGGCAGGAAGGCCGUGUACAUCAAGGUGAAGGUGAUCGGUCGCCCUGACAUCCCAGAAGGCCCUCUGGAGUUUGACGACAUUCAGGCCAGAUCGGUCCGGGUCAGCUGGAGGCCACCGUCAGAUGAUGGCGGCGCCGACAUUCUGGGAUACAUUGUGGAAAGGCGCGAGGUACCCAAGGCCGCCUGGUGCACAGUUGACUCCCGUGUUACCGAGACCUCUCUGGUGGUGAAGGGCCUGAAGGAGAAUGUGCAGUACCACUUCAAGAUUUCCGCCGAGAACCAGUUCGGCAUCAGCAGAUCUCUCAAGUCUGACGAGGCCGUCACGCCGAAAACACCUCUUUGCGUACCAGAGCCUCCCAGCAACCCACCAGAGAUCAUGGACGUGACCAAGACCGUGGUGUCUCUGUCCUGGGCCCGGCCCCGGGACGACGGAGGCUCCCGCGUCACAGGUUACUUCGUGGAAAGGAGGGAGGUGUCGACGGAGAAGUGGGUCCGACACAACAAGACCCACAUCACCACCACCAUGUACAACGUCAGCGGUCUCAUCCCCGACGCAGAGUACAUGUUCAGGGUGGUGGCUCAGAACGAAGUCGGGCAGAGCGAGCCUGGUCCCGCUUCAGAGUCCGUGGUCUGCAAAGAUCCAUUCGACAAACCCAGCCAACCAGGAGAGAUCGACAUCAUCUCCAUCACCAAAGAUUGCAUCACCAUCCACUGGCUCCGGCCGGAGCACGACGGCGGCAAGGAGAUCCUGGGCUACUGGAUCGAGUUCAGGCAGUCCGGAGAGAGCGCCUGGAAGAAGUGCAACAAGGAGCGCUCCAAAGAUCGCCAGUUCACCAUGGGCGGCUUGAUGGAGGCCACCGAGUACGAGUUCAGAAUCUUUGCCGAGAACGAGACCGGACUCAGCCGACCUCGCCGCACUCCCAUGGGCAUCAAGACCAAGCUGAGCGUUGGUGAGACUCCAGCUUUGAAGGAGGAGAUCGAAGACGUGACCACCAAGCUCGGCGAGUCCGGCACUCUGACCUGCGGCAUCAUCGGCAGACCUCUGCCUGAGAUCAAGUGGUACCGCUACGGCAAGGAGCUGAUCCAGAGCCGCAAGUACAAGAUGAGCUCAGAUGGCCGCAACCACUCGCUCAGCAUCCUAACGGACGAGCAGGAGGACGAGGGCCUGUACACCUGCCGGGCCAUCAACGAAGCUGGAGAGAUCGAGACCAGUGGCAAAUUGCGCCUGCAGGCGGCACCACAGUUCCACCCCGGCUUCCCUCUGAAGGAGAAGUACUUCGCCGGGGCCGGUACCAGCCUCCGCCUCCACGUCGUCUACAUCGGACGCCCCAUCCCCCAGAUCAUGUGGUUCUACGACAAGAAGCCUCUGAACGCGUCCGAGAACGUUAUCAUUGAAAACACCGAAAGCUACACCCACCUCGUGGUGAGGAACGUCCAGAGGAAGUCCAACGCCGGCCGCUACAAGGUGCAGCUCAGCAACGUGUACGGAACUAUUGACAAGUCGCUCCGUGUUGAAAUCCAAGAUAAACCAUGCAUCCCUGAGGGCCCUGUUGUGGUCGAUGGCCUGCUGAAGAGCUCAGUUAUCAUCAGCUGGAAGGCUCCCAAGGAUGACGGCGGCUCCAUGAUAAGCAACUACAUUGUGGAGAAACGUGAGGCCAAAGAAGGCGAGCAGUGGCACCUGGUGUCGUCCUCCAUUUCCGGCACCACCUGCCGGGUCCCCAACCUGAUUGAGAGCGCCGGCUACUACUUCAGAGUCUCUGCCCAGAACCAAUACGGAGUCAGCGAGUCUCUGGAGAUCCCAUCGGUGGUAAUCGUUAAGAGUCCAUUUGAAAAACCCGGCAUCCCACAACAGCCCUUCAUCAUCAGCUCCACCAAGGACUCCUGCGUUGUCUGCUGGAAGCCUCCGAGCAGCGACGGCGGAGCUAAAAUCUCCAGCUACUACCUGGAGAAACGCGAGAAGAAGCAGAACAAGUGGAUGUCGGUCACCUCUAAGAAGAUGGUGGAGACCAGCUUCGAGGUCAGAGGCUUGAUCGAGGGCUUCGAGUACGAGUUCCGUGUCAAGUGUGAGAACAUGGGCGGCGAGAGCGACUGGAGCGAGAUCUCAGCGCCCAUCGUCCCCAAGUCGGACCAGGCUCCUCGUGCUCCGGCGUUCAGGGAGGAGAUCAGGGACAUGACCGUCAAAUACCACGCCAAUGCCACCCUUGUCACCAAGGUGGUGGGACAUCCCAAACCUUUGGUUAAAUGGUACCGCAGUGGAAAGGAGAUCGAGGCAGAUGGAACCAAGAUCAAGGCCCUGGAGUUCAAGGGAGGCUACUAUCAGCUGGUCAUCACUGCCGCUGAUGAGACCGAUGCCACAGUUUACCAAGUCAGAGCAACCAACUCCUCAGGAUCCAUCUCUACAACAGCCAACCUGGAGGUUGAAGUUCCUGCUAAGAUCCACCUGCCCAAGGAGCUCCAGGGAAUGGGAGCAGUCCAAGCCGUCCGUGGUGAUCACGUCACCAUCAAGAUCCCCAUCUCUGGCAAGCCUGAGCCAGCAAUAAUUUGGCAGAAGGGUCAGGAGAUCCUCUCCAACUCUCCUUAUCACCAAGUCAUCACCACCAGGUCUUUCACCUCCCUGGUGUUCCAGAAGGGAAUGGAGAGGAAGGAUACCGGCUACUACAUUAUUACCGCAAAGAACAGGUUCGGAUCGGACAAGCAAACCAUCGAGGUGAAUGUGGCCGACACACCAGAAGCUCCAAAGGCACUGGCUGUCACCGACAUUGCUCGGGACUCCAUCACCUUGACCUGGGAACCGCCUGCCAGCGAUGGUGGCAGUGACAUCAUUAACUACAUUGUGGAGAAGUGUCCCACCACUGCUGACAGGUGGAUCCGUGCUGGACACACCGCCGACUGCAGCAUCACCAUCAUCAACAUAUUUGGAAAGACCAAAUACCAGUUCCACGUCAUCGCCGAAAACCAGUUUGGCCUGAGCGCUCCUUCUGAGCCGACAGAGCCCAUCACCACAAAGGAAGACAAGUCUGUGAUUCGGAACUACGACGAGGAAGUGGACGAAACCAGAGAGGUCACUAAGGAGGAGGCUCUGUUCUACAAGGUGAAGGAGCUGUCCUCCAAGUACACCAUCUCUGAGGAACUUGCUCGCUGCCAGUUCGGAGUAGUCCACCGCUGCACGGAGAUUGCCACAAAGAAAACCUUCAUGGCCAAGUUCAUUAAGGUCAAAGGAACCGACCGUGAGUUGGUUCUCAGAGAAAUUGAAGCCCUCAACGUAGCGAGGCACAAGAAUAUCAUCUACCUUCACGAAUACUUUGAAAGCAUGGAGGAGAUCAUCCUGAUCUUUGAAUUCAUGUCUGGAGUUGACAUCUUCGAGCGCCUCGGCACCUGCAACUUUGAGCUUACGGAGCAGGAGAUUGUCCGCUACCUGAGACAAGUCUGCUCUGCCCUCAAGUUCAUGCACAGCCACAACUUCGGCCACUUUGACAUCCGCCCAGACAACAUUAUCUACGCCACAAGGAGAAGCACCAACAUAAAGAUUAUUGAGAUGGGCCAGGCUAGGCUGCUGGUGCCAGGAGAAAACAUCAGAAUGCUGUUCUCAGCUCCGGAGUACUGCGCCCCGGAGAUCCACCGUCACGACCUGAUCACAACAGCCACCGAUAUGUGGUCUGUUGGUGUAAUGGCCUACGUUUUGCUCAGUGGCCUUAAUCCGUUUGGGGCAGAGUCCACUACGAAGAUGAUUGAGAACAUUUCCAGCUGUGAGUACAUCUUUGACAGUGAAGCAUUUAAGGACAUCAGCCUGGAGGCUAUGGACUUUAUCGACAGACUUCUUGUCAAAGACAGGAAGCUCCGUAUGACAGCCCACGAGGCUCUGGAGCACCCGUGGCUCAAGAUGAAGAUUGAGAACGUCAGCACCAAGAUCAUUCGGACACUGAGACACAGACGGUACUACCAGACUCUAGUAAAGAGGGUAGAUACUAUCGUAUCAGAAGCUCGUGUGGCCUAUGGUGGCGGCUUCAAGAACCUGAGAGGAUUGGCUGUGGGUAAAGUGAAGAUCGGAACUGAGUACCAUGGCAUCCGCACUGGUCCAGUCAUGCAUGCCUCAGCUGAGGAAGGUGGCUAUAUCAGAUUCACUUGUAGCAUCGCCAACUAUGACAAGAGCACCCAGGUGACAUGGUACCAUGGUAACCGUCAGCUCCACGCAAGCUCCAAGUAUGAAAUCACUUACAGCAACGGUUUUGCCAGCAUCUACGUAAAAGACGUUGAAGAGAGUGACGAUGGCGUGUACAGAUGCAAGGUGGUGAGCGACGACGGCGAGGACAGUGCUUAUGGAGAGCUCUUUGUUGAGACCGUAAGGAGCAUCAGAGAGUACUACAUCAGCCGCUCCAUCAAGAAACUGAGGAGGAGAGUCGACAAGACUAAACUCCUGCAGAGGCCGCCAGAGUUCACUCUGCCUCUCUACAAUCGUUCUGCCUACAUUGGCGAAGAUGUGCGCUUCGGUGUCACUAUUACCGUGCACCCGGAGCCUCACGUGACAUGGCUUAAGAAUGGAGAGAAAAUCAAGCCAGGCGAGGAUGACAGCAAGUACACGUUCACCAGCGAUAAGGGUCUGUACCAGUUGAUGAUCCACAACCUGAGUGUAGACGAUGAUGCAGAAUACACCGUCAUGGCCCACAACAAGUUUGGAGAAGACAUCUGCCAGGCCCGUCUCACCGUGACACCUCAUCCUGUAACAGAGGAAACUAUGAGGCCCAUGUUCAAACGUCUGCUGGCCAAUGUCGACUGCGUUGAGGGACACAGCAUCCGCUUCGAGCUCCGCGUCUCAGGAAUCCCAACUCCUACUCUGAAAUGGCAGAAGGACGGUCAUUCACUACAGUUUGGGCACAAGGUCGUUGUCAUACAGGAGGACGUUGACUACCACGUCUUGCACAUCAGAAAUACUCUGCUCGAGGACUCCGGCGUGUAUAAGGUUACCGCAACCAACUCUGCCGGUUCUGUGAGCUGCCAGGCUACACUGAAGGUGGACCGCCUUACCUACACCAGGAGAGAGUACAAGAGCGAGGAAGAGAAGUACAGACACGUGCAGAAACAAAUUGAAAAGACCAACAAGAUGGCUCUGAAAAUUGCUGCCACUGAGGAGCUCGUAGCUUUCAACCCCACGGCCCAGGAUGCACUCAAAUUUGCUGCAGAAAUGUACAAGCCGGCAGUGAGCACCAAGAACAUUGAGGGCGAGUUCGACAUCAGAGUGGAGAAGUCCGAGACUAAGAAGCUGGAAGAGGAGAGGAGGAUCUUCAUGCCUUAUGAGAUCCCUGAGCCUGUAGCUCACGAUCCCAGAGUUCUGGAUGAGGACAAAGCCAUCAAAAAGUUUGUGCCUCUCUCCGACAUGAAGUGGUACAGGAAGCUGAGAGACCAGUACGAGAUUCCAGAGAGGAGGGAGAGGAUUGUGCAGAAGAGGCAGAGGCGUAUUCGCCUGUCCAGGUGGGAGCAGUUCUAUGUCAUGCCCCUCCCUAGAAUCACCGACCAGUACAGGCCAAGAUGGCGUAUUCCAAAACUCACUCUGGAUGACUUGGAGACUGUCAGGCCCGCCCGCCGUUCACCUUCUCCCGAAUCCGAGGUGUCCUUCAGAUCCAGAAGGAGAUCUCUGGGAGAUCUCAGUGAUGAGGAGCUGAUGAUGCCGGUGGACGACUACCUGUCCACGAGGAGAACAGAGGAGGAGAAAAUGAUGCUGGAGGAUGAACUGGAGCUCGGCUUUUCUGCCUCUCCUACCCGCAGCCCGGUCCGCAUUGAGCGGCGUGCCGUGGAAGUUGAAGAGAGGAGGCAGGAGGCCAGGCACGAGGCUGUUGAGGUUAGCGAGACAAAGAAGAAACGCACUGUUUCUCAGUACAUGAGGAGGAGAAGGUCGCUGUCGCCCACCUACAUCGAGCUCAUGCGUCCAGUCUCAGAGCUGAUCAGACCGUCACGGGCCAGGCUUUCAGUGGAAGUAGAGGGAGAGGUUGUGAUGAGGAGGUCCCCCACCCCUGAGAGGACCCGUCCCCGCUCUCCCAGCCCCGUCAGGUCCAUUGAAAGGUCAUCCCGCUCCUCCUCCAGGUUUGAACGGUCUGCCCGCUUUGACAUCAUGUCCCGCUAUGAGGCCAGAAAGGCCGCUCUGAAGUCCGAGAGGAAAUAUCAGAUGGUUAGCCAGACGCCUUUCAGUCUGGACCACGCGCCCCGUGUGACUGUCAGGAUGCGAUCUCAUCGCAUACCAAUCGGCCAAGACACCAAAUUCACCCUGAACAUCCAAACCAAGCCAGAGGCCGACUUCUCGUGGUUCCACAAUGGAAGUGCAAUCUCUGAAAGCAGCGAGAAAUACAUCUUCACCAACAUGAGUGGUGUUUUGUCCAUCGCUAUUCUGGACUGCCAGGAAGAGGACAGCGGCACAUACCGCUGCGUAUGCUCCAACGCCAAGGGAGAAGCUUCCGACUACGCCACCCUUGAUGUGUCAGGUGGCGGCUACACCACCUUCUCCUCUCGCCGCAGGGAUGAGGAAGCUCCCAAAGGACGCGUACCUGAAGUCAACCGAAUUGACCACUAUCACACAUCCCACUUCAAAGCUGGCUAUGCUUCCGAGAGCCACUUCGAGGUGGAAGAGAGCAAGUCUAAGUUCACCGAGACACGUGAAAGGUAUGCUGCCUCCUCGGAAAGGUACUCCUCUGCUGAGAGGUAUGAUUCAUCCAUCAAGUAUGCCUCUGCUGAAUACCUGUCAUCGGAUUCCUCCUACUCGUCGGAAAAGUUUUCUCUGACUGGGAAACGCAGCACGUCUGAAUCUAAACUGAAGUCAUCUUCUGCUGCGGUUGAGGAGGAAGUGUCUGUCCUCAAGGUGAAGCCUUCCCUUCCCGCCAGAUUCCUCACCAAGCCCCAGUCUGUGACCAUUGCAGAGGGCGAGACGGCCAGAUUCUACUGUGACAUCGACGGCGAGCCUGCACCAACUGUAACGUGGAUGCACGAGAGCAGAACCAUCGUCUCAUCUCACCGCGUCCAGGUCACCACCACUCAGUACAAGUCCAGCAUGGAGAUCUCCUCUGUGACGUUCUCCGAUGAGGGCAGUUACACGGUGGUGGUAGAGAACUCAGCAGGCAGGCAGGAGGCCCACUUCACCUUGACCAUCCGCAGACCAGCUCCCAAAGAGGAGGUCAAGGCCGUCAAAUCCCCUGAACCGUCUGUAAAGUCACCCACUCCCAGCGUCAAAUCACCAGAGCCUUCAGUCACAUCACCUGCUCCUUCCAUAACUUCCCCUGUCCCCAGCGUCAAGUCCCCUGAGCCUUCAGUUAAAUCACCAGCUCCAAGCGUAACGUCUCCAACGCCGAGUGUCAAGUCUCCUGAGCCAAGUGUAACGUCUCCAACGUUGAGUGUCAAGUCUCCUGAACCAAGCGUAACAUCUCCUGCUCCGAGUGUGAAGUCACCCGAACCCGAAGGAGUUAAGUCACCAAGGGGUAUAAAAUCUCCUGAACCCAGACUCAAGUCACCACCACCAGUCAAGUCUCCAGAGAGAGUGAAGUCACCUGAACCUGAAGCAAAAUCACCUCUGGGUGUCAAAUCUCCAGAACCUGCAGGGAUCAAAACACCGAAAGGUGUCAAAUCUCCCGAACCUGCAGGAAUCAAAUCACCAACAGGCGUCAAAUCUCCCGAACCUGCAGGAAUCAAAUCACCAACAGGCGUCAAAUCUCCCGAACCUGCAGGAAUCAAAUCACCAAAAGGCGUCAAGUCUCCAGAACCUGCAGGAAUCAAAUCACCAAAAGGCAUCAAGUCGCCAGAGCCUUCAGGCAUCAAAUCACCAAGGGCCUUGAAGUCCCCAGAGCCCGAGGGAAUCAAAUCACCUCCGAGGAUGAAAUCUCCUCCUCCCAUCAUGUCCCCCAAAAGGGUUGCGUCUCCACCCACCGUAAAAUCGCCAAUCCCAAAACCUCCCAAGGUCCUGAGCCAGCUAACGGCUGAGGCCAGAGAGGGCUCGGUGAGGAUGUCCUGUUCCUGCGAGAGCAGCGUCAGGGAGGUGGCAUGGUACGUCAACGGGAGGCGGCUUUCACGGAGCAGCCGCUUUGAGAUGCACUACUCUGAGGGCUCCUGCAGCCUUCUGAUCCACGAGUUGGCGGAUGGUGAUCAGGGAGAGUACACUUGUGAGAUGACUUCAGAGGGAGGGAUGUCCAAAUCCUCCUUCUCCUUCAGUGGACAGGCGUUCCAGUCCAUACGCAUGAAGAUCACAGCCUACCGUGAGCAGCAAGUGGCACUGGAAGGAUCAGGAUCCAUGGCGACAGGAUCAGGAUCCAUGGCGAUGAGUCACAAGGAGUCGUCGUUGUCAACCAUGAGCUCGUCCAUGAUGAUGAAGAAAGAAAUGCACACGAUGGAGGAGUCGUCGUCCUCUUUCUCUUCCUCCGCCGCCCAGCAAGCAAUGAUGUCGUCCAUGAUGGAGUCCAGCUCUAUGAGCAGCAUGGCGGCCGAGAUGAAGUUCGAGACCAUGUCCAUGUCUAGCAUGUCUUCCAUGGCGUCCGAGACGUACGCCAUGAGCUCCAGCAGCUCCUCCCACAUGAUGGAGGGAUCCUCGUUCAGGGCGAUCGGUUCUGCUCCGAGGAUCGAGGCUCUGCCGGAGGACAUCAGCAUCGAGCCGGGAAAAGUCCUGACGGUCACCUGCGCCUUUUCCGGCGACGCCAAACAAAUCCAGUGGUCCCGCAGCGGCCGAACCAUCGAGGUGACCGCCGGCGGACGCUUCCACAUCGAGACCACGGAGGACCUGACCACCCUCAUCAUCACCGGGGUGAAGGAGGAAGACGCCGGAACCUACACCCUGAGGCUGUCCAACGAGCUCGGAUCCGACACGGCGACCGUUCACAUCAGCAUUCGAUCAGCGUAAAAAGCAAAAUAAUCUAAUACCCAAUCUUCCCCUUUUCCCUACUUCCUUCCUUUUUAUUUAUUAAUUGAAAUACGUUUUAAAGAUCUGGAUUCUUGUAAAUAUGAACUAUUUUUGUACCAAUCUUGACAUUAAUUUAUGCCAAACUAGACUCAAAGUCUAAAGUUGUUAUAAAACGUGCCAUAUUGGAUGACUUUUAGGAUUUUUGAUCCAUUUUUCUGUGACAUGUACAUAAUGUAUAUAGCCGAAUUUAACGGUUAUGGGGAAAUGUAUGCAUUGUUAUUUAUGACAAUAAUAUUAACUGAAACAAAGUGAAACUGAAAGAGGUUUAACAGGCGAAAGUUCCGGUAGGAACGAAUACCCUGUUAGACCGAGAAACUAAACAAUGUGCCUCAACAAUAAGUUGAAGUCUUAAGAUUGCCUCAGCAGGUAGAGAGGCUCCCUGUUGACGUUAACUCAAUCAGACACAGAACGAGGAAAGCACUGCGGUGCUGUUGCAUUGGAACACGAGUGCGAGAUCCUGAGUGCUGUUUGCAUAUACCCUCAUGUAAGCAGGACGACUGGACCUCGCGCUCUGACCGAUUAUGUCAUACCCGCCAUUUUGAUGACAUGCUCACAGUGCGAGCGGCCUGCACUCCCUGAGCUUUUUGUUUUUGUGCUCUGCUUCUGGCAAACCGACCGCCGGCGCGGUUGCUCUCCAGUCGUACCAUCAACCUGGCCAAUCACGUAAAAAAAAGAGUCUGUCCGGCGCUUAUUUGCAGAGGCAGAGCUGUCUCUCGGAGGUCUGCAGCGUGUUUGUGUUGUGUGUUAGUUUUUAGGAAGUCAGUCAAGCUGGGCGCCGCCGCCGCCGAGCAGACGCAACGCAGCCGGAAAAAACAACCAACCAACCGCCGCUGUGCUCGAACGAGGACGGAAAAGAAGCGAGGUCCCGCGUGGCGGCGCCCCGCACUCUGGUUUGAUUGAAGUUAGAGUUGUAGCGUUGACUAUUUUUCGCAGCCUCCUUGAGUUUUUCUCCAAUUAUUGAUUUAAUAAAGCAUGAUUAUCAGCACUA